CCUUGUCCCGCGUCGGCCGCCGUCCGCCCGUUUCGUUUCCCGGGGAGCCAAAAUGGCGGCGGCGGCGGAGCUGGAGCGCGUCCGCGUCUCGGCGGCGGAGCUGAGGAGAGGCGUCCUGGCGGCGGCGGAGGCGGCCUCCUCGGGGGCGGCCAGGGGCAGCGGAGGACCAGGUGGGCGCGCGGGGGGGGGGCGCGCCGCGGGGGGAGGAGAGGCGCGCCCGGCCGGGGCUUCGCUCCGUGUGAACGGGCCCGGGGGGCGUGGCGGGGGGAGGCGCGCGGCGGGCGGGGUCGCUUCCUCACGGCCCGCCGACACGCGAGUUUGCGGGGAGCUUCUGGCAGUUACCCCCGCGUGGUGGGGGUGGUUGUCACGGUUCUCACCCCUCCGCCGUUAUUCUUACCGUGAGGGGAUCGUUAUCGCCACCAUUGUCACCCUCAUCUUCAUCGUUAUUCUAUAUUUAAUUUGAUCUCGGUGGGGUUUUUCGUUUUUAUUCUGUUUAUUCAUUUGCACCCCGCCUUUCCCUCAAGGCGGCUCGCGAAAGAUUAAAAACAAAACACAGCGGUGAAGCACAGAAUACGUGAAGAUAAUGAUAGUAAUAAUAGUAUUUUUUAUUAUUUAUACUCCACCCACUCUGGGUGGCUUCCAACACAUGUAAAAACAUCAUAAAACGUUAAAAACUCACCAGUGCAUAAAACACAUGCAUUAUGUUUUAAAAACAUAAAAGACCAUAGUUGUUGUUUUUUUAGUGAUUAAAACAUCAAUGGAGUUAGAGCAAAGUUUGAAAGAAACUUGAUCUGUUAUACUGCAAGCAGUAACAAAGCAAAGCAAGAACAGCACAGAAGGCUGUUGUUUUAAAAUAAGCACCCGCCUCAUUUUGUUGAUUGCAAGUACUGUAGUUUUAAAGUUGUGCUUGGAGUUGUGACUCGCCCUGGGGCCUUGUGGGAAAGGGCAGUCAAGCAAUAAUAUUAAGAGCUGUUUCCUUAAAAGCAGUCAGUUCCCCAAAGGCCUGUUGGAGAAAGGUCUUCACCCACCCUCCGGAGGACAGCAAGGAGGGAACCAGCUUUAAUCUCUCUAGGAAGGGAGCUCCAAAGUUGUCUGGGGGAGCAGCAGCCACUGGGAAGCCCCUCUCCUGCGUCCACACAAAGUGUGCCUGUGAGGGUGGCAGGAUCAAGAGAAGGGCCUCCCCCUAAGAUUGCGCUGAAAAAAUGGGGUGCAAGCAUGGAAGUGAAAGAAACAGAUUGGGUGGAAAACAGGCUGGCACAGAAUGUGUCCCGUUGAGACUGCACAGUGGGUUUGUGCCAUAUAUCAGUCUUGAAACGAGGUCCUGUGGACCAAGACCCUCCUCACUAUGUAAUGCACUUUUUGUCCACCAUCCCAAGACAGUGAACGUUUAGUUCUUGCAUUGGGUUGUGGCUGUUUCCUCUCACAUAUGUUUUAGUAAGGCUGCAGUCUGUAUUGAAACUGGUGAUAGACACGUAUAGAGCCAUACUUGCAUUGAUUGGGCUGUAAAUAUGAUUUUCAAGUUAAUAUGUUGGAAGCUGGCUGCAAGCAGGAUUCUCUCAUUGUGGAUGGUGGCUCACAGCAAACGGAGGACUGAGGCUGAGAGAUGGAGACGUUGCUCACAGCCAGCCAGGAACUCCUCUGAAGAGCUGGUAGAACUUGAAUCCAGCUCUCCAGCCUGUGGACCACAUUGCUUCUCCCCUCUGCAGUCUGUAGUGAAGUCCUACCUGGAAUACAAAGCUCAGCUGUCAUCCUAAAGUUGUUCCUGCCAUUCAGGGGGUCGGUUUCUAUGGAGUGGUUGUGUGUUCACCUUAAUGUUCCUUGAGGACGGGAUGAUGGGAAGCCUGGGUGCCUUGCUGGGCUUUUGCUUUUUAUUAGCAUAUUUUUCCGUGUAUAAGAUGAACUUUUUUGACCCAAAAAUGAGGUUCAAAAUUUAGGAUCGUCUUAUACACAGGUAGUGCUGAGGGGGGACGGGCGAAUGGUUUUUUGGUACCAGCCCGAGAUUGUAAGCGGCGAUUGGCCGCUUGAUUAUUUGGGGGGGAAUGCCGAAAAUCGCUCACCUGCCAGAACGCAGCACACAACCGCUCGUGUCACAGCUGCCCAAUCGCAGCCAUUAGCCCACCUGAUUCCGCUGCGGCAGCCAAUAGACAGCUGCUCUUGUCGCAGCAAGCAAGAGUGUGAUUGGCGGCCGUUGGCUGCUAUCGGGCAACUGAUAUCGCUCACCCGCUGGAACGAACUGCGAGCCUGAGAUUCGAAGUGGCAAUUGUAAGCAGUUGUGUGCUGCAUUCUGGCGGGUAAACGAUUUUUGGCAUCCCCCCCCCCCAAUAAUCCCCCAAAGCUCAAUCCCCCCUAUUUUCUAAAUUUUGAGGCCCCAAAAAUAAGGGGCAUCUUAUACAUGGGGGCGUCCUAUAGACGAAAAAGUACGGUAGUUCUUCCGUUUGGGUUUGGAAACGCUGGGGAGACUGUUCAUUUUAGACUAUUGUUUGCUUCCCACUUUUUCCCAUUAGUAUAAAAACCGAAAUGGAGAAGAGAACAGUACAGAAUAAAAGAAAUCACAUUCUACAUCCGUUAAAACAAGAAUCAUAGCAUAUUGCUUCCGAAUUGGCUGCUUGCUUUGUGCUGGUUUACAAAUGUUUUCUUAUACUUCACUUGUAAGUCUAAGGCCUGGUGGUGGUGGCCAUUAGCAGCAAAUGGAGCCUCUCUGUUUAGAGGCAGUAUACAGUGGUACCUCAGGUUACAGAUGCUUCAGGUUACAGACUCCGCUAACCCAAAAAUGGUAACUCGGGUUAAGAACUUUGCUUCAGGAUGAGAACAGAAAUCGCUGCGCAGCGGCAGUGGGAGGCCCCAUUAGCUAAAGUAGUAUCUCAAAUUAAGAACAGUUUCAGGUUGAGAAUGGACUUCCAGAACAAAUUAAGUUCUUAACCCAAGGUACCACUGUACCUCUAAGCACCCAGAUCUAGGGACUAAUAGGGAAAAGUUUUGUCCCAUCAUGACCUACUUUCUGGCGUUACAUUGGCUGGCUGCAGCUAGAAACCAGACACUGGGUGGGCCUUUGGGCUGACCCAGAAGGAGUAGUUUCUGAGUUGCUGUGCUACAUGGACCACCUUUGCCCUGAUCCAGCAGAUUCUUCUUAUGUUUUCAUUAGACAAGUUCAUGGAGAAGAUGGUUUUUCUCUGCCUCCACAGUUGGAGGCAGCAAUGGUUCUGAACACAAGUGGCUGGAAACCACAGGAGGGGAAAGAGCUCCUGGGCUCAGAUCCUGUUUGGGAGCAUCUGGUUGGCCGCUAUGAGAAGAUGAUACUGAACUAGAUGAGCCACUCACCUGACCCCCUAGGCUGUUCUUACAGUCUUGCGUUCUCACAUUCAGCCAAUACUCCAGAAGCUGAGCCAUCUUUCCCCACCAGCAGUCCUGUUUUUUCCCAGUGUUCCCCUUGGCUGGAAGGUUCCGGAACCCCACCCCACCAAGGCUCUGUUGCCACGGGCACUGCUUCCUUCGGGGUUCCGAUCCCUGCCAGCUCAGAACACCUGAGGAGGCCACCUGGCAUUCCUGGCAGCCUUUGAGCUGGCAAUGGCACAGGGAGCCAACCAGUGGGAGCCCCCUGCUACUCUCAGGAUGUUCUCCCCUGUGGGAGGUCUGUUCUGGCUUCCUGAAUGAAUUGGCACAAAGAGGUUCCUGUGGGGUGGGGGCUGCGCGUGUCGUCUUUGGGCCGCAUUUGGGGAGAAGCCCGUGAAAAAUACUUUGUGUCUGAAAAAAGCACCUGGCAGGGCAGAGGCGGCAUCCUGAUAAAGCUCUGGGAAGCUUUAUGACAAUACGUCACCAUGGAAGUGGCCGUUUGGGUGGGAUGUGGUGGGAAGCGCCAUGCACGGGGGGUGGGCAAAUUAAAAGAGAAACUCAAGUUUGUAACUGUCAAUGUCAGUUUAGUGAGGUGGCCAAGCAGCCACUUGGUGAACGCCAAAGAACUGAAGUGGGGACCAAGAGGGAGGGUCAGAAGGAAACGCAUUCAUGUCCGUAGGAAAAUGUCCAUCCAGCUCAGUAUUGCCGACAUUGGCUGGCAGCAGCUCUCCAGGAUGUCAGGGAGGGGAUGCUUCCAGUCCUCCCUGAGCGAUGGGGAGCUGUGCUACUUGAGAAAUAACAUUCCCGCUCUCUGUCCUGUGAGAGAGUCCUGCUUGAAAUGCUCUAGAGCAGUGAUGGCCAAACUUGGCCCUCUAGCUGUUUUUGGACUGCAACUCCCAUUAUCCCUAGCUAACAGGACCAGUGGUCAGGGAUGAUGGGAAUUGUAGUCCCAAAACAGCUGGAGGGCCCGGUUUGGCCAUCACUGCUCUAGAGGCUCUUCCAGUAUGUGUUAGCAGUACUGAGUUGGGUGAACCAGCGAUUUGACUCCGAAGGGAAGCGAAUUGGCACCAGGUCUGCUCAGUCAGACAUCUUCCUCUUGACCCUGUGCUGGUCCUGCUAUGUGUUGGUCACAGCUCACUGUUUCCCCUGCCUCUUUGGCUCUCUUGCUCCCUAGGCAAAGCCCAUAACCAUGUCCCUGAUUUCCCUUGGUGCUUCUUAUCCGCUCCGAGGCUGACCACCUCCUUGUGCUUUUCCUUCUCUGCAGAGACUACAAAGGAGCCUCGCCACCGCAAGGACAAUCGGCGCCCUGACCUCGAGAUCUACAAGCCAGGCCUCUCCCGACUGCGGAACAAGCUCAGCUUCUCAGCCAAGCAGGAGGAGGCCAAGGGAGGCGCCCUGGCUGGCGACAGAGGAGCUCCCCUUGCUCCCAGCAAGGAAGAGCCCCCAGCCCCUCAGGACCCCCCCAGAGGAAGCAGCCAGCAGCAGCCCAACGGCCUCUUGGAAGGCACUGCCGAGGCAGGGGCCCUACAAGAUCCGGGGGUCUCCCCUGAGGACUGGUGUCCUCGUAUCAUCCGGCGAGCCAAGAAGCCUGACCAGCAGAUCUACCAGCCAGGGAAGCGCCUGCAGGUCCCCUCCAAGGAGCCCGCUGCCCCCCAGCUGGCGGCCGAGGAGCCCCCCGCAAAGGGGGAGCGGGGUGAAGAGCCCGAAAGGGACGCUGGGAAGGGCUACAGGAAGCCAGCGGCCCCUGAGGGGCAGGAAGGGGGCCUGAGCCAGGAGGGGGCCAAGCUCCUCCGUGGCGGGGAGAAGGGCAGGCGGGCCGAGCAGGUCCGGAAAGGCGGUGAGGAGGCAGCUGCCCAUAGCAAGGCCCAGAGCACCCCGAAGCGCUACUCGCGCUCGGACAAGCGGCGGAACCGCUACCGCACCUGCAGCACCAGCUCAGCCGGGAGCAACAACAGCGCCGACGGGGCCCGCGGGGAGGCAGAGGCCGGGCGGAAGCGCCAGGAGCCACCCAAGGAGAGGCCCCGUCCCCGGAAGCAGCUCUCUGCUUCCUCCACGGACUCCCUGGAUGAAGACAAGGCGGAAGAGGAGGAGGCCGAGGCAGCCCGUGGCUCCAGCAGGGACUCGGAGGCAGCCAAGAGGCGCCUGGAGCACGGCUGGCUCUCCCGGGGCGCCGGCGGGCGGGAGGCGAAGGGAGCCUCAGCGGGCGGCAGGGGCGGCGGGCGGGGGGAGCCCUCUGAGGCAGAGUGGCGCAAGCGGAAGCCCUCGGAGGCCAGCCUGAGCGAUUCCACGGAGGCCGCCGAAGUGGGGAAGGGCUCUUCCAGCCGGGAGCCCCAGGGCAGGGGCCGCGGCAUCCUGGUCCUCCCGGCCAACACGGACCUCACCGCCAGUGGUGCUGGCUCCCCCGAAGCCCCCCACUCAGGGCCGCGGCUCCUCUUCAGCGGCGGCCUGGGCAAGGGGACCAGGGGGAGGGGCAGAGGGGGCACCGCCCGCCGGCUGUGGGACCCCAACAACCCCGAGCAGAAGCCAGCCCUGAAGAGCCAAGCUUCCCAGCUGCACUUCCUCGACACGGACGACGAGGCGGCCCCCCCGCCCCGGGGGGACACCCGCCAGGCCCAGGCCUCCUACUAUCGCUUCCAGAACUCGGACAACCCCUACUACUAUGGGCGGGCGGCAGGCCAAGCCCCCUCCUACCCCUACGCCGGGUACUCCCUGCCCUAUCAGGUCGGUGCCAUUAACGGGGUUUACCCAGGCACCUAUUACCCGCCAGGCUACCCAGGGCAGGCUGAGCCCUACCUGUGCAGCCCCCUCCUGGCUGGGCCCCUCAGCCCCGAGAUGGAGCAGCAGGUGCGCAGCCUGCAGCAGCAGGAUCUCAGCAAGAUCCUCCGCGAAGCCAGCAACCUGGAGCAGCAGCUGAGCAACCUCCUGUCCCGGGACCGGCUCAGCCCUGAGGGCCUGGAGAAGAUGGGGCAGCUCAGGUGCGAGGGCUUGGGCGAGGGUGGGCGCUGGCAGAGAGGGCGGGAGCUGGUUGGCCAGAGGUGGGUUUGGGGAGGGGUCUUGGCAUCACAGCUGUUCUCACCUGCUGCUGUAAGAGCCAGGCAGCUUGCAGGGGAAACCACAGUGGGUGCUCUUUAACUUUGGCCAUAAUGAUACGGCCUAGCUGCUGGAUCAUGCCCAAAGGGGUCCAUUGUGUCCACCACCCUCUCCUCACAGUGGCCAUCCAGAUGCCACCAGGAGAAGGCCAAAAGCAAGCGGGACCAUAGCGUAAAAGCAGCGCUCUCCCCAUUUAAGAUUCCCAGCAACUGGCCUCCAGGCGCUUAGUAAAGAGGCAGUGUGGCCUUGGACUAGGACCUGGGAGAACAGGGUUCAAAUCCCCUCUUAGUCAUGAAGCUCACUGGCUGAGUCACUCUGUGAGUCUUUGCCUCCCAGCCUAACCUGCCUCACAGGGUUGUUGUGAGGAUUAAAUGAGGAGCAGGAGAACCAUGUAGGCCACCCUGAACUCAGUGAAGAAAAAGGCAGAAUACAAAUCAAUAAUGCUGCCUCUGGCAUUGGAGGUGUAACAUAGUCAAGGCGGCUAGUAGCCAUUGGUAGCCUUACCCUCCAUUCAUUUGUCGAAUCCUUAAGAGAACAUAAAAGGAGUGAAAGGAAGGCCUUUUCGCAGCAAGAGGAUCUUGCUUUUAUAUUCAUUAGUUGCAUUUUGCAUCUGCGUGCCUUAAAGUGACUUAUGCAACAAAAAUAAAAACAUUAAGAUCAGAUAGAAAAACAACAGUAAACGAAACCUAAAAUACUGGUCCAAACAUCCAUUCGAAAGGAACAAGUCCUAUUCUCUCUUCUUAAAGGAUGAGCACAACCACCAAGGUCACGGACGUAUCCAGCUGCCCUCCCAGUUAAAAACCAGAAGCCUAGGCGAAUAAUGUAUUUUGCCUGUACUCCAAAACAGGGCAUUGCUAAUUAAUGGGGUUCAUUGUCAGAAGAUGUCCAAGGAGGCUUUAAAAGGGGGUUAAGCUGGUUAGUGGAAAACGAGAAGUCCUGUCUGUGGAAUCUGCUGCUUUUGCCUGGGGAGUCACAACAGUUGGGGUUGUGCUAUUAAUGGACUUCCCAGAAGAGGCCUCUGGUUGGCCAUUUUGGGGGAAAUGGCAUGCUGAACUCGGGUGAGUCUUUGGUCCAACUCAGCUACCGAGCUCCUCUUACAUUUGCCCCAAGUAUCAUUGUGGGUCUGAGUAGAGUCCUGUGGAAGAGAUGAACUGUAAGGGGGGGGGAGUGUUUGAGGCGGAAGCCCCUGGGCUUAGCUGUGCCCCUUUCCAGGGUGGAGAUGCUGCAGCUGUACAAGCGCUGCCUGCUGACCGACAUCGAGUUUGCUGACGCCCAGAACGUGGACCAGCUGCUGUGGAAGAAUGCCUUCUACCAGGUGAUCGAGAAGUUCCGACAGCUGCUCAAGGAUCCCCUUGGGGAGAAGGCCCAGGAGAUCCGCACCAAGCUGCUCCAGAUCCUGGACGAGGUAAGGACGCCUGAGGCUGAGCCCUGUGGCCAUCGCCAGGGGGAGGGCACUGUCCCAAGGGUCGGGGUAGUACACCUGACCCCAAAUACGGUGGUUUUAAAAACACACGGAAAUGAAAAGCUUAUGUUAGCAUGAUGACCCCCUUAUGUAAGGAAGAAAAAGCUGUGUCUGUCCCCUAACACAUAGCAAAUAGUGUGUAAAGUCAGAAAUGUUUUGCAGCCUAGCCUUACCCAACCGGGCACCCCUCUGGAUAUUUUGGACUACAACUCCCAUCAGCCCCAGCCAGCAUAUCCAUCAGAGCCCAAACUGUCUGGAGGCCAACAGGCUAGGCCAGGCUGCUGUAGCCCAAGCAGAACUUCCUGAUGCACCCUCUGCACUGUCACCAGCAACGUGCCUCUCAAAACCAGCUCCUGGGAAACCACAAGCGGGGAGAGCUCAGCUGUUGCCCUCAGCUCCUGCUUGCGCACUUCCCUUUGGGGCGUCUGAUUGGCCACUGUGAGAACAGGAGGCUGGACUAGAUGGGGCCCCUUUGGCCCAAUCCGGCUGCUGUAGGGCUCCUAUUAGAUUUGUACUGAUGGCUUUUUUAAAAAUAAAAUGAGACAAAUUCACAGGGGUGGCUAAGCCUGCCUUCUCCCUCUGCUGUUGGAGGCAGUAUGCUUCUGAAUCCAGUUGCAGGGGCUCACAAGUGCAGGGAGUUCUGCUGGUGGACUUUGCUUUGGGGGCAUUUGCUUGUCUGCUCUGAAUAGGAUGCUGGGCGAGCUGGGCCCCCUUUCACCAGAUCCAGCUGCAUGGAUUUCUGACAUUCUGAUGACUUCAGCUCCAAGCUGUUCACAAAGCUUCCUGUGGCCCACUGACAAGUGCUGAACGCACAAAGGCUCUGGAUCCCGUCCCACUUUAUGGCAUAAACAACCUGUGUUGGGUGAUUCCAAGGCCGAACUCUUGUUUGUGGGCACCCAGAAGGACCGUGGUGGAAUCCCAGGAGUUGGUUAGUGAACCAGCUCGCCCCCAAGUCUAUUACUGGUGGCGCUGGGGGGACCCAAGGAGGUCAGGAUUGCUCUGAACUGGAGGUAAAAUUGUAGACUAAUAGAGUUGGAAAGGAACCCAAGGGUCAUCUAGUCCAGCCCCCUGCAAUGUGGGAAGCACAGAUGCAUUGGAUGCUGAGCUAGACAGGCUUUGGGUCAACUCCAGCAGGGCUCUUCUUAUGGGUGCUGUUAUUCCAUCAGAAGAUUCUGAAUCCGGGGCAUGUGUUCUUCAAGUACUCUUUCCACGUCCACUCACUCACUCUCCCAUCCCUUUUCACUUUCUCUCUCCUGGGUCUCAGGGCAGUGAUUUCUUCGACAGUUUGCUUCAGAAGCUGCAAGCGACGUACCAGUUCAAGCUGGAGGACUACAUGGACGGCAUGGCUGUGCGCAGCAAGCCCCUGCGGAAGGUGGUGAGUCCUGGCUAGGGCCUGGGUCUGUCGGGGAAGCUUUGUUGAUCAGGCCCUCUGGGGGUCCCUGGAAGACGGAUGGUAAAGGAGACCCUCUCUUUGGGCAGAGGGCAGCUCAGAGCUUUUCCCUGGCGAAGGAAGCAGGCGUGCUGAAGCCCGGCUGUGUCUCCAUUUUAAGCUGGAGAUCAAAUCUCCUUUUGCCCUUGUCAAAAACGAACUAGGAUGCUGGAGCUGGGGGGGGGGGGCGGGGAGUCCUGCCUUUUCCCACCACUCGACAAGGGGCAGGUGCUCAAUCUUGCGAGGGAGGCAAGGAACAGUGUCACAGCCGAGACCUGUAAAGAGGAGAUUGGCUUCAUGUUUAAAAAUAACUGUAUGUGUGUGUUGUGUGGGUUGCAAAUAUCCUUUGGAACACCUGACUUGCCACUCACAGCCUCCAUCUAAAAUACGAGGGAAGAGUUUUUGGAUUCCAGCAGAGGCCUCUCCCCGGCUCUCCCACCCUCCUUCCUGCAACUGAUGGGCUUGUUUCCUCUCCCCCAGGUUAAAUAUGCCCUCAUCAGCGCCCAGAGGAGCCUGAUCUGCCAAGGAGACAUCUGCAGAUACCGAGAGCAAAGCAGCGACACGGCCAACUACGGGAAGGCACGCAGGUAGGGAGGGAGGAAGUCCUGGAGGGCAUCUGCCUCUCUACGUCAUAUGCCAGGCCCCUCUGGAGGGGAAGGGACUGUGUCGCUUCAUGGGAUAGAGCACCUGCUUUGUGUCCAGAAAACCCAAGGUUCAGGUCGGGCUGCGACUGUUCCUAAUCAGAGAACCUGGAGAGUCAGUGUGGACAAUAUUCAUCUGGUCCGACUCAGUACAAGGCAGCUUCCUACAAUUUUCUGUCUUCAGGAAAGGGCUGUAGCUCAGCUGCAGAACACUUGCUUGGCAUGCAGAAGGUCCCAGGUCCAAUCUCCAGGCAGGGCUGGGGUUGUUCCCCCGCCUGAAACCGUCCUGAGGAGCCCCUCCCUCUCUCCUUCCAGGAGCCUGCAGUCUAAACGUUGAGAAAGUUGAGUAGACAGAAGGGAAGGGGCAAAAGGGUUGAUGUGAGCAGGUGCAGUUACAACAUACUUUUGGGACUUUGUGCCAGUGGUGGGGAAGGGGAUAAGGCUGGAUAACAAACGUCAGUUUUGAGAGGAGAGCGAACCAUAGCACCCCAGAGGGGUUCUUGGGGAACUUCUUUGCAUGGGACGGGGUCCGUGUGGCCACACUUCAGAUACAGCUGGAAUUCCAGCUCCCCAGGGUCACGGUGUCCCCAUCUCAGCCACAGCCACUGGCAGGACCUAGCAGAGGACUCUGCCAGUGGCAGCCUCUCCACUCCAGGGUCUCCUGCCCCAAUGCAGCCUAGCCUGUCAGUCACUCUGCUCUCUUGCCUCCCCAGCUGGUACUUGAAGGCCCAGCACAUCGCCCCCAAGAACGGACGCCCGUACAACCAGCUGGCCCUCUUGGCUGUCUACACGGUAAGAGAGAUGCAGGGAGGGAGAGAGCCGGGGUGGUCCAGGCACAGGACGGUUGUGAGCCUCACGGCACCAGGAGAGGCAUCGGCUCGCUUCGCUCAUGAAAAAUGCUUACAUUUCUUAAUUAUUUUGCCAGUGUUUCAGAUGCAUGGCAGCUAUUUCCCAAAUUGCUAAUAUUUCGUUAGACAAAUUAAUUCAGCUGUCGAAAAUAAUUACUAGUAGACUUUAUAAGCGUUUAUGAACAUGUGGGCAUUGCUUCUUUUUCACUUACUGACUGAAAUGGAUAAUUCCUCAAACAUCUGUCAAUAAGGUUCAUUAGAUGUACAGAGUUUGCUAGCUUUUUAUUCCUGCAGUGUGACCACACAGCACAGCGUCUGGUCCAAAGAUCUGAGGGUGCUGCAGGCCCCCCUUCAGGACGGAACCCCUCGUUUAUUUUCAGGCCUCUGUACUCAAAACCCAUUGCAAGUGGUUUGGCAUGAGGAAGCGCCACGGCUGUGGACAUAAAUUCGCUGGGUGAGGGUUAUCGAGGACAAAUCGUACAUCGUGCAGAUAGACCAUGGUGCUAGGAAGGCGUGUCCUUGUUCUGGUGGAAGGCUAACCAAUGAUUAAACUGAUUUUUGAAAUUUAAGUUGGCAUGAGUUUUCAUGCGGUUUUAGUCUCUCAUUAUUUUAGCUUUUCAAAAAGUCUGAAAUUACUGUUACUACUUUUUUCUUGUUGAUAAGUUUCUUGUUUUCUCCCCUUUUUUAUAAAUCCUUUUGUUUUUUUAAAGCAAGGAGUAUCUAAUCGUUAUUAAAUUAAUUAAACCAUCUAGACCAGCUGCUGGGUAGCCAAGGUGCCAGGUUUGUGUGCAGAAUGUCCCAGGUUCAAAGACUGGGAAGGACUCCCUGCCUGAGACCUUAGAGAGCCACGGCUGCCGGUCAGCGUAUACAGCACUGAGCUAAGCAGACCCAGUGGUCUGACUCUGUAUAAAGCAACUUCCUCUGCUCUAAAGGAUGCAGCCCUAGAUGUGACUGAGUCACAUCUGUGUGACUUUGACAGAGACGGGGCUUCCUGCUUUCCCCCCGAUCAGCGUAAGGGGUUUUGGAACAAGGUGCCCAGGAAUAUAUAUAUGCCAUUUAUUAGGAGCCACACACUUCAUUUCUGAUUGAGGUCCUUAUUAGCACCACUGGAAAACAGAAACACUCUGUGUCGGUCUCCCCCACCUGGCAUCCCUCCUGAUGUUUUGGACUACAACCCCCAUCAGCGUUGGAUGGGACUGAUGGGCGUUGUAGUACAAAAACUUGUUAGGGUUUCAAGGUUGGGAGAGACUACUCUCCAUUCUCUGAGCUAGCAGGAGUUCCUUUGCAAGAGAGUCUAGAGCCGUGGUUCCCAAACUUUUCAGGGCCCCAAGCCCUUUGUUCUAAAAUUCAUUCUCAGGAACCCCAACCCUAUAAAAAGCAUCAUUCAGAAUUUGCACAACCCACUAAGGAAGAUAAUAACACAAUGAAAUUCACUAAAGAAUAUCCCGUGAAAAAUAUUUUUUAUGCAUCCUUACAAAAACAUUUAUAGCAUGAAAUAUUACUAUAUAAUAUUAAUUUAGUACAUUUCUGAGCACAAUUCAAAGUGUUGGUGUUGACCUUUAAAGCCCUAAACGGCCUCGGUCCUGUAUAUCUGAAGGAGUGUCUCCACCCCCAUCGUUCAGCCCGGACACUGAGGUCCAGCUCCGAGGGCAUUCUGGCGGUUCCCUCCCUGCGAGAAAUGAAGUUACAGGGAACCAGGCAGAGGGCCUUCUCGGUAGUGGCACCCGCCCUGUGGAAUGCCCUCCCACCAGAUGUCAAAGAGAAAAACAACCAGCAGACUUUUAGAAGACAUCUGAAGGCAGCCCUAUUUAGGAAAGCUUUUAAUGUUUGAUGCAUUACUGUAUUUUAAUAUUUUGUUGGAAGCUGCCCAGAGUGGCUGGGGAAGCCCAGCUAGAUGGGUGGGGUAUAAAUAAGAAAUUAUUAUUAUUCACCAAAAGAGCAUGAAGCUCCACCUACCACAGACGUACGGUAACUAAGGCAUAGGAAAAUUACCAAUCAUUGGCCAUCUUGUGAUAACUCAGAAUUGUAAAUACAGACCAAUGUGGCUAAAAGAAAUAGCAGUAAAACUCUCAGUGUAAAGCUGCUCACUAGCUACAAUGGCUCUUCUCUGCCUCCACGGUCAGAGGCAGAAAUGCUUCUGGAUUCCACUUGCUGGAGAUUACAGGAGAGGAUCCUGCCUCCUGGUUCCCUACAGGCAGCUGUUCAGCCCCUGCGAGAACAGGAUGCUGGGCCAUUGGCCUGAUCCAGCAGGCUCUUAUGUUCUUAGAGUUUUGCCCCUGGCAAAGACCUUAUCCUGUGGGGCUUGUGUUUGUUGCAGUCCUAGAAGCUUCAUCUGCCCCUCUCCGUCCAUUGCCACCUCCCCUUUCUCAGCAAGAAGGAGGGUGUUCCCUUUGGAUCCCCCCAAUCGCCCCUCUGCCGGGUACUGUCUUGUAAGGGGAUCUUCCUGUUGUUGUCUCUGCAGAGGAGGAAGUUGGAUGCAGUCUACUACUACAUGCGCAGCCUUGCAGCCAGCAACCCCAUCCUCACUGCCAAGGAGAGCCUCAUGAGCCUCUUCGAGGAGACCAAGCGGAAGGUAAGGGGUGGGGUGAGGGCUGCGGACCUCUUUCCUCGCCCCCAGCCUCCCUCUCUGCCCAGGAGCACCCACCCUGACACGGCGCCUCUUCCUCCCUGUGCAGGUGGAGCAGGUGGAGCAGAAGAAGAGCCCCAGCCGGCAGAGCAAAGGCAAGAAGUCGGCCUUCCGGCCUUCUGGGGAUGAUGCCACCCGCCUGGAGCUCUGGAUCCACCCCUCGCACCCCCACGCCAGCCAGGGCCAUGAGUCCGGGCGGGACUCGGAGCAGGACAACGGCCUUGGCAGCCUCAGCCCCAGCGAUGUGAGUACCGUCCAGGCGGCUGAAAUCCGUGUAGCAUCGUGUAAAGAGUGUUGCCCCUUGUGGAAUUGGUUUGGUUAUUGCAUUUCUGCCUCGCCUUUUCCUCCCAGGAGCUCCCAGGAUUCCCCGCCCUCCUUGUUAAAUCCCCACAACAACCCCAUGAGGUGGGUUAGCCUGAGGGACUUGGGCUGAGCUUUGUGGCUGAGUGGGGACUUGAACCCUGGUCUCUCCCAGGCCCUCAUCCUCUGGCACUCUCACCGCUGCACCACACGACUUCCCAGGAUGGGUAGAUGAGUGUGUAUACAUACGUGUACAAGUCGGCCAAGAGGAGCUUCUGUUGCCGGGCUUCCUCUGGCCACUGGAUGGCGCUGCUCUUCUUGCUAUGCAGGACAGGCUGACAUGUUGCGGGGGGGGGGCAACCCUCUUCCCCUGAGAUGCUCUGCUCUGUGCCGCUCACAGGGGAACUGGAGCCAGCAGAAUGCAGAGGCAGUCUGUCUGUGGCAGGGGUGUUCCUGGCCACUUCUGCCUUCCCACCCACCCCCGUCCCGAGCUGCCUUGGGAGAAUGUCUUGCUUAGUACGUGGGGACAAGGCCUGGCCUCCGCUCUCACAUGCCCAAAGUCACGCAGGUGCUCUGGUCCCCGCUGGGGCAGGAGGGGCUCCAAGGUGCGGAGGAGGCAGGCUGACCACAGGAUUAGGCCAACCCCAGUCGACUGGGACACGUACGGUCUUCAGGCACUCUUAUUCCGACCGCCCCCCCCAGCUCAGAAUAACUUCCUUUGUUAAAGGUGUUUCUUCCCGAUAAAUGUUUGAGGUGGCUCACAGCACAGAGAAGCAUUUAACAUACAAUUCAGUAGCAAUAAUAACAACAGCAGUGUUGGACCAGGACCUGGGAGAGACCCGGGUUCAAAUCAGCCCUCUGUCAUGAAGCUCACCGGGUGACCUUGGAAGACAGUCGCUCAGUUUCAGUCUGACCUCACAGGGUUGUUGUGUGAAUAAAAUGGGAGGUGGGAAGGAGAACUGUAUGACCCGCUUGAGCUCCUUGGAGGAAAGAAGGUGGGAUGUAAAUAUAAAUGAAAUAAAAAAUGAGGAUACAACUUGCAGUGAUGGAUGGAGGGUGGUUUUUUGGUGGGGAGUACCUUGCCCCUUCCAGCCUUUGGAACGACAGUGUUAAUUAAGCAAUGGGCUGCGCUGGCACUUUGGGUGCUGCUUUGCUGUGGGUGCUUUGGCCUGAGAGAUCUGGGGCCUUGCCAAUAUGUUGCCCUAUUCCAAGGAAGCAUCUGGGCAGAAGCAAAGGGGCAGGUUGGCAGGAAGGGGGCAAGCAGAGGGUCACGGGAGGCACACUGGCUGAGCUGGGCAAGAAGACGGGUUAGUGGCUCCUAUUCCAAGUCAAACUAGCUCAGUGUCACCUACACGGACUGGCAGCAGGGUUUCAGGCAUUUCCCAGCCUUUCUUGGAGAUGCUGCCAAGGAUUGAGCCGGGGACCUUCUGCAUGCCUGGCAGGUGCUCUCUGCCCCUGACCUCUAUCCCUUCUUCUGCCAAUGGCAGAGCGCAGCUGCCUCCUGCCGGGCCCAUCAGUGUCACACAGGAGUCGGUGCUCAACUGUCACUUUAGGCCUUUCGCCCGCUGGGCUCAUGGAGGUUCCCUGGGGUGCCUGGCUUUCAUAGAACAAUAGAAUUGUGGUGUAGGAAGGUACCAUUUGGGGCCAUCUAGUCCAGCCCCCUGCAAUGCAGAAAUCUCAGCUAAAAAAUCCCUGACAGAUGGCCAGCAAAGCUCUGCUUAAAAACCACCAAGCAAGGAGAGUCAAACACCUCCCAAGGGGAGUCCCACACUCAAACAGCUCUUUCUUCAUAGCACUGGAGCCCGACCUCAGGCGGGGGGACUCCCCUUCACCCCCCCACCUGCCUAGACUUGCGCGUUCCUGGGAUCCCACUGACUCGGAGUCACCCUGUGGGUGCCCUGCCGGCAGGGACAGCGCUGUGCUUUUGGCCUGCUGUGCCAGGCCUGCAGAGAGCAGUUGCCAAAAGCCCUGGAGGUUGACUCAGCGAGCGCUGGGGGGUUCCCCCCUCCUUUCUGUUUGCGAAGCAGGUUCCCAGGCAAGAGAGAGAGAGAGGCUCCUCUCCCCCCCCCCCCGCCUCCUUCGCUGGUGCCGUGACGGGCAACCCAGAGUGCUGCUGUAUGUGCUUCAUCUCUAUCUCUCUCCCCCUCUUCCUCUUCGAGCUCCUUUGACCCGGUCACCAAAACCACCCCUCAGCUUUUAUUUUUACGCCCGGCCCAUUUUUGUUUCGAGCCCUGAGGUUUGGUCUCUUUCCUCUAACGGAGAGAGAAGUUCUCCGAGGAGGAAGCCGCGGGUGCCAGGCUGCAGUUGGGCUGGUUAGACGCGGAAACCACAUGCCCGGCCCCCGCGGGCUUGGGGACGUGACUCUCGGCACGCAGCGCCUUGCGCUGGAGGCAGCGCCUGGCUCACCCCCGUCCCCUUCCGCCUCCCAGCCACCAGCUGCACCCACCCCUCCUCCCUGGUGCUCUGCGUCUCGGGAGCGAAACAGGCUUUUGGGGAAACUGUCCCACUGAGCACCGCUCCUGCUCCCUGCUGGGGCUGAGCUCCUUGCUGCCUGCUUCAGGGCAGCCUUGCGUGGAGCCUGCCCCCCUUCCCCUUCCUUCCGGCCUCACUUGACCUUUCGCUGCCACCCACAAGGAGGCCGGGGUGAGGUGAAGCGAGAGUUUCCAGGCACGCAAAGGCCAAAAAAAGAGAAAAGAGGCUCAGCGUCUUAAUUUUAAAAGCGAGGAGAGAAGGCAGGUUGCUGUGACUACUGGGGAGCUGGUUGGCUGAAGAAGUGGGCCGCUGGGCAUGGCAGGAGGGUGCCAGGCUCCCUUGACCCAGGAGAGGACCAGGCAGGAUCCCAUUCUGCAGAGGCCCUCAGCUCCAAGGGCUGUGCAGGCAUUUGCAGCCACUUGCAUUGUGGUUGUGUUGUGGUUGUGUGUGUGUAAACUGAGAAACUGUCCCAUUUUUGUGCCCUGGUUGUUGGCUUAUAUUUUCUCGUUUCUUCUCUGCAUCAACUUGUGGGGAGUACUCUGUAGAUCACAGAAUCCCUCCCUUCUGUAGCCACAGCCACUCAAGAUCCUACCCCUUCCCUCUCUGGCUUCUAAAUCCAUUCCAUCCCUCAGUGUUCCCCACAUGCACCCCAGUUUAAUCAGUAAUCAUCAGGACUAGGAGCCUAUUUUUUCUUUUGAAAGAAGGAACCAAGAGGUUUAGGAUGUUGAAUUCUAGGGCCAGUAGCAGGUUGCUCUGCUUAAUGUGGAAGUGCUACAGUUUGAUUUUUUUAAAGUGAGUAACUAAAUCAUGAUACAUUGGUUUUAUUAAUUUAUGUAUUAAAAGAUAUGCACCCCACCCUUCAUCACAGGAUAAUCAGGAUGGGUGACAAUAAAUGCACAAUAUUCUGAUUUCCCCCCAAAACAUCAUUUGUGAAAAUUGGCUUGGAAUUCCAAGUGGGAAGAACACAGUGGCUGUUGCCUCUGGUUCCCCAUGCCCCAUGGGGGCAUCUGCUUGGCCACUGUGAGAACAGGAUGCUGGGUAAGAGGGCCUGAUCCGGCUGCUGCUCCAGGCCUCUCCUGAUGUUUGUGAGCAUUCAGGAGGUUGGAGGAAGCGCUGCUCUCCUGGCCGACCCAUUUCCCAAGGGAGGCCUGAUGCCUGCUCUGGGAAAGGGUGUCUGGAGGGGGCUGACAAACACGUCUCUCCGCUGAGCCCGGCUGGGUUUGUCCCUGGGUGCAUCUGCUCCCUUCGCUCCUCCUUGUUACUUUUUUUUUUUCAGCAGCCACCCAAACUGCCCCCCACCGUGACAUCCGUGGCGCUGCUUCCUCCCCUCCCGCAUCCGGUCCCCUGGCAAAGAAACAAGCCUUGUCCUUCCGCUGCCCCGCGCUGGUUCCGCCGACCCUUCUCUGCUCCGCAGAUGCGUCGCGGCUGCCGAGGGGAAAGUUUGCCUCUCGCUUGAUAAAGAACAGAUACCAGAGUGCUGCUUCCAAACCUGAAGUAACCAUUUUUAACUGGAAGCAGCCUCUCCUCCUCCUCCUCCUCCUCCUCCUCCUCCUCCUAAUCCCAGCCCUACCGGAGCAGCUGUGCUGGAAUCCUGCCCUUAUUUGGUGCCUGCCCUCAUUCCCACCAGGGAUCCUGGGGCUCAGGUGCCGAGCGCAGAGCCCCAGCCCCCCGGAUCGGGGCCAGAUGGAUCGGUGCUCAGAGCCGGGGCUGUUGCUGCUGGUGGCUCCUCGGCACAAUAGCUGUGCUCUGCCUCCCCUGUGGGAGACACAAACACCUUCAUAUUCCUCUUCCUGGGAGUCGCAGGCAAGGAGAGUGUUGCUGAUUCACUUGGGUCCUACUUGCUAAUCAGAGGAUGUUGUGUUCGAUGGUCCCCUUUGCGGGGACCUGCUGCAGGACUCUUCCUAGGUUCCUGUAAAGGAUUAGGCUGGUGGUUCCCGAUGGGGGGGGGCUUCUGCCCCCUUGGUUCCAUAAGCUCAAGGCCCCCUACCCUACCCCGUAAGAAGCAUUAUUCAGAAUAGUGACAUGCACAACACACUCAGGAAGAUAAUUACACAAUAAAAUUCAAAGCAGUAACAAUUGCUUGCACAUUUUUUUGAAAUCCAAUUACAGCUAGCUAGUUUAAUUAUUAUUUCAACAAAACUGAUGAACCUAAUCUUGUGAAAGCAGCCUUUCGAAGUCUGAUAACCAUUUAGCUAUUGGGAGUUUUUAAUGUUUGAAGUUUUACUGUGUUUUUGUAUUUUGUUGGAAGCCACCCAGAAUGGCUGGGGCCAACCCAGUCAGGUGGACAGGCUAUAUAGUUCAUAAAAUUAUUCUUAUUAUUAGCAAGAGUUUUAGAUACCGCAUUCAGGAGCGACUUCACCGUUUGGUAAAUUCGUAAUGUGAUGGCUGACCUUGUGUCCUUAUGUCCUUCCUAUAGAUAUGUCCUUGCUUUUAUUCAUAUUGCCUGCUUUGGGCGCUUCCCCACCCCCAGAAUCAGAGUUACUUAGAAAAGGAGCUCGUGGCGCUCUUGUCACCAUCAGUCACACUCAAGAUUGUACAAACCUCCCCUAAUCAGCUUUCCCCGGGAAGUUCUGCUGCGGGGCGGCACCCACGUGUUUCAGAUCGAAACGUGUGAGCGGGUGAACGAUCUUCAGCCUUAUCGUCGUGUCUUUAUUUGUAUGCGGCUUUCCCAUGACGGAGCCAUGAGAACGCACAGAUUUGAAAUAAAACAAGAUUCCAAGAUAAUGCAUUAGCAGUUGCAAAGCGGAGCGCAAUGUAAACAAAAAGCCACACGAAUAUCCAGGCCUGGGCUCAGCCGAGCUGCCCCUCCGUACACCCCGCCCAAACAACAAGUGCCGCCCGUGACCUCUUCCUCACUGAGGACUAGUCUGCUUUGGUGUGUUCUGUAUGGGGUAGCAGGAGAUGGGGGAACCCCCGCUGCAUAAAUGGGUUGUUGAGGCAAUGAGAAAGGGCAGCCACUGGGCUGUCUUCUUUGCUCUUUGUGUUUUGUGGAGGGGGGCACAGGGGGCGCAUUUCUCAUCCCUCCGCCGCUUUGGGGAAGUGCAUGUGUGCCCCCCCUCCUCCCCCUCGCCUCGCGCAGCCGCCGCAACCAGCAGGUGGUGCCACUUCCUCUCCCGGGGGCUCCGUUUCCCUCUGGCUGUGAGAAGCAGGAGGUUCCCAGGGGGGCCCUGCCGGCAGGUGAGUCACGCCAAGAGCACAACCACGCAGAGAGUCAUUUGGAGAGCAGCCGCUGGCCUGCCCUUGAACCUUCCCACCGGCCUCUUCCCAGGGCUGAGCUCAUCGGGGUCACGCGGGAGGCAGGAGGCAGGCACGCACGCUCAGAGGGAGCUGGAUAGGGGCUUUCCUUGCCCUUCUGUUCCCACCACCACCACCACCACCACCAUCACAACAUUUAUAUUCUGCUUUUCCUCCAAGCAGCUCAGGGUGGUGUGUGCGAUUCUCCCCCACUAGGAUGGGAAUAUCAGAAGAGCCUGGCUGUGGGAUUAGGUCAGUGGCCCACAGACCCCAGCCUCCUCUUCUCGCAGGGGGAGCCCCCAAGCACGACCCCACACCAGGAGCCCUCUCCCCUCCUGCAGUUUUCAGCAACUGCUGUCCGGAAGCCUCAUGGCUGGUUGCCGUCGAUAGCCCUCUCUUGCGUGAAUCUGUCCAAUCCUCUCUUAAAAGCAUCCAAGUCUGUGGCCAUCGCCACUGCGUCCUGCAGCAGAGAGGACUUCCUUCUAUCUCUCCUGAAUCUUCCAACAUUCCGCUUUGUUGGAUGUCCACAAGUUCUCAUGUUAUCCUCUCAACAACCCUGUGAGGCAGGCUGGGCUGAGAGAGAGGCAGUGACUCACCCAGGGAACUUCAGGAGGGCUGAGCGUCAGGGGAUUUUGGCCCCUGGCCCCUCCCAGAUCCUAGCUGAGCCCUCUAACCCAGGGGGUAGCCAACCUGGUGCCCUCCAGGUGUUUAGGACUGCAACUCAGCCAGAACAGCCAGCAUCCAGGAGUGAUGAGGAGUUAAUAAUAAUAAUAAUAAUAAUAAUAAUAAUACCACCUCACCCAUCUGGCUGGAUUACCCCAGCCACUCUGGGAAGCUUCCAACACAUAAAAAAAAACAUAAUAAAGCAUCAAACAUUAAAAGCUUACCAAUGCAGUAGUCCUGAACCCACCUGCUCUGACCACUGCUCUGCACUGCUUCUCUUCCAUUCUUCCCAGGUUGCACCCCAACUAUCUGAGGCUUCAUCUAUAUUAAAUGUACAUCCCCUUCCUUUCCCCCAAAACACUCGGGGCAAUGGACACCUUCCCCCACGUUUCUCCUUGCAACCACCCCUGUAAGGUAGGCCUGGCCAAAGGAGAAAGCUGGUGGAUGGCUUGAGGUCACUCAAGGAGUUUUGUGGCCAGAUGAGGGAUUCGAACUCGGGUCUUCCCCGCAAGGAGCCGCAUUGACAGGACUUGCAUGCUCUGUGUGUGUCCCUCCCUACUGGAGGAAUUGGUUGGGUCCGACCCCCUGCCACCAUGCUUCAGGCAUUGCAUGGCAGCCUGCUUGCACAAUCGAGGAGGGGCAGGAUAUGGGAUUCCUGGGCCAGUUACUGUCUUGGAAAUGGAUUUGUGCCACAGUUGGGUCAGUACAGGAGAGUUGGCAAAGCAAAGGGGGGUUGGUGGUGGUAGAAUAUGUCAAAAACAGAGGAAAAACCACCUUGAUUCUCUCUGUCUGGCAGCGUUUCCUCCAUGUGCAGUUUGCUGUCGUUCCAGUGAAUGUAUUGGUUUUAAUACAUUGCUCUGUUUAGUUCAGUUGGUAGAGCAUGAGACUCUUAAAUCUCAGGGUUGUGGGUUUGAGCCCCACAUUGGGCAAAGGAUUCCUGCAUUGCCAGGGGCUGGACUAGAUGUGCCUCGGGUCCCUUCCAACUCUACAAUUCUGUGAUUGCACCUCCCAUUCAGCCUAAGAAUGACCUUCACCUCAGGCCAACCCUGUAGGAUGGCCUCCAGCAAACUGUAGUUCCCAGGAUGCUUUGGGGGAAGCCGUGACUGUUCAAGUGGUUUAAUAAUGCUUUACGGAGAUGGUGUGAAUCACAGGAGGGGGAGAGUUGUCGUUGCCCAGGCCCCACCCUCAGGCUUCCCUUUGGGGUAUCUGGGAAGGCUGGACUGGAUGGGCCCCCUUUGGCCUGCUCUAGCCAGGCUCUUAGGAAGCCCUAUUGUGAAAGCAGAACCUCCAUCCAUGCCCAGGGACAGUCUGCUUCGGAAAACCACAGGAUGGGGACAACUGGAGAGUUGCUGCUGUUGGGCUCAGGUCCUGCUUUGGCCACUGAGGACAGGUUGCUGGACUGGCCUGACCCAGCUUCAAGGCUCUUCUUAGGUCCUUGCGUGUUGCCCUCACAUUCCCCUCUGGAAAGUGGCGGUAGGUGGGCACCCCUGGGAUUUCUUGCACACAUGCUCCUGUUGCUUGCAGAGAACCUUGUCCGCCAGCAGAGGGUGCCGUGGGCCUAGCACGGCUCCCCCCCUCAAAAAAUGCAGCUGUCUGGCACUUGCCCUCGCGCUUGGAGGGCCGGGGCACAGACAUUUGGUUCCCAUCUGCCGCCCCUCCACCCCCCUCUGCACAUCCCAGGCCAGGUUAUCCUGUCACCCGGGACUCUGGGCUCGUUCACAGGAAAAGGGAGCGUUCGAAUUGUUUUCUCAUCUUCUUCAACAUCAUCUUUUCUCUCUCUCUCUCUGCUUUCCCCCCCUCUUUCCCAUGCAGCUGAACAAAAGGUUCGUCCUGAGUUUUCUCCAUGCCCAUGGGAAGCUGUUUACCAGGAUUGGGUAAGGCUGCAGGAUGUUUGUUUUAUUUUUCCUACAUUACGAGGCCUUUUGGAAUUCCAAUAUUGUUAGCAACUGGGCUUGUGUUUGGAGCGGAGGGCACAGGGUGUGAAGCCGCCUCCUCCUCCUCCCUCCCCCUCCCAGGCCGGCUCUGGAGGGUGGGGGCGAGGGAGAGGGUCAGCACUCCGGCCGGGGCUGGGGCUGGGAGCGCCACCGCAGCAGUGACGCAGCUCUGGCCCUCCUCGUCCAGCACAGCAGCUGCCCUCCUUUAUCAGAACAAAUUCGUCCCCAGCCAAGUCCAUUUGUGCCAUUUUCCCGCUGCCGCCCGGAGCUCAGGGCUAGACUGCCUCUCCCUGUGGAGGUUCUGUUUAGCAUUGAGGUCUGAUGCCCCCCGAUCCAAAUCGUGUCCUCCAGGGAUUGGCUCCUGACAAACUGAGGCAGAUUGUCAGAGAAACGCCAAGCAGAGGAAAGGAAGUCCCUCUUAGUGCAGCGCAGAGUUAAACUGUGGAACUCCCUCCCACAUGAGGCCAUGAUGGCCAACAGCUUGGGUGGCUUUUUAAAGGGGUUAGGCAAAUUCAUGGAGGAGGAGGCGGCUAUCGAGGGCUUUGCUCUGCCUCCACAGCUGGAGAUGGGGAUGCUUCUGAGUCUCUGUUGCUGGGAUCCGCAGGAGGGGAGGCUGCUGCCCUUGUGCUUCAAUCCUGCUUGCAGCUUUCCCAGGGGAACACCUAGUUGGCCUCUGUGAGAAGAGGACGCUGGACCAGAAGGGCCCUGAUCCACCAGGCUCUUCUGCUGUGUGCUUUAUCUUGUCCAUCCAGCCCAGCAUGUUCCACUCUGACUGGCAGAGCCUCCCCAGGAUCUCUGGCAGAGAAGCGUCUUUCUCCCCCAUCUUCACUUGAUACCGAAUUCUGGGUAGCAAGCCUGGGGAUUGAACCUCCCCCAUGCCAAGCAGUCAUCCUGCUGUCCCCAGACAGCAUUUGGCUCCCAGGUUUUCCCUCGGGUGGCCGUUGCUUCUUGGGUGACGGCAGAGGAGUUGGCGUUGCCCCUCUUGGGAAGCCUCCCUGGGUGCGAGGAAGAAGGAGCCUCCCAUAAGGAUGCCCAAGAAGUCAGCUCCAGUCUGUGCCCUCUCGGACUUCCACCAUCCCUGACCACUGGCCAUGCUGGCUGCUGGGUCUGCUGGGAGUUGGAGUCCAGACAACGGCCGCAGGGCCACGGGAUCACGUCGGCUCCCGCAAGGGCCGAGUUUGAGUUGGCUUCGUUACUGGGCGACCUGCAGAGCUCCCUCUGCUGUGAAUGGGAGUGCAGGUGCUCAUGUUUCCUGUGACAAAACAACGGAAGCGAUUUCACCCACUGAGACACACACACACACACACUUUCCAGUGGUAACCACGUGUAGGGUCAAAGUGGUAAUUUCUCUUCACCGAAGUACUUUGUCUCCUUAUGCUCGGCAAAUCUCGACAGCAGCCCCAUAAAGUAGGCCAGUGUUGCUGAGAAAGAGCUGCUUUUCUCAGUCCCACACAGCCUCCCCUGCUUGCCCCACACCCCAUUAUUAUUAUUUAUUACAUUUAUAUUCCACCCUGCCGCCAAGGAGCUCAAGGUGGCGUACAUGGUUCUUCUCCCCAUUUUAUCAACAGCCCUGCAAGGUAGGCUAGGCUGAGAGGCAGUGACUGGCCCAAGGCCACCCAGGGAGUUUCGUGGCUGAGUGGGGACUGGAACCUUGGUCUCUCUAGUCUUAAUUCGACACCUCUCCACGUCUCCACAACAGCUGGCUUUCUAGCAGAUUCUGCCGUUAUCUUUCAUCCCCAUAGAAUUGUAGAGGUGGAAGGGACUCCUGAGGUUCAUCUAGUCCAGCUCCUUGCAAUGCACAAAUCGUGGCUAAAGCAUCCGUGACAGGGCCCCCCGCCCAACCUCUGCUUAAAAACUUCCAAGGAAGGAAAGGCCACCACCACCUGAGGGACUCCAUCCCUCUGUCGUCCGGCUCUUACCGUCAGAAAGUUAUUCCUGAUGUUGAGUGGGAAUCUCCUUUCUUGUAACUUGAAGCCAUGGGUUCGAGACCUACCCUCCAGAGCAGGAGGAAACAAGUUUGUUCCCUCUUCUACGUGACAGCCCUUGAGGUGUUUGAAGACGGCUAUGCUUUCUCCUCUGAAUCUCCUCUUCUCCAGGCUAAACAUCCCCAGCUCCCUAAAAUGUUCCUCACAAGACUUGGUUCCCUGCCCCUUUUUAUCAUCUUGCUUGCACUCCUCUGCUCUCAGGUUGUCGUUACGAUAAUUACUGUCUAUUUGCAAUUGUACGGGGAGAUAAGUGAAUAAUAAUAAUAAAUAAUAAUAAUAAUAAUACAGUGGUACCUCUGGUUGGAACGGGAUCCAUUCCGGAGGCCUGUUCGCAACAUGAAAAGAGUGCAACCUGAAGUGUCGUAUCUGCGCAGGUGCGCAGCGCGAUCUGGCGCUUAUGCACGAAGCACAAUUUAGCACUUCUGCACAUGCGCGAGUGGCGAAACCUGGAAGUAACCCUUUCCAGUAUUUCCAGGUCGCCACGGGACGUAAGCUAAAGGAACAUAACAUGAAGCAAACAUAACAUGAGGUAUGACUGUAAUAGAAAUAACAAUGCAAUGCAAAUAGUGUUGUUAAUAAUGCAAUGCAAAUAAUGAGCAACGCAAACAAUGUCUCCCCUCCUUCCUUGGUUUCUUCAGGAUGGAGACCUUCCCUGCCGUAGCUGCUGAGGUCCUGAGCGAGUUCCGGGCGCUGCUGGGGCACAGCCCCUCGCCCAUCGGAAGCACCCGCCUGCUGCAACUCAUGGCCAUCAACAUGUUUGCUGUCUACAACUCCCAGCCCAAAGGUACUGGAGGGGGACAGGUGGGGGAAGGAGUCAGGAAGGAGCCCCAGGCCUCGGUCCUCAGGCGCUGGGUUUGUGGGCAGGACACAACUCUGGUGCCCAGGAGGCCCUUUGGAAGUCACAGGUUGAGAAAACUGCUGAAUUCCAAAACCCCAGCGGGCAGAGUUGAGAUCUUGAGAGCAACUCUUGCUGGUUAGCAUCCAGCUCAGGGUUCCCAUGGGACCAUUUGCUUCCUGUGUGGAGAGGCGCUUAUAAGAGCCUAAGGAGAGCCCUGUGCCAGCUGGAUCAGGCCAGCUUGUUUAUCAGCCUGUUUUCGCAAUGGCCAGCCAAUGUGAAGAAGCCUGCAAGCAGGACCUGAUCGCUACAACAGCUCUCUAGUUGUUGUUGCCCGUCACCCGGUAUUCAGAGGUAGACUGUCCCUGGGCAUGGAGGUUCUGCUAUCGCAAUUGGCCCUGCUCCCCCCCCCCCCCCCCGCCAAAGGGGGCCCACCUUGUUUCAGCAUCCUAUUUCUUUAGUGGCCAACCAGGUGCCCCCAGGGGAAGAAGCUAGCAGCAGAACCCGAGGGCUACAGCAGGGCACUCCCCACCUGCCAUUCCCAAUGUAGUACCUCUAGGCAGGCUGCCUUUGUCCUUCCUGGUGGGCAGAAGCAGCCAGUGGGUUUGGUCCAAGGAAGGGCCCCCUUUUCUCCCCCUGCCCCUUCAGUGUUUGUCUCUGACACAUCGAAAGAGUCUUUCUCAGCCCUGCCUGGAGGUGCUGGCGAUCGAGCCUGGUCCUCCCCUAAAUUCUCCCCCUGUAGCCCUCCUGCUGUGGCCGUCAUCCUCACGGGAGAGCAGCGCCAGCAGAUCCUGGGGCCAGCAGGUCAGAUCUGUGGCUCUCCUGCUGUGUCGUCCUCUGUGGCACCCAGAAAGUAUUGCUUGUGCAACCUUUUUCUUUCCUUUGAGCCUUGGUCUUCCUUCCUUGCUCCUCCAUUAGCAUCUUGCUGACUGACAGUCCCAUCCUGUCCCCCACCCCACUCCGCCUCGGAAGUGCUGUAGGGAAAGGUGAUGCCUAGCCAGGCCCCUUUUGGUAGUUCCUUGGCAGUCCAGAACAGUGCCACCCCCCACUACCACCACCACCACCUCAGAAGCUGCGAUCUCUGUCCCUUGCAUGCCGUCUCUCUCCAGAAGGAGGUGCUGGUGGGCUCCCUUUGCCCCCGGGAGGACCAGGAGGAGGCCAGCGCAACACCUUGCCCCAGUUGUCCUCUUUGGGCACUUUGGUAGCCAGCUGCACACCCGCCUGGCAGGGAAGUGGGGGGUGCCUUUAUCCUGACCGCAGACGCAUGGAGAAUGUGGUUGGUGGGGGGGGUUUUAAGGGGGGGUCUGUAAUUUGGGCACAGGGAGAGAGGGGUGGCUGGAACGGAGUUUGCAAGCGAGCUAAUUGAAGCCGUGCCUUGUGGCAGGGCAUCUCCGGCGGGGGGAGUCCUGCGAGCCCCCUCCCCCACCCAUCUGUGCCCAAUUUACUCCAAUCUGGUCUCGGUGGGGCUUUUCUCCCACCCCCAAAGCCCACCCCCUUUCUCUCUCUCUCUCUCUCUUUCCCCUUUUUAAUAAUUUGUUUUAUAAUUCCUGGAAUCAAACCCAUCUCAAACACACUGUUCUGUUUUACUAUAUUAUUGGAUUAUACUUCCUAUAAAUCACUGGAGGGAUGUUCAUAGGGCCACCGCCGGGAUCACUUCCCUUCGCCGCAAACCCCCCACCCCCACCCCCCCGGCACGUCUUACACACAUAUCCAGGCAGUUUGUCUUCUGGCCUUUUUGUGCCCUUCCCAGCUGAGCAGGGCAAGAGUUGCCCCCCCCCCACCAACCAGCCAACUUCAGGCUGUGUCUCCAUCUGGCUGCUCUUAAGCGACUCCCAGGGUGGAGUUCAGCAUAGUGCUGGUUCAGUUGCUCUGUCCACACGAGCUUUUUGGCCUGUUGGGCAGAACAAACCCCCCUCCCCCCCCCCAUACACUCCUCUGAAGCUUCUCCCCUGAGCCAAUUUUGGGAGGUCAGGGUUGGGAAGCCCUGUUGCACAAAUGACAGGCCUUGCACUGGCCUUCUGGCGAUGGGGCUUAGCAGGUGACCCUCCCUCCCUCUGUAUUAUCUGGAGAGGCAGCCUCUGAAGAGCAGCCGCUGGAUCAGGCCAAGGUGGGUCUGUCUAGCCCAGCAGCCUGUUCUCACGGGCUAGCCAGGUGUCCCCGUGGAAAGCCUGUGCUCCACAGCAACACACCCCUCUUGCGGUUUUCAGCAACUGGCGUUUGGGAUCGUUGCUGCCUCCGACUGCGGAGGUAGAGAGAGCAUCCAUCAUGGCUAGGAGCCCUCCAUGAGUUGUCUUUCAGAGCCAUCCUGGUUGGUGGCCAUCCUUGCUUCCUGUGGCAGUGAGUUCCACAGUUCAGCUGCCCCCAUGUAGGCAUCUCCCUGUAAAAUCAGGCAUGUAGAACGUUGAUUUACAUUUUAAUCUCUUCUCAGUUCAUUGCUGGUUUUAAUCUUGGAACUAAAUAGUUGGCUUUAACUAUUUAUUUAUUUAUUUAUUUAUUUGUAGAUAAUUUUUAUUUAAGUUUUAAACAACAAAGAAAGAAAAAAAAACAUACACAAUACAUAUCUCAAAAAAAAGAAAAAAAGAUAACAAGAACACACAAAAAAGAACACAAUUCAACAAUAAAAAACAAAAAACAUAACAAUUAAAAACAAUAUCUCUUUUCCAUUUCCGUUUUUUUAGUUUGCUUAUUUUCUGGACUUCCUCAUACCUCCCUCUUUUGUAUUCCAAUCCAAAUUGUUUGUCCAGCAGUUUCUUUUCAACUUUUUAAAUCCCAAUCUUUAACUUUAGUAUAAUAUUGUAAUGUAUAUCUUCAAUUGGCUUUAACUAUUUUUACUGAUAACAUUUCUUUUUGCAAAUUAUUUUGAGAUAUUUUUUUUUAAAAAAAAGUUAAGCUGUGCAUUAAUUUUAUGAAAUAAAUCAAAUCAACAGCCCGCCCACCAAACUGAGGCCCGACUCCUGGGCCCUUUCAGAAUGGCCCUUGUAACCACAGAGUUCCUCCGAGGCCUGUCCGCAACGUCUUUUUACCACUGCCUCCUCGAUGUGCAAACCACGCGACAUCUACCAGGAUCGGAAAACCCCAAGCCGAGUCCAGUUUUCUCAGCCGCCUAUAAAAAUAACGCCGGCUCAUCUGCUGCAGCCUUGGUUUAGUGGCCUUUUAAAAUUAGCCCCUCCGGAGUAUUUGAGCGUAACCUCAGGCUCCUGGGAGCAGAAAGAGCCGCAUGGGGAAGUAGCCCCCAACCCCGUUCUCAAACCCCAGUCUCCACGCUGCACCUCUUCACCCACACCCCCGGUGAGCCCUGAUGGGGGGGACCAGAAAAGCUGCAGUGACAAAGUGGGGCUGGGGAGGGAGCAGGGAGGAUGCCGAGUGUUUGCAGGUAGCCGGGGAUUGGGGCCACCUGCUUGCAGCCAGCAGAGGAGGCAGCUGCCUUAUACCUGGUUGGGCUAUUUGUCCAUCCAGCCCCCUGUUCUCUGCUCCAACUGGCAGCUGGUCUCCAGAGUCUCAGGCUGAGGGGAAGAACCCUUCCAUCACUGGGGAAGCUCCGUGGCAGAGCAUCUGCCUUGCAUGCAGAAGGUCCCUGUUCAGUCCCCAUCAGCAUCUCCAGGCAGGGCUGGGAAUGGUCCCCUGCCUGAAACCUUGGAGAGCCAUUGCUGCCAGCCAGUGAAGACAGUACUGAGCUAAAGGGAGCCAACGAUCUCAGUAUACGGCAGCUCCCUAACUUCCUGGAAGCUUGCUCAUCCGUAGCUCAGCGGUAGUGCACCUGCUUUGCAUGCAGAAGGUCCCAGGUUCCAUCCCUGGCAACAUCUCUGCGUAGGGUUGAAGAAAAGACUCCUGCCUAAAACCCUGGAGAGCUGUUGCUGCCAGUCAGUGAAGAUCACCCUGAGCUAGAUGGACUCUGCAUCAGGUGGCUCCCUAUGUGCUCAAGAUCCAUUUUUAACUGAUGAUGCUGGUGGCUGAACCUGGGGCCUUCUGCAUGCAGAAGUGGGUGCUGAAGAAGUUUCAGUCCUUGUGCCCUCCAAAUGACCUCUGACCAGCCCCGGCCAGCAGAGCCUUAGCCCAGGGCAAACAGAGCACCAGGCUGACAAAGGCUGAUUCAUCAGUUAAGUUCUGGGCGGCCAGAGCAGGAAAAUCUCCAUUCAGUAUAUCUGAAUGGGCAGCUCACCAGGGUGGCAAAUCCUGCUGCAUUUUUACUUAUUUUUUGCUUUCUAGGUUGCAUUCCUUUUUUCAAUGUCUGAGAUACCUUGAAACAAUUUUUUUUAAAGGUAGGAUGCAUUUAAAAACAAAAAACCCUAAUCAACGAAGGUUUCCUUGCUUGUUUCCGUGAUGGAAGGAAAGCUCUAUUUGCGGAGGUUCCUCUCUCGCACCCGCUGUUCCCACAGAGGCUUGUGCCACCGUCUUUUAAGGUGCCCACAAGGCCGUCAGUUGUUCAGAUUGGGGCGGGCUGGACCAACCACCCCUCUGGAAGACCUGUCCCUGUUGCAGCGCUUGGGCAGUUAAGCUGUGGAAUUGACUCCCACGGAAGCUCGUGAUGGGCUUUAAAAAGAUAAUGGGGGGGGGGAGUGGUUCAGUCCUCUGCCUCUCCAGGUAGAGCUGAGAAAUACAGGGGAGUCAGUGCAAACGCUUGCUAGCUAAAUGAGCUGGUGGCCUGUCUCAGUAGGAAGGCCGUUUCCUACAUUUGUCUGGGAGUAAACCUGCAUCAUGUGACUGUGAGAAGGGGAUGUCCCCUGAGUCCGCUUGCCAGCUGGUUGUGGGCAGCAGCCCCGUUGGGGUCCGCAAAGCAGCCGGGCUGACUCCCUUAAAUCCUGCCUUGUCUGUCGGGGCCUGUUUCCCAGAAUCCUCCUGGGCCACCCUUUGCCAUCAUCUCACAUCUUGCUGAGCAGAGCAAGAGUGGGGGGCAAGUCCCACUGUGGUGCUCCACUCCUGCUUGUGGGCUUCCGCAUGGGGCAGGAAGCUGGACUAGGCGCUGGGUCCCCUCUGGCCUGAUCCAGCUGCAAUAUUAUGAGGGGCUGGCAGAGCAGCUUCCUUUCAUGUGGAAGCUCCAGAGUUUGAUUCCUACCAUUUCCGGCCAAAAAGGGACUCGGCAGCUGGCGGUAGGGAAAGGGGUCUUUUCUGCCUGAGGACCCUGGUGGGCUGCUGCCAGUCAGAGCCUGCAAUGCUGGGCUACGCAGAGAAGAGUCUGAACUGUGGUGGCCCCUUUGAAAAGCCAUGCCAGAUUGCCUUGCAAGCCCUGUCUGGUUAGAGCAGCCUUUCUCCACCUGUGGGUCCCCAGAUGUUGUUGAACUACAACUCCCAUCACCCCUAGCUAGCAAGGCCAGAGCUCAGGGAUGAUGGGAGUUGUAGUCCAACAACAUCUGGGGACCCACAGGUUGAGAACUGCUGGGUUAGAGUGUCAAAGGGGGGCCUGGGAGAAGGCUGCUCUUCCUCUGUCUGAUCUACCUCAUAGGGUUGUUGUGAGGGAGUUUCUCUUUUUUUUUUUUUAAAUAAUAUUUUUUAAAGUUUCAAAAGAAGAAAAAUCACAUUAAUAAAAAAUUAACAAUAAAAAGGAAAAAUGCAAAGUAGAAAAAAGAAAAAACAGUUAAAAACAAUUCCAUCUUUUCAUCACUUCUUUUACAUUUACUUGUUUCCUGGACCUCCUCAUACCUCCCUCUUUUGUAUUCCAAUUCAAUUUGUUAAUCCAACAAUUCCUUUCCCUCCUUUUUAAUCCUAAUCUUUAAUCUUGAUAUAUUAUAGCUUUAAAUUUUUACAUAUUAAAAACCAAUUUUUCCAUAUUCUUUUGUAUCUGUUCAGCUAGAAACCACUUAACUUCAAUCCAACAUCAUUCUAACAUUCAUUAAUUUUGCAAUAUUUCUGUAAAUAGUCUUUAAAUUUCUUCCAAUCUUCUUCCACCGACUCUUCUCCCUGGUCGUUGUGAGGGAGUUUCUCUCACCACCAUCCCAUGCUGCCUGUGUGUGUGUGUGUGUGUGUGUGUGUGUGUGUGUGAUAUUGCCUGAUCCCUCACUCAGCAAGCUUCAGAACUGGGCCAGAAUUAGAACCCAGGACCACUACCCCCAAGAGCCCUGCAGCAUCUGGGUCAGGCCCAAGGGGGCCCAUUUGGCCCAGCACCCUAGCCUCACAGUGCUCCUUAGAACCUGGGGGCCUAGAUAGACUGCCUCUGGGCCUGGAGGUUCUGUAAGAAAAGAGCCGCCCCCCUAGUGCAGCAUCCUUUCUUUGCAGCAUCCAGCCUGCCUCCCCUGAACUUUUCCUCUCUCCAUUUUCCUGCCUGAGCAAUGCAGGCCUGAGCGGAGCAUCCUCUGGGCAGUGCGAGGGGAGCUCUCCGGUGGGGACGUGGGAUGGGGAGGGAGCUGCGUCCCAGGCCGCCAAGCCUGCCUGCCCGCCUGCCUCUUAAAAGCCUGCAGCAGCCAGCCAGCGGAAGCCCUGCACUCCGGCCCAUCUGCGCCUGCCGAGGGAGACGCAGCGCAGCUGCUGUUGCUCUGAGUCGCUGGCGCAGCGCAAGAGAGAGGGAGGGAGGGAGCCAGAUCUGCUGUCUGUUGGGGUUUACUGCUGUCUACAUUGAAACAUGGCUGGGGCUGGGGGGGGGGCUGGGGCUCAGAAUGGGGUGGGGGGAGCCGGUGGCACCAUGCCAGCCCCAGUUAGCCUGGCCUCCCCCCAACCUUCCCCCCCACCCCCCAACUGAUGCUUUAAAGUCACAUUUCCAGGCCAGACAUAGAAUUAAUCUCUGGGCACUUCAGAUUGCUGGCAGCCCAAAGCAGGAUGUGGGAUUUUUCUCUCUCUCUCUUUCUCUCUCUCUCUCUCUCUGUGUCUUGGCUGACUUUUUUACCUCUCGAAGAAUUUGGAAGGGCCGUGAGAGUCCCUCCUCCCCCCCUCCCUUUUCGCCUUGGUGCCGCGAAGCUUUUCUGCUCGCUGAUCGCCCUGCUGUGGCUUCGCCCCUAAUAGAUUUCAUAUGUCGAUGCCGUUGACAUCAGUAUCAAACUAUUCUACAUGUGAUCUGGUGUGUUUCCUGCAGGAAAUCUGCAAGAUAUUUAUUAAGAACUAAUAAAAUAAACCUCUCCCCGAGCUUUUAGGUAGUUUUCAAUUGUCCGCGUCUCCCUCGUUUCCUUUUAUCAACUGGGGGGGGGGCGUGCUUUGUUUUUGUUUUGUUUUUUGCUCUUCCCUCUGACCAUCACAAAAAAGACACCCACCCAAAGGCACUGAAGAAGCCAGAAUAUUUUGGGGAAGAAAGAGACAGCUCUGCAAAGACCUGCGUCUUCAGGGCUUGAAUUAACAGGGGCUGCAAUGGCUGUGCCUGUUCUUUUUAUAGCACACCCUCCUUUUGUGUGUGUGCUCGCGCCUGUGUGUGGCUUCAGCAGCCUUCACACCAGCGCUUAGAGGGCUGCCUUUGCACUACUGUUAAAUUUCCUGCCCCUCUCGCAGCUGGAGACGGUUAGCUUGCAAAUUGAAGUAAUCCUGGUCAAGAAGAAGGCCGCCUUGGGUGCCCUGGGCCCUGUGUUCAGGAUGCGUGUGAAGGAGGGCAGCGAGCGUGGGCUGGCCCCCUUCUUUCCCUUUCCAAGAUAGCCAUCUGGGGCUGGAGCAGAGGGGCGUGGGGGGCAGCCACAUCUCCUGCCUCCAGCCCGCUAAACGGUUGCAAGAAGCUGAGGGCCGUUGUCUGCAGUGCCCAGACUCCUUCCCUCCCUCUGGAUGGUCAGGCAGGAUCUUCCGCUGCACCACCCUAGGCUGCCAUAGAAUUGUAGCCUUGGAAGGGAUCCCAGGGGUCAUCUAGUCCAACCCCCUGCAAUGCAGAAACCGCAACUGAAUAUUCCCUGGCAGAUGGCCACGCUCGCUCUGCUUAAAAGCCUCCAAGGAAUUAGUAUUUGUAUUAGUAUUAGCUGCCCAUCCAACUGGGUUGCCCCCACCACUCUGAGCUGCUCCCAACAAAAUAUUAAAAACACAAUAAAACAUCAGACAUUGAAAGCUUCCCUAUACAGGGCUGCCAAGGGAGUCCAUUCCACUGCCAGCUUAGUAAUGGAGCUUUAGGUCUUUUGCCCCUUUUGGGGGGAAGAUUUCUCAGAAGCUCAUGCAGCUGCUUUCCAGAAAAGGCACAUUUUCUUCCCCUUUUCUUUUUGAAACCCAUUACGUGUGUGUGUGGCCCCCUGGGAUGCUUUCCUGUGUCUCUUGUGUGGCUCAGGGGGGCGUGGAGAUACACUGGCGCUCAGGAAGGGUCACACAGGAUACUCUCCCUACCCCCAAUAUACACUGGUCUAUGGGCUAGAGCGGCAAGAGGCAGCCACUGGCCCACGGCAAACAUCCCCAGGCACCCUGGACUGACAUCUGGUGCAGGGCAGACAUCCCUCCUAUUAAUUAGGGGGGCUAGCAAAAAAAUUAAAAAUGGGGAAGAAAAUCUUUUUAUUGUACAAACUGAUGGCGGGCUGCUUGGCUCUCCUGCAGCAGCAGGAUCCGAGAUUUGAAACAAUAAAAAAUGUGUGUGUCCCCCACCCCUUUAGUUAACUUUUUUUAAAAAAAUGCAUGCUUACCAGCCCCCCUGGAGGGGCUGUUUGGGGAGGGUGGGCCCACCAGCCGCUGUGCCUGGCCUGUACCCAUCCUUGAGAGGUGGCUGACGCUGGCACCAGAAGAAAGGCAGCCCCGUUUUUCCAAGAACUCUGCUCUUUCUCAGCUUGAUAAGCAUUUGAACGCAACGCCGCUCGAUUGGAAUUGGCAGGGUGUCCUCAUUCUUUUGUCUGCCUGUUUAUUUUUCCCCUCAUCCCUCCACAUGUGCUCGGCAGCCCACGGAUGAGGCACCCCCAAGACCCGGAGGCUGGGAAAACGUGGUGCGGAGGCCGUGCCAGGAGCCCCUCUUUCCGCAGCCGGGCAGCGGCUCCCAAGGCUGCAAGUGAGGAGGACGGGGCAGUAGAAGCCAGCUCAGCUUAGGCUUAAUCUUGGGAAGGGUCAAGGCUCUGCCAAGUGGAGAUGUUUUCAAGUGCAGGCUGCCAUCGGCCCCCCAGCCUCUGGGCCUCAUCCAGCAGCCGGACUCUUCUUUCACACUGGUGGGGAAUUGGUCUGUCAAUAUCUGUUAGCUGUAACAGACCCAGGAAAGGUACCUGGCCCUGACCCAAGUGCCCAGGACUGUUGCACCGGCCUUUGCCAACCAGGUGCCCUCCAGGUGUGCUUGCACUACAACUCCUAGCCACCAACGUGAAUUGAGAGAGAGAGAGAGAUACACACACACACACACACACACACACCCACACACACACCCCUCCAUUGCAUUUACAUCCCACCUUUUGCUCAGUGGGGCUUAAGGUACAUGGUUCUGGCCCUCAUUUAAUCCCCACAACAGCCCUGUCAGGUGGGAGAGGCUGAGAGUGAGUGAUCAGCCCCCGGGGUCACCCAGGGAGCAGUCCCAAACGCCAGGCUGGUGGAGGCUGAGACUCAUCCACAGCCCCAGGAACAAACGCAGGAAGCUCUGUGAUCAGAGGGAAGGACGGGGGGACUGAGCAGGAUGCUGCAGUGCCGUCCCAUGAGGACUAGGAACUUGGCCUUUGAAGUCUGCUCUGCUCGGGGACGCAGUGUUCUGUGCAGCCCAAACGCAGCCCCAGCUGCAUGAGUAGCAACCGCCAAUCAGGCUUGUGGAAGGCAAGUGUCCUGAGUCCUGCGGUGUGGAUCCCCUCUGCCUUCAGGGGAAGAUGAGGGCAGAAGCUGAGAAGAAAGGCUUAGCAAAAGGCAGAAGUUAGUGGGCUCUUCUUCCUUGGUGGUUUCUAAGCAGAGGCCAGGUGGCCGUCUGUCAGGGAUGCUUUACCUGGGAUUGCGAGGCAGGACUAGAUGGUCCUUGGGGUCACUUCCAACUCUGCAAGUCUAUGAUUCUGCGGAAACCCCAAAUGCCCAAGCGGGUGGAUCAAAGACCUUGAUCAGUAUGCAGCAGUAAUGCCACACAAGCAGGCGGGCAGCAAGCUGUGUGUGUGUAUCCGUGUGUGUGUGUGUGUGUGUGUGUGCCCAAAGGACUUUGGAGCCAUGAAUUCUAGCUCAGAAUAAGCCCAUCCCUGAAAAGCUGCGCAAGAGAGAGCCGUCAUUCUGGCAAGGUGGCUCUCGCGGCGCAGGAUUCUGACUCCUUCAAGAAGUUCUUGCCACAGACCAGACCGGUCUGUUUCCUUGGCUACAGUCUGCUGCUCUCCCGAGUGGGGGGAGUCUCAAAGGUGGAGCAAGGGGGGGAGUUUUUAAGCAGAGGUCAGACAGCCACCCAUCGGGGAUUCUUGAGCUGUGCUCCUUGCAUUGCAGUGGGCUGGGCUGGAUGACCUUUGGGGGACCCUGCCAACUCUGCAGUUCUCAGGUGGAACUAGAUGAGCCUUGGCAUUGUGCUUGUGAGUUAACUGGGGGCUGCUUGUGGGGGGGGGUGCCAGGCAUGCCCCCACUUAGUAAAGCUGGCUGGAUCUCCUGCACUGGGUGGGGGUUAGGGUAGUAGGGGAGCCUUCCCCUCCUGCAGAAAAGAAAAACACUUUUGGUCAGAAGUGCCUGCCAGAGGGGCCUCCCUGCCGGCCUUCUGCUUGGCCCUGUGCUGGGGUCCUGAGCCAUGGGUGCCAGGGCCAAGAGAAAUGCCCCCUGCCCGGGGGGCUUUUACUUACUUUUCCCUCCUAGUGGCAUCUGCCCUUCCUUUCCUGCUCUCCCCCCGCCCCCAGCAGUCCUCCUCAAUUCCACACUGGGGUUUUCUCCCCCCCCCCGCCCCGGUCUAUCUUUUUCCAUCUCUCUGUCUCUCUUCGUAACAGUUUUUAAUAAUGUUUUAGUUAGUUCCAGCCCUUUUCCCUCAAUGGAUCCCAUUGGAAAAAAACAAAAAGCAUUUUGAAAGGAAACAGUUAUACACUUCCCUUCCUUUGAAACUCUUGCUGGCACCUUUUCCAGCGCAGUAAACCAUACAACAUGGAUUUUCAAGAGUUUCCAAACACAGACAUGCUGGCGUUAAAUUUAUGAAAAAAUGUUUUAUUCGGCCGUGUGCUCCAGAAAGAGAGAGGAGCCUCGGAGCGGCUGGUCAGAGUUGAAACCCAAGCCCCCGGCUCGGAAUCGGGCUCCCCCCAAACCUGCUAGGAGACGCAGCUGCCAACCCCAGCCAGCUUGCUGGGCCUUUCCCAGUGCCUCUGCAGCUUCUCCUCUCCCAGAAAGGAAAGCCGGGGGGGGGGGAGGAGAGAGGAAGAGGAAGAGGAGUCCCCCUUCGGCUACUGGCCCUGCGGCCGGCCCAAGAGAGACUCUGCCGCAAAUCAGCACUUUGGGGUGGGGCUUUUAAGAGCAAAUCUGCACUGAGAUGAGUCUGCUCUGCAGGGCUUUCUGCUGGGAGGGGGGCUGUUAAAAUUACACACACACCCCAGGCAGUCCGGAGUCUGCGUCGGGUAUAGACAAUGCGGUGUACACAGGAAGUCCCAGAGGCAAUUCCCAUAGGAAGCUGCCGUACACCGAGUCAGGCCAUUGGGUCAUCUACCUAGUAUUGCUUGCACUGACUGGCAGCUGUGGCCCGCUGGGUUUGGGCUGGCAGGAGUCUCUCCCAGCCCCACCUGGAGAUGCUGCUGGGACUUUCUGAGAUCCAGCCCUUUCCCACCAGCUUCCUGUUUAAAUCGGCCCUUAAGCCAAAACCAUGAGGGCUGGGAUCUUGCUUUAUUUUUAGGGGGAGGGCUGGGGGGCACCUGCUUUGCAUGCAGAAGGUCCCAGUGGCACCUUUGAAGCCCAGGGUUGCUGCUUCCCAUGGCUGACCUCCGUUUAGAACAGCUUCCUGGGUUCCUUUGAACGUUGAUGUAGUGGCUUUUGUCAGUUUUGACUACAGUGGUACCUCGGGUUAAGUACUUAAUUCAUUCCGGAGGUCCGUUAUUAACCUGAAACUGUUCUUAACCUGAAGCACCGCUUUAGCUAAUGGGCCUCCCGCUGCCGCUGCGCAGAGCACAAUUUCUGUUCUCAUCCUGAAGCAAAGUUCUUAACCCGAGGUACUAUUUCUGGGUUAGCGGAAUCUGUAACCUGAAGCGUCUGUAGCCUGAAGCGUCUGUAACCCGAGGCACCACUGUAUUUUUAUGUCCGUCUUUGGCACUGAGCUGUUAUGCUGCUUCGCAUCGCCAAAGGUGGCUUCUGAAUGCUGUUUAAAAUAGGCGCAGAUUCCAGGAGAGGCGGAGGGUGCAGGGCAUGUCGCCAGAAGAGUCUUGCUGGUAGGGCAGAUGGGCUUGCGGGUGAGGAAGGAAGGACUGAUGGACAGGAGCGGCAGCGGCUGCCCUUGCCCUGCAGGCUUUGAUGACAGAGCUGCCCCUCUCCCUGGGCCCUUGCUCCUCCCUCCUUGCCACCCCACCAGCCACACACAAAGGAGUCUCCAAGGAAACUGGGUCUCCCUCCUGCACAUUCACACAUGGCUGUCAGGCUCCAGACAGCCUCUGGCGCAGGGCUGGGGGAAUCCCGCCUGGCCUCUCCCACCCAGCGAUGGAGUCUCAGCCUCCUGCAGGGUGAAUGGGUGCUUCCUUCUGGCUGCAGGUGAUCCCAAGCAGCCUGCAGAGGCCGGCAGCUUUCUCUGCAGUUGGGCUGCCAGAGGAAGCCCCUGCGCUUUCCCCCUGGAAAUGUGGGUGCUCCGCAUCAGGAACUUGCCCCCCACCCCACUUCUAGCCAUCCUGCAGUUAAACGUGGGCGCACUUUGCUCAAAUACGGGAGCUGUGUGUUUCCUCUUCUGAGCUGGCGAGGCGGCAAGGGCCCCAAAUAGCACCUCCUUGGAGGAGGCCCCAAACGGCACUGAAACACUGACCCCAAAUCUCCAGCAGAAUUCUAUGAGUUGUGCAGCCCUGGGGGAGUAGACGUCUCUGCUCUUUGCAGCUUGGCAGAAUCUGCUGUUUCUGCUAGUCCUGGUGAAGGAUGUUGCCAUGGGAGACCGUACCCCAGACCCCAGUGGUUGCAUUCCCUCCAGAGCAGUUUUGUGGGGUUAAUAGCGGCGGGUGUGCACAAACACCAGUAUGGCUCUGUUCUGUCUCUACUGUUGGAGACGGCAGAUGCCUCUGAAUGGCAGUUGCUGGGAAUCACAGGUAGAGAGAGUUGCUGGUGCGCUCAGUUCUCGCACGUCGGCUUCUUCCCUUUGAGGGCACCUGGUUGGCCACUGCGAGAACAGGAUGCUAGACUCGAUGGGCCCUCUUUGGCCUGGUUAUGGCCAAGUGUUGUGAUAGCAGAACCUCCACGCCCAGGGACAGUCUACCUCUGAAUACCAGAUGGUGGAGAACAACAACUGGAGAAUUGCUGUAGUGCUCAAGUCCUGCUUGCAAGCUUCCCACUGAAGUAUCUGGUUGACCACUGUGAGAAUAGGAUGCUGCACCAGGUGGACUAUCGGCCUGACCCGGCAGGCGCUUAUUACGCUGCUAUGCCCUGGGCCUUGGAGGGUUGCCACCGAGAGCUCCUGGUGCCUGGGUGUUUCUGUCCGUGCAGGGUCCCCCGGUUGGGGAGGCUCUCCAGAGAGGCAAGGGUGGGGGACUGCAAGGCCAUCGUGCCCUCCCUGCUCACCCCAUAGGCGGCACCCGCUCUGCCCCAUGGCGGGCCUGUGGAAAUGGCUUCUCCGCCUGUUGGUCAUUAGGGGCCUUUUCAGGAAACUUCUGAGAAUAACACGUUCUAAAAAUGGGAGAACCGCUUUCCACGGAUAGCUUCCGGGAAAAGGGCCGAGUUAAUUUUAGCCGCUACAGCGCCCUUUUCCGCUUUCAGGGGGGACGCAAGCUCGAGGCUGAAGACCCUGGUGUGUGUGUGUGUGUGCAAGGAUGUAGCGCUGCUCAGUCACCUCGCAGAGGGGAAACGGGUCUGGUCUUCCGUGGAUCCAAACCCAGAGGCCGUCCUCAGAGUCACCUCUCCCUCCUGCCGCCUGUUCCUAUUGGCUCUCCAGGCCGAAGGGGACGAGCGUGUGGAGCUCCAGGGGUUGGACGUGGGGUUCAGGACCCUGGCCAGGGCAAGCCCCUCUCGCAGCCGGGCUUCCUGUGCGAGUCCCGCGCAGGCCCAAGGCCCCGUCUGGGAAUAUGCCAUUAAUUUUUAUACUUUCCCCUGUAAACCACCGACCCUUUUUAUGAUGUCAGGAGGGAUUCCUUAAUUCUGCAGCUGCUUCCUGGUUACGUCAGAGGAGAGCCUCCCGUCCUGGAGCCGAAAGAGAGAGCUGUGCUCCCCAGCUUGGGGGCUGGGGGGCCAGAAACAAAUGAAGUGUUGAGUAUCUAAUGGCUUCCAUGGGGAGAGCCCCUCUGUUCUCUCUCCCCCACCCCUUGCUCCACACUUUCCACCAGGCCUCACCUUGUCCUUCUCUCCCCCCUCCCUCCAAGAAAGAGUGAUUUGCAAAGGAGGCUCUCAAAGGCCACACCUGCCCCCCCCCCGGUCCGUGAAAGCACGCUGUCCUAGGACAUGGGGGGGGUGUUUGUUCAAAUCCAGCGCAGAAAACUGUGGACCUUUUCCCAAUCUCCUGAUGCCCAGACAGAGAACAGCUUUUGUACUCUGAUGCCCCAAAGGACUAGAAAGUUACAGGAGGGGAGAUUCUGUGGAUCCAUCAGGAUCCAUUCUGUGUUUUUAAUAUUUUGUUUCUGAGCUUCCCAGAGUGGCUGGGAAAACCCAGUCAGAUGUGCAACGUAAUAAUAAUAAUAAUAAUAAUAAUAAUAAUAAUAUCAUCAUUCUAUUCUAAGGCCAGUGAUCCAGGCUGGCGAGGAAGGCUCUUAAGUAGACCCCCUCUGCUCUUGAUAGAUCAGGUACCUUCAACCUUUUCAGACCCAGGACUUUCGGGACCCAUUUAUUGGUCUUUUUUUUUUUUUUUUUAAUAUAAUAUUUAUUGGUUUUACAAAAAUUCCAAAACAUACAAAAAUACAGAUUUUCAAAGACAAAAAACAACAAUAACAGUAACAAAAGGAGAACAAAAAAUAACAAUAAAACAGAAAAAUUUAAAAAUUUAUAAUUUCAUUUAACCUUCUAAUCUUUCCUUGGUUCUUUGACUUCCCCACACCUCCCCACUUGUAUUACCUUUUAGAAACUCCUUUCAGCAAAUCCUUGCCCUCCUUCCUUUAUCUUAACUCAAGGAGCUUAAUCUAUUUAUAUAUAGGUAUUUUUACAACCUUAUCAAUCAAAUAUUCCAUACUCUUAAACGCGAGGCUUUUGCCAAUACCAGUUAUUUUCAAUCAGACCUCAAUUUAACAUUCAUUAAUUUUAUAGUAUUUCUGUAGAUAGUCUUUAAAUUUCUUCCAAUCUUCUUCCACCGACUCUUCUCCCUGGUCUCGGAUUCUGCCAGUCAUUUCCGCCAAUUCCAUAUAAUCGAUUACCUUCAUCUGCCAUUCUUCCAGAGUGGGUAAGUCUUGUGUCUUCCAAUACUUUGCGAUAAGUAUCCUUGCUGCUGCUGUUGCAUACAUAAAGAAAGUUCUAUCCUUCUUUGGCACCAAUUGGCCAACAAUGCCCAGGAGAAAGGCCUCUGGUUUCUUUAAGAAGGUAUACUUAAAUACCUUUUUCAACUCAUUAUUUAUCCUUUCCCAGAAAGCCUUAAUCUUUGGGCACGUCCACCAAAGGUGAAAGAAUGUACCUUCAGUUUCUUUACAUUUCCAACAUUUAUUAUCGGGCAAAUGAUAGAUUUUUGCAAGCUUGACUGGGGUCAUGUACCACCUGUAUAUCAUUUUCAUAAUAUUCUCUCUUAAGGCAUUACAUGCCGUAAACUUCAUACCUGUGGUCCAUAACCGUUCCCAGUCAGCAAACAUAAUGUUAUGUCCAACAUCCUGUGCCCAUUUAAUCAUAGCAGAUUUUACCAUUUCAUCCUGAGUAUUCCAUUUUAGCAGCAAGUUAUACAUUCUUGAAAGUGUUUUAGUUUUGGAAUCUAACAGUUCUGUUUCCAACUUUGAUUUUUCCACCUGGAAGCCAAUUUUUCUAUCCAAAUUAUACCAUUUAUUGGUCUUAUCCCAUAUAUUUGCUGGGUGGUGGUGCUCCUGUUGUGGCCCACCUCGGAUCAGGCCCUGGCCCACCAGUUGGAAGACCUAUUCAAGUCUUAAUAGAUUGAGAAGGGGCUCAGCUGAACUUCCAAGGAUCCUGCCUUUCUCUCUCUCUUCCCUCCUCCUUCUAAGAGUAACUUAGCCAGGUGAACUUAGUGGGACUGGGAAUCUUUGUUGAAGGCUUUUGCGCACACACACACCCCAUGCAGGCGCUAUUUCCCUUUCCACUCCUCUUUCCCUCCCCUCUUUGGACAGUAGGGCUACAAGGCUUUUGCAUUCAAUGGGUAUUCCUGGCUCCAGCCAACGUGUGUGCAUGCUGCUUGAGUCUGGCAGGAGACUGUCAUUUGGGAGGAGGUGGGAGGGAGCCAUGUGUCAGGCACACAUUAAGCUAGGGCUUUGGAGGAAUGCCCCCCAGCUGGGACUCUUCCUCCUCCCCCCCCCCCAACAUCCCACCCCAGAGAUUUGCAUUCCUGUCUGGUUGACAUACCAGCCUCCCCUCCCCCCCCGCCCCAUCCCUCUGCAUCCCAGUGGGGGCUUAGAAGCAUCCACAGGCCCUCCUGGGUGCUUGCCUCCUCUCUGGCUGCCCACUUCCUGCAAGAAGGCCAGCCAUGGGGCUGGGAAGGGGGGAGGUGGAGGGUGCGGUGCCAGGACUGUCUGGCUGAGGGUGACUCAGAAGGCAACAACUCAGCGAGUGUCUGAGCAGCAGUGAUAAGGGAAGAGGCAAAUGAUGAUCGCCUCCAGGUGGUGUCAGCUGGGAGGGAGAUGGGGGGAGCCAGCCCCACAGCCUUCCUGCCAGCCAGCUGGUGGAGAGGGGUCUGGUGGUGGCGGCGGCUGCAGAGUCAGUCGAUGAGACAUCAAGAGGUUGCCUCCUGGGGUGGCUCCCCCAGCCUGGCUGGCCAUCCGGACACAUCCACUUUUGGCUUUUGGGAGCAGAGUUCUGCUGCCUUCUGCUCUCAAAGGCCAAGCUCUCUGGCAUAACAUCUGGAAAGGUGUGUCUCAUUCAGCCUGGGCUGUGCAAGACUCUGGAUCUGGCCACCAUCCUCUUUUUAAGGGGGCCAAGCGGAUGCUUCUUCCGGGAAGCCCAAAAGCAGAAUCCGAGCACAAGAGCUCUCUCCCCUCUUUGUUGCUGGGUUAAGGUUUUUCUGCCUUGGCAAAUGGUCUGGUGCAAUUUUGGACCCUUUCACAGCCCACCAACACUGGCCUCCCUUGGCCCGAAAUCAAGGUCUCUCUUAACACCCACGUCCUGUGUGUUUUGUCAGGUAGAUGAUGAUGAUGCCUCCUGCGUUGGGAACUCUCCUCUUUGGACUGUGGAUAAGAACCGAAGGAGAGCCUGCUGGAUGAGGCCUGUGGCUCAUCUGGUCCAGCAUCCUCUUCUCACGGUGGCCAAUGAGAUGCCCCAGAGGCAACCCCAUAAGCAGGACCAGAGUACAAGAGCUCUCUCUCCUCUUGUGGUUUCCAGCAACUGGGAUUCAGAAGCAUUACUGCCUCUGACCGUGGAGGCAGGACAGAGCCAUUGUGCCUCGUAGUCCUCCGUAGCCUUUUUCUCCUCCGUGGAUUUGUCCAACCCUGUUUUAAAGCCAUUUCUCUUGGUGGCCCUCCCUGCCUCCCGUGGGAGCAAGUUCCAUAGGUUAACUGCGCAGUUGUCUCCAUUUGGGGCCAUUUGGCCCCUUCUGCCUGGGCAUUAGCCCUGCUGCUGCUCUUCCUCCUUCCACUGGCUCCCCUGACCUGGCAGUGGCCUUCACGUAGCUCCCUCUUCUUGCUUUGCUGCUCCCCUCCGGGCAUUGAGGAGGAAGCUGGCACUUUCUGCUUUCUCCUGCUUCUUCUUCCCAGGCUCUUCCUCUGGCUCCCUCCUCCAUGGCCACCUCCUUCCUCUCUCGCUGCCCUUCAGGCCUGGCCGAUGGUGUCCAGCACACCCUGGCGGGGAGCGCUGGGUGUUUAUCACUUUUCCUGGAGAUUAUCUGUUUUAAGCACUCCUUGACAGUUACAAUAACAAGGGCCGCGCUCUCGGUUUCCCAGCACAGAAAAAGGGGACACUCUCCCGCCGCUGAAAGAUGUAUAGCGCUAAUUGGAAAGGCAUAACAUCCGGCCACAUGGCAGCCCCUCUCCGCUUCCUGAGCCUCGACAACUUUGACGACAGUUGGUUUAUGUUUUCCACGAAUAUUUUGUUCUCUGGGAAACGAAAGCGGCCUUCCCGGCCAAGCGGGAGGCAGCUCCCAGGUAGACGGACACCAGGGCGUGCGUGUGAGUGCCAGAGCAUCCCCUGUGCUCUGGAGAGCAGACUGGUCGGGGCGAACCUGGGAGAGGAGCGCCCACAAGGCCCCCUCUGCCACUUGAGAACAUGAGGAGAGUGCUGGAUCAGGCCAAAGGGGGGCCCGUCUAGUCCAGCCUCCUCUUCUCCCAGCGGCUGAACAGAUGCCUAUGGGAAACCUGCAAGCAGGAUUUGAGCCCAAGAGCAACACUCCUCACUCCUGUGGCUUCAGAAGCCUGGCUGCCUCUGACCGUGGAGCCAGAGUGCAGCUAGCAUGGCUAGUAGCCAUCCAUGGCCCUCUCCUCCCCGAAUUUGUUUAAUCCUCUUUCAGAAGUCACCUGCGAGGAGUGAAGCUACAGGGAAUCAGACAGAGUGCCUUCUCGGUAGUGGCACCCACCCUGUGGAACGCCCUCCCAUCAGGUGUCAAGGAGAUAAGUAACGAUACAAUCUUUGGAAUACAUCUGAAGGAAGCCCUGGAAAGGGAAGGUUUUUAAUGUUUGAUGUUUCGUUGUGUUCUUAUAUCUGCUGGAAGCUGCACAGAGUGGCUGGGGAAACCCAGUCAGAUGGGCGAUGUAUUAUUAUUAUUUACAAUUACUAUUACUAUUACUGUUGUCAUCAUCAUCCAAGUGGGUGGCUGUCACUACCUCCUGGUAGAGCGAGUUCCACCAUUUAACUCCAUUCUACAUGAAGGACUAUCCUUUGAUCUGUCGCCCCUUCUUGGGCUCUCUUCUUGGGUCACCUGGUUGUCUCCUCUUUCCAUCUUGGCACCCCAGAGAGACCAGCUCUGUGGGUGCUAGAAGAAUGUCCUCACAGCUGUCCCUCUGCCCACCUGAUCUCAGGCUGCUUUGGGACCCUGCAACCCCCUAGGCCUGGCAAGUGGGACCUGCGGUGCUAGGCGAGGGGCAGUGUAAUGUUGUGCAGUAGUUAGAGCAUCAGACUAGGACCUGGGGGAGACCAGGGGUCCAAGCCUCACUUGGCCAUGAAGCCCACGGGGAGACCUUGCUCCCAUCCCUGCCCCUCAGCCUAACCUGCCUUGCAGGGUUGUUAAAUGGGGGGGCCAUUAAAUGUGGGGCCCAUGGAAGCCACCUUGAACUCUGUGGAGGGAAAGUGGGAUAUAAAUGUAAAGUAAUAAAUAAAUAGGGGACGCAGGUGGCGCUGUGGUCUAAACCACUGAGCCUAGGGCUUCCUGAUCGGAAGGUCGGUGGUUCGAAUCCCCACAACGGAGUGAUCUCCCAUUCUUCGGUCCCAACUCCUGCCAACCAAGCAGUUCAAAAGCACAUCAAAGUGCAAGUAGAUAAAUAGGUACCGCUCUGGUGGGACGGUAAGCGGCGUUUCCAUGUGCUGCUCUGGUUUCGCUAGAAGCGGCUUAGUCAUGCUGGCCACAUGACCCGGAAAAACUGUGGACAAAAUGUCGGCUCCCUUGGCCAGUAAGGAGAGAUGAGCGCCACAACCCCAGAGUCGUUCGCGACUGGACUUAACUGUCAGGGGUCCUUUACUUUUUAAAUAAAUACAUAUUCAGAGUUGUGCUACAAAUGAGCCUCGCUUUAGAACACUGGACAAGAGGUUGUUGCCGGACUACAACUCCCAUCAUAUCCGCCUGUUGGGAGCAAGCAACGUCUGGAGGGGCACCAGGUUCCCCCACCUCACUUUAUUGGGAUAUUAUUGGUGAGCUUUAGUGCCUAAGGCAAAUACCGUAUUUUUCGCCCCAUAGGGCGCACUUUUUCCCCUCCAAAAAUGAAGGGGAAAUGUGUGUGCGUCCUAUGGGGCGAAUGCAGGCUUUCGCUGAAACCUGGAGAGUGAGAGGGGUCGGUGCACACCGAUGCCUCUAGCUCUCCAGGCUUCAUGAAGCUAUUCGCAAGCCUUGCAAGCCCGGUGGUAGGUCCUGCGGGCUCACAAGGCUUGGGGCGGCAGCCUGCAGCCCGAAGCACGGGGUGCCCUCCGGAGGGCUCCCCGUGCUUCGGGCGGGUGUCCACAAGCCUUGCGCGCCCGGCGGGACCUCCCGCCGGGCGCGCGAGGCUUGGGGCGGCAGCCUGCAGCCCGAAGCACGGGGAGCCCUCCGGAGGGCGCCCCGUGCUUCGGGCAGGUGUGCGCAAGGCUUGGGGCUGCAGCCGCGGCUGGGGGGGGUGGAAAUAAUUUUUUUUUAUUCAUUUCCCCCCCAAAAAACGAGGUGCGUUCUAUGGGCCGGUGCACCCUAUAGGACGAAAAAUGCGGUAAAUGGCAGCCACCCACCAAGCUUGGCUUCCCUGGCCGCUCCUUCAGUUCGUAGGCGUGAGAAAUUCAAGCACCACCUUUAGAAUUGCUUAGCAAAGGAGAAGAGAUUUCUGGGCUGAGCAGCAGCUUCAGAGCAAAGGCCGCCCCCCUGCAUCGCUCUGCGGGGGUCAUGCGAUUCCCGCACAAAACUGCAGGGUCAGUGGAAUCUGAACACCCAAGUUCGGUUUCCUCAGAGCGAGUGCGAGAGAGAAAGCAGCAAGUGCCUAGACCCUGUUGCUGCGAAGCGAGACUGGAAAGCGGGUCGGCCUGGUGGGUCUUAGAAGACUCUGCUGGGUUUCCAGCCGUUAAGACCCUGCGUAGCUGUGCCCUGCCUGGCUCUCAGUGGCAAACUGUCAUGUGCCAUAAGAAAGCUGCAGAGAUAGCGCAGGAUAGUACGCACCCCUGAAAUGAUCUCCUUCAGCUUCUGCUUUCUGGAAGAAGGUAUAGGGUUAUAAAGACCAGGACUAGCUGCCUGAGAAACAGUUUCUACCCAAAUGCAAUUCUGGUUCUAAAUGCAGUAUAAAGAGUCUGUAUAGUAUAUUGUAUUUAAAAAUGGGGUUUCAGAGUUUUUAUGGGUUUUUGAAUGUCUUAUGGAGAUUUUUCAAUUUCAUUGUUCUGUAUGGGACAAUGACAAUAAAGAUAUCGUAUCGUAAACAGGACAGAUCAUGCUGCCUGCUGUGCCUAUCUCUCCACUGUGCAUUUGGACACCUCUGAAGAUACUGCUGGGCUGCCUCUCUUGCCCUCCACUCUCGGCUUCAGAGUCAUGGCAUCCUCCCCCCAUCACCUCUGUCAGCUUCUGGGGGACGGAGCGGGGUGAUUCCCUGCCCUCCUCCCUCCAGAAGUGCCUAAGCUGCCUGGCAUCUGUGUUGGUCAAGUCCAGCGGUGGAGGAGCUGCCCCUCCCGCCUUGGCAGCUGUGACUUGGGAUGGAGCCAGGCUGCGCCGCUAAUUAUCCCUCUGACACUCGCCAGAGCUCCUCUUGGCACGAGGGGAAGGGGCCGGGCUGAGUGGCCGUCCUUCCCCGCUGGCGCACCAGGGCCUGGGUGGCAAAGCGGGAUGGGUCAGUCUAUUAAGACUCUCUGCCUUUUCACCAGGCUCUCCAUGGCAGCCCAGACUGGCCUCUGUCAGAUUUGCAGAGGUACAUGGAGGAGAGGGGGCAGCAGUGGUCACCAGUUGUCCUUUAAAAGAGGACAAAUUGAUAGCUAUUAACCACAAGGCUCGGCUUGGCCUUCACGCUCAGAGACAGCCGUGCUUCUGGAUGCUAGUUGCUGGAAACCGCAGGAGGGGAGAGGGCUCUUGGGCUCAGGUCCAGCUUGCGGGUUUUGCGUUCAGGCAUCUUUGGAGCCUGUGAGAGCAGGAUGCUGGACUAAAUUUGCCCCCUUUGGCCUGAUUAUGUUUGAGAGCCUCAGAUGAGCCCUCCUGUCCAGGUCAGGCAAUGCCACCCCCGCGCCUAGCCCACAUCAUUGCUCUGCUUCCCUGCAACCAGAGCGUGCUUGGUGGCAAUGGUGGUGGUCUGGCGCAAACUCUCCAGGGCUCCCUUGGUGGAUCAGUCAGGCGUGAGGUUCAUAGGAACACAGAAUGGUAGAGUUGGAAGGGAACCCAGGGGUCAUCUCGCCCAACCCCUGGCAACGCAAGAAUCUCAACUAAAGCAUCCCUGACAGAUGGCCAUCCAACCUCUGCUUAAAAACCUCCAAGGAAAGAGAGUUUGCCGCCUUCUGAGAUGGUCUGUUCCACUGUUGAACAGCUCUUCCUAAUGUUGGGUCAGAAUAUCCUUCCUUGUCAUUUGGAUCCAUUGGUUUGUGUCCUCUCCCCUUGCUCCCUCCCGCAUUUGACAGCCCUUGAUAUAUCUGAAGGUGACUCAUCUCUCCUCUCGCUCCUCUUCUCCAUGCUCAACAUCCCCUGCUCCCUCAACCGUUCCUCCUAAGGCUUGGUUUCCAGACUGCCCCCUGGACAAGCACUUCUGUCACUGCUACUUUGGUGGGGGUUUUGUCCGAGGUUUCACGGGAGGGCGCUGACCAUGUUUCCUUUCGUUUUCCCCUCUUCCCUGCAGAGUGCCUCUCUGAAGACUGUCGCUCGGUGAUCCAGGAGCAGGCCACGGCCCUGGGGCUCUCCAUGUUCGCCAUGCUGGUCAAGCGCUGCACUGCUCUGCUGCGGGACGUCUCCCCAGGUGAGCAGAAGCAGGCAUAUAUUUCCCUUGCCAAGAAGGGCUGCUUUUUCCUAGUUUCCCUCCCUCAACACGCCUCUGAGGAGACCCACGGGAUUCAGGGAACCCAGGGCACUAGCAGAAGCCAGUGCAAGGACUCUUGCUGAUGGAACAGGGCUUCCCCAGCAUCUGCCUUGGAGGGUCAGGAGAGCUCAGGGGGAGGGCAGAAGACCCCAGGUUCACUCCUGGGAGAGCAUCGAGCUGGGAAAGAUUCCCUGCCAGAACCCAGGAGAGCCCCUGCCAGUCAGUGCAGGAAGUACUAGGCCAGGUGGAUCAACAGUGUGACUCGGUAGAAGGCACCUUCCUCUGCUCCCAUUUAAGCUGUCCCUGUAUUUAGAAACAUGAGGCUUGAAUCUUCUUCUUUUCAGAGAAAAGGACCAUAGGUCUGUGGUGGAGACAGUCUCAGCCUCCGUCCCCAGAGGCAUCUCCAGGUAGGGUGGGGAGAGACUCCCUCUCUGAAGCCCUGGAGAGCCAUUGCUGCCAGUCAGAGUAGACAGUGCUGCAUCAGAGGGACCCAAGGCAGCUUGCCGUCUUCCUAGAUUGAGACCUGCCCGAUCCUCCUCUUCCUCCUCCUGGUGUUCAGGGACCCUCUUUCCCCCAUUUUGGCAUCGGGAAGCCUUAAAUUUUCAUUUUUUUAAAUAUAAAAGUUCCCAGCCCAUAUGGCUGUGAAGAAGCCUAAUGGACUGGCAGAAGGCAGAUGGUGGAGAGGAGGAGAAUUGCUGUUCAUUGGCGGGGCAGAGGCUUCAGCGCUCUGCCUCUCCCUGCGACCAGCUGAGGCAGAAUCCACUGGGCGAAACUAAGAAAAGACGCAGCACGUGUGCCUGAUUUUACGCUGUCUGUGGAAUUUCGCAGCUCUUAGCGCCCGGAUUUGGAGUUGACACUCAGCCUCUAUUUAGGAACUGUUUUCUGGCUAUGCUCGUGGGAAGCUCCCUUACACCAGGGGGCUUUCUCCAGCCGACUCCAUAUUGUCUUCUCUAAUGGGCAGCAGCUCUCCGGGGCUUUGGGGCAGGGAUCUCUCCCAGCCCUGCCUGGAGGGGCAGUUGGGGACUGAACCUGGGACCAUCUCCAUACAAAGCAGGUGCCCUCUGCCCACUGCUCCUCUGCCCACCUGUUGGAUAGCCCAGUUCCUUUGUCCCUGUCCUUUGUGGGGCCCUUCUGCCGUUCCCCCUCCCCUUUCAGUCACAGCUGCAUCAAGGAAACCCAGAGCGUCCUUAGACUGUCCUUGGGAUGGUUUCUGCAAGUUGAGAGAGGAAGGAGCAAGGCCAGGCUGAAGCUCCGAAGGGCAGAGACCACCAGAAGAGAGCCUGGCGCUGGAUCAGCCCCAAGGAUUCUGUCCUUGCAGUGGCCACCAGCAGCCGCAAUUCUCCUACGUGAGUCACAUAAUUGUGUGGAGUUGGAAGGCACCCCAGGGGUCAUCUAGUCCAACCCCCUGCAAUGCAGGAAUCUCAACUAAAGCACCCAAAGACAGAUGGCCAUCCAACCUCUGCUUAAAAACCUCCAAGGAAGGAGAGACCACAACCUCUCAAGAGAGUCCGUUCCACGGUCAAACCUUCCUAGCAACUGAUAUUCAGAGGCAUGUACUUCCUUGGACUGCGGAAGCAGAGCCAUCCUGCCUAGUAGUCACCGAUAGCCUUGUCCUGAAUUUGUCUAGUUCUCUUUAAGCCGAUCGAUCUAGGUUGGUGUCCAGGAGGGAGUUCCAUAGUUUUGCUGUGCUCUGCGAGAGGAAGCCCUCUCUUUUACCUGCCCUGAAUCUUCCAGCAAAGAUUCUGUCCCUGGUUCAGAUCUCGCUCCUUCCCAGAGGAUUUUCAGAGGGCCAAGAGAGGGGGGGGUGGCAGAGGAGCAGGCGAGGGGCGUUCUUGAGAGGAGCUGCCCGGCCCACUCUGCGUUUCUUUCUCUCUCAGCAGCUGCUCAGGGCCAGGAAGGCUCUGAGGACGAUGACAUCAAAGUCUCCUCCUUGCCGCAGGACCUGAAGGAACUGCUGCCCAGCAUCAAGGUCUGGUCGGAUUGGAUGCUGGGCCACUCGGACACCUGGAACCCCCCGCCCAGCACCCUGGAGCUGCCCAGAUCGUACGUCAGCACCCUUGGGGGGCCAUGCGCCCCUUUCUCCUCUCUCCUCUCCUCACCCAGGCAGGGACUUUCCCUCUGCCCUCUUCCAUGUAUGUGGGUGGCUGUAAGUCACUAAGCACCUUCUUCAGCCUCCGUUUAUUUCACCUAUGACCUUUGCUUGCUGCCACUCCUCCAAGGAGCCCUGGGUGGGGCUUAUGCUCCCCCCAAUUCUGUCCCGUCCCCCCCAGCAACUCUGCAAGGCAGGUUGAGCUGAGAGUCAGUGGGUGGCCCAAGACUACCCAAUGAGCUUAACAGUAGGUGGGGAUUUGAACCCAGAUCUCCUCAGUCUUACUUUGGCAUGUCACCCAGCACGAUGUCACCCUGGAAGUUCUGGGCUACAACUCCCACCGCCUUUCCAUCGGCCACAGUGCCUGGAGCAGAUGGAGGCUGGCAGAUCCUGGCAUCAUCCAGAGGGCACAUGGGUGCCCACUAACUCAGUUAUGAAUUAAUCCUUUAUCAGAACAGCCUGGCUGCCGGAUCAGGCCAAAGGGGGCCCAUCUAGUCCAGCAUCCUGUGCUCACAGUGGCCAAACACCCCUAGGAAUCUGGGAGUCUAGAUAGACUGCCUCUGGAGCUGGAGGUUCCAUAAGAGCCCUGUAGCUGGACCAGACCCCAAGGGGGCCCAUGUAGCCCAGUAUAUCCUGUCCUUACAGCCACUAAUCAGAUGCCCCAAUGGAAAGAAGCCGGACGCAAGCAGGACCCGGGGGCGUGUGCUGUUUUGAUCCCCCCAGCCCCACCCCUUGGCACCCAUUUCCCUGAGCGGCGACCCCCUGGGCAGCUCCAUGCACAUUUUGCUUGCAUCUUUCUGAGCCGCUCUUGCCCAAUCUUUGGGGAGCCAGGCUCUUGGUGGGCCCAGAGGCCUUUCUCCCAGCAUGCUCUUGCCCUUCCGCCCUUCCCUGCAGGCCUUUGCGCCCAGAUCCGGAUCCCCUCGGCCUCUUCCCCCUCCUCUCCAGUCCUAUUCAUCUGUCAGAGCCAGGGCUGAGGGUGAUGAUGGGGAAGACGAGGCUCCCGGGAGCGGAGGGGGGCUUCAUCCUGCAAAGAGGCUGCAGCUCAAAGAUGGCUCCCCAGCACUCCUGUCGCACAGGGGCAGGAGGAGGCAGGAUGUCCGUCCAUCUCCAGCCUCUUCCCUCAUUUAUGGCUACUACUCUCUCUCUCUUUUUUUUGCUUCAUUUUGGCCGAGGAAAUGGAAAUCUCACACAGGAAGUGCCGGGCCCCAUUUUGGGGGAGCGGGAAAAAGAGUCUGUUUUCUGUUUGCUGGCUGCUUCGGGCCGGCUGGCUGGUAGGCUGGCGGAUGGAGGGGGGGCGCUUGCCUGUCUGUGUGAACCGUUGCCCAUCUUUGGACAGCAGCUCAGACCCCCAGAGAGGGCACUCACAGGAGCCCACCUCCUGCCAGUCCCGACUCCUUUCCCAGUGGGGUUCCACUCCUCCUCUUCCUCUUCCUCUUCCAGCCUCGCUGCUCUCCCUUUAACACAGUAGGAUCCCUGGUCACUAAAAAGGGCCAUAGCUCAGUGGUGGAGCUUCCCUUGCAAGCAGAAGGUCCCUGGUUCAGUCCUUGCUGGAAUCCGCAAGUAGGGCUAAGGACACCCCUCUGCCUCUUUGCUUGACACCCUACAGAGCUGCUGCCAGUCAGUGUAGACAGUACUGAGUAGACCAAUGGUGCGGCUCCAUAUAAGGCAGCUCCCUUUGUUCCUAAUCAUAUAAUUGUAUAGUCGAAAGGGAUCCCAACGGUCAUCUAGCCCAAUCCUUUGCAAUGCAGGGAACAGCAUUGGUUGGGGCAGUAUGUUAUCAUAAUAAUAAUUAUUAAUUAUUUAUUAUUUAUACCCCGCCCAUCUGGCUGGGUUUCCCCAGCCACUUCCAGGCACCAGGGCUGCUGCUUGAGGCCACCUCCUCCCUUCUGGCCCCCGCUUCUCCACACAUGGCCAAUGGGUGGUGGAGGGCCCCUCGUCCCGUCUCCUCUCAGGGAGGCCCCCCAGGACACUGACAGGCUGUCCUCCUCACUUUGCUCAGGAGCACAGGUGGGGGGAGCCCCAUCCAGGUGGUGAAGCUAAUGGACUUAGGCGAGUGGCAGGACCACUGACCGUGCGUCAGCCUCAUGGGGGUGGACAGGGCUGGGCUUCACGUCCCAGGACUCGUUUGGGGGGCCUUUCUGGUAAAGGAAGCUCCAGUUGAGCACAGGAUUGGCACUCCCCCUGCCAAAAUCUGCCAGGGCGUGACUUAUGACACCUUACGCACGCACAUACCCCGAAACAUCCAGGCUCCCAAACAAUUUGGACGCAAACAACUUGUCUUUGCUGGCCGGGGGGAGUCUGAACAUACACACCCCUUUGCUGAUGCGCAGGAACAGGGCCCUAAAGGAGGAUCAGGUCCCCGCUGCCCCCCAGGCCCAAGCCGUGGCAACCUCUGUCGUUUCCACCCCGGUACCCCUCUUUUCUGCCCCCCCGGCAGGCAGGCUGCCUGUUUCCCAGGGAGCAAGCGCAGGCUCCGAGGCCGGCUAAACUCAGCCCAGCUGCGGCAGUUGGUUUAUUGCUUUCAGCUGGUACUUGAACCCGGGUCCCGGGCUUUGGAGCCCUUCCCAGGCUUAAUCCCCGGAGCUUUCUCCGCAGCUGUAUGACACUCCGCUGACCCUGAAUGAGGAUAGGAAAAUAGAACGGGUGCCAAGCCAGAGUCUCUUUUUCAUUUGGAGCGCCUGGCGGCCUGCCCAUGACCAGGGUUACAUAAUGGGAAACAUAGCUGGGACUCUGGAGAGCCCUCCGCGCCUCCCCCCUCCGCCUGCCCCCUCCUCUUCCUCGCCAGGCUGCCCAGGCCCAUUCCCCUGCGCUCCUGCCGCUGCCUCUGCCGCCAUAUAUCUUCCUAAUUGGCCCUCGGAUGCAUUUAUCACCCGCUUGGAGCUUUUACGCCAGAGUCCUCCGAGUGGAAACCGGGACGGCGUUCUCCUCUUCCCCUCUUGCAGGGACGGAGGAUGUGGCAUUGGCGCUCGGGCCAGGUGGGGGGAGAACGCGCUGGGGGGAAGCAGGCAUUUCCUAGGGCCUAGGAAGGAAGCCGGUGUUUCGCUUAGCCCAGAGCCGGGAACUGUUUUUACCCCUUUAGGGAAAAAGAGGAAAGGACGCCUCCUUUGUGCCCGAGGGCGGCAGUGGCUUUUUCUUGGGGUGGGGGGUAGAGGGAAGACCGGAGGGCCAUGUCACAUCCCACAUACGGUCCCCGUGGCAGGCGUGGCCAGAGCAAUGGAUGUGGCUUUUUAAUACAUUGGCAUUUCAGCCAGGGGGUUGUUCAGAGGCCCAUAGAAUGGUAGAGUCAGAAGGGGCACCCGAGGGUCAUCCAAUCCAACCCCCUGCAGUGCAGGAAUCACAGCGAAAGGAUACUUGACAGGGAUGCACCCUCCUCACCCAGGUAACCCAGAGGGAUGGUCAGUGUUCAGGGACGCCUCCUGCCCUGGCCAAAGCUCCUUGGGGCAAGAGGGAGAGUGGCCCUCGGGCGGGGGAGCUCCUGCAUUCGAAUGCUGCUUGAGCGUUGGGGCAUUUGCUUGGCCACUGUGAGAGCAGGUGGGACUCGAAGGACCCCUUUGGCCAGAUCCAGCAGACCCCUCUUGCGUUCUUACCAGAGAAUUGUAGGGUUAGAAGAGACCCCCAGGCUCAUCUAGUCCAGCGCACUGCAGUGCUGGAAUGCAUCAAGUGAUGACUGGCAUCAAGCGAUGACUUACUUUGGGAGUGAGCCGUCGGAUGAAACAACUGCUUGACAAAGACUGCUUGCUAAAACGGAUCUUUUGCUGCCGGUCCGUAGUAUUUGUUGAUAUUUUUGUUUAUUAUCAAAGGUUAGAACAAUGCAGGUACUAUUUGGACGUAAUUUGAGGAGGAGAUGUGCCAGGGAGAUGGAGAGGUGGAAGGGAUAAUAUAAGGAAGGGAUAAGAAACACAUGCCCCACAUACAGCCCUGCCCCACUCAGAAGCCUUUUCCCCUCCCAAGAGCCCAGUGACACGGAGCUCUCUCUCCCUUCCGCCUUGGACUUGCCUGUGGCCCAAGGAACAAGCCCCAAGGAGAGCUGUGGGGAGGGAGGACCCCCAGUUGCCACCUCCUGCUCUUUGACCUUUGCCAUCUUUUGGGAGGGGGGAACGUGUCUGUAGGGGCUGCUUUUAGCAGGAUGAGGGCUUGGCAAGUAAUUGCUGGGAGAGGCGGCUGGGCUGAGCUGCCUCCCCCCCCCCCAAGCAAGAGCAAAAGGCCCGAGCGGUUUGCCAUCUGGAGCGCAGCGCUGGGCUCCUUCCACCGCACUCCUUCCGGGUUUGAGCUGCAGCUGUGGGGCUGGUGAGUACGAGUGUUUAAACAGGCUGGUAUUACACAGGAAACGGCCACCUCCAUGGGGCCCCCGCAGGCCUGGAACAUGGGGUCAUUGUGUUUGGCGUUCAGCGCGUGGGAAGGGGGGUGCGUGCGAGGAGGCCCCAGGCAGCCCCACGGCACUCGGGGAUCCCUUCCUGCAAGCCUCCGGAGCCCAGGCCUCGCCCCCAACCCAGGUUAGUUUUGGAAGAGAGUCCUUCCCCCUACCCCCGCCCCGACCAUCCAUGCCCCGCUUCCUUCGUCUCCAGGCUGUGCCCCAUUUCCUCCUCCCGGUCACCCUGACCUGCUCUGGCUGGGCAGUCUCCCUGCCCUUGGAGCCCAGGAAUGCAAGACGAAGGAAGGAAAAGACAUUGCUUGGCUUUGCUGGGAGAAGGGCGGCAGAGAAAGGUGGGCAGUCCUCGCCCCACCCGGGCCCUUCCUCCUGCAGCCUGGCAAUCCCAGCAAACGGGGUCUUUGCUGCUCUGUCCAGGAGGGCGUGCUUUGGGGAGAAGGCAGCUAUUCUCCCUGCCUUGUUCGGGGGUGCCCAGCACCAAGGCAGUGCACCCAUCCUCCCCCAAGGAGAACUGCCCUGUGGCCUAGAGCAUUGCUCUUGGGGGGCCUUCCUUGCUCUCACACCCUUCUCAAGGUCAGGUAGUGAGCAGGUGCCCAGGGGACAGAGCUCCCGCUUUGUGUGCAGAAGGCCCAAGGCUCAGCCCCCGGGGCAGCUCCGGGAAGGGCUAGUGGAGUAUCCCCCCCUCUCUGAACCCCUGGAGAGCCAUUGCUGCCAGCCAAAGUACUGCGCUCGGUGGGGCAGUCCAGUCCAGCCAGGGGUCAAGAAGCUGUUCUUGUUAAAUCCACCCUGAAUUCAGGACCGUCAGGCCUAGGACCUUGCUUUUGAGGGAAGGAGGUGCAGCUCAGGAACAAAGUGCCUGAAUUGCACGGCGAAGGAGUCUGCUUCGGGAAGGGCUGGGGGUGCCCCUGCCAGAGACCCCUGGAAAGCCACGUCUGCCAGUCCAUACAGGCAAUGACAGCAUAGGAGGAGCCCUGCCGGAUCACCUGGCCCAGCCUCCUGUCCUCCCAGUGGCCAACCAGACGUCUCAGGGGGGAAUCUGAAAGCAGGAUCUGAGCCCAAGAGCCUCGGAAGCAGAGCCAUUGUGGCUCAUAGCCUGGGGUCUCUGCCUCCCUCUGCUGCUGCCUCCCAGCCUCCUGCCCCAGGCGGGUGAUGGUGGGGGACUCACACUGCUGGUGGGGGCUGCCAGCGGGGGUGGGAGCAUCAGGCCGCCUAACGCCUGGCCAAAUCCUUCCUCCCAUGGGCAGCAGCAUCGCACGUCGGAGGGGGCCCAGAGCUGUCCUCUUGCAUCCGGCCCUUGUCUCUGCAGCCAAGGCCCCGAGGAUAAGCUCAGGGCCGUGGGGCAGCGCAGGGCGGGGGGGUGGCACCGUUGCUCAUAUACGUUUCCUCUGGUGCGGAUCUGGAGGGGGGGCAGUUCGUGGAAAGUUCAGUUCCUUUUAACCCUCCAGGCUCUGUUUAUUUUCAAGCUGGUAGUGCAAGCCAAGCCUUUUCCCAUUACAUCAUGGGGGACCCUUGGACAUCGUCCGCCCGCGCGCCCCCCCCCAAAAGCCCCACAUAUUUACUCCUGUUUCUCUCUGUGUGCGUUUUCCACCUUUUAAAUGUUUCUGACAGCCAGACCUGGCCGGGGCAAAGUGGGGAGGGGGAGCCUCGAUCUGGGGGCCCCCUCCUCCCUGCCUCCCUCCCUCCGACCAAGGCUCUGGGGGCGCAGGCAGGCGCUGAUGGUGUGCUGGGCUUUGAUUAAUGGCAGCUCAUUCCGCCCAGCUCCCAGGACACUCUUGAAAACAAGAUGUUUCGUUUCAAUGCAAGGCUUUUCUUUCUCCUCCCCCCUCCCCGCAUGUUGAUUCCAGCAAAUAAAUGAGUGCAGAUUGUCCACCUGGAGCCACUUGCUGGGGGGGGGGGGAGAGGUGUUGGGGUAAGGGGCUUGUCGUAGGCCCCGAGGAUGGAAGACCUUCCCUGGUCCCAGGGUGAGCGGGCACAGAGAGAGAGGGCAAGGAAGGGGUUCCCUUUCCCUGCCACCGCUGGAGUGACCCUUUUCUCUGGUCCCAUGGCGAAAAACAUCCCUCUUGAAAGCGAACACUUUUAAAAAAGAGGUUUAAGGAGUGAGCAUGAGAACAUGACCCCCUGCUUCUGCAAACUGACCCUCAUUGUCCUUGGCCGGCUGCUUCCAACAAUAUUUAUUUACUCAUUCGUUUUUGGCAUUUCUGGUCCACCUUUUUCUCCGAGGAGCGUCCCUGGUUCUCCCCCUCCUCAUUUUAAUCCUGGCAACAACCCUGCAAGGUGAGUUGAGCUGAGAGAGGCAGUGACCCCAAGGUCAUGCCAUCUGUGCCCCUUUCCUCUCCCUGCUCUCCCACCCCCAACCACAGCUACACCUUAGGAAGGACUGCCACGUCCUGCACCACUGAGACUCCUCCUGUUUUUCAUCACUUCAUUCCUGCCCCUCAAGAAUACAGUUCUUUGCAAGGCACCCAGUUAACGUUUUGUCGUUGGGCAGGGGGUCAAUAUCGUCCACAACUCCCUCUUGGGGCUGCAAUCCUUCAUGCAGGCUCGCUGGGGAGCAAGCCCUCAAAGUGAGCUCCUGUGCCAGGUCCCUCUGGAGCCCAAGAUGGCAGCUGCAGGUGACAUCGCCAGCGUUGUGCAACCGGGCGAGAUUGCUUUGAGAAUUGGAAUAAAAAAUGGCUGUCUGUCGCCUGGGUUUCUUUAGCUGCAAUUCCUGCAUUGCAGGGGGCUGGACUAGAGGACCCGUGGGGUCCUUCAUGACCCUGUGAUUCCCUAGGGGCUUUUAAACAGAGCUUGCAUCAGCGGUGAUUCCUGUGUUGCAGCGGGUUGUGCUGGAUGAUCCUCGGGGGUCCCUUCCAACGCCACAAUUCUGCGAAAAGUGCUGCAAAGGGAGCACAACUUGCUUGGCCCAUUUCCACCCUUUUUGAUUGCUUUGCAUCAUUUUUUCUGCUUCCUCUUCCCCUGCCCAGCCUGGCUUCUGAGGUUUCCCCAGCCGUGGUGACAUGCUCUUCCAGGCACCUCUUUGCACCACUUGAAAGAGCUCCCAAAUGGCACUCUCUGUUCUCACCCUCGGCUCUGUGGGGUGUGAGAGCCACCCACAUGCUGCACACACCCCUCACCCUCCUCCCCAGGGUGCCUUUGAGGGUGAAGCUGCGGCCAGAAGCGAAACUGGUGUCAGGAUGCCAGCAAGCACCCCCACCCCGCCUUUCGUGUCUCUCUCUCACGACAUACCUGAAGCUGAAUGUCGGGAGAGUCAGGGCAGAUGAAAGAAAGCCCUUCUUCAGAGUUGAACUGUGGAACUCCCUGCCACAGGAGGCAGUGAUGGCCACCAACCUGGAUGGCCUUAAAAGAGCAUUGCACAAGCACAUGGAGGAAGAGGAGGAGGCUUUGGAGGGCACCUCGCCAAGGUGGCUGUGCUCUGCCUCCACGGUCGGAAACUGGUGCUUCCGAAUGCUGCUUGCUGGCAACUGCUACCCACAGUUUAAUGGGGAUGCUUCCAGGAGUUGAAGCUGGAUAUAGGAAGCUACCAUCCAGGUCAGUUUUGCCUACACGGACUGGCAGCACCCCCUGGAGGUGUCUUUCCCAGCCCUCCCCAGGGAUGAUGCAGUUGGGGUUUGAAGCGGGAGCCUUCUACAUGCAGAGCAGGUACUCAGGGGCCACGGCCAGCCCAGUUUGGCCCUCAGCUGGCCCACAGCUGUUGUCAUGCUUCCCCCAGGAGCCAGCGUGGCUCCAAUAGCAAGUGAGGAGAGUGGGCACCCAGUGGGUGCUCAAGAGCCUGGCACUCUCCACCAGACUCGGAGCAACUUAUCCUUCCUUGCGCUGUGCUUUCCCUUUGCUCUCUCUGCGAGAUCCUUCCCCAACCGGACAAAGCCUGUUAGUUUUGGCCCCUUUAGCCUUAAAGGUGUGCGUGUGUGUGUGCCCCUUGUGUCCCUGGGCCUCCCCCUUUCCUCUCUGCUGUCUUCCGUAGAGUCCAUGUUGAGCUCAAUAGUUGAGAGACAGUGGCGGUGUAGUGGUUAGAGUCCAGCACUGGGGCCUGGGAGAGACCAGGGUUCAAAUCUCUGCUCGGCCAUGAAGCACACAGGGUGACCUUGGAGGCCAGCCACUCUUGCCUCUCAGCCUGAGCCACCUUGCUGGGACAGAGGAGAAUGGCAUGUAUCCCCUUCAGCUCAUUGGAGAAGACAGUGGGGUAGAAAUGCAAGAGAUAAUGGGGAAGAGGCCUCUCCAGCCUAUGUGACAUGGGGGGCAGGCAUCUUUUAGGGGAAGGGGUGCCCACGCCAUGCCUGCAACAGAGUGCCCAGCCCUGCAGGGAAGUUGCAUCUCCUGAGCAAGAGUGUCUGCGGUGUCCUGGGGAUGGGGGUCUCUCCUGCCUUGCUCAGCUCCCCCCCCCCCUUCUCCCCACCCUGCAGGGUCUCGGUGGACGUGUGGGCCACCCUGGCCGACUUCUGCAACAUCCUGACGGCCGUGAACCAGUCGGAGGUGCCGCUCUACAAGGACCCGGACGAGGACCUGGCCCUGCUCAGCCUGGAGGAGGACCGCCUGCUCUCGGGUUUCGUCCCGCUGCUGGUCGCCCCCCAGGAGCCCUGCUACGUGGAGAAAUCCUCGGACAAGGUCAGGGCCGGGGCACGGCGCCCCUCCUCCUCCUCCUCUCUGUCUCCCCCCUCCGCAACCCUCCAGGCCGUUUCUUCUUGGGAAGCAUUUUUGUGCAAACGGAACACGAUUAAGUCAUUGAGAAAAGGGUGUUAAGGGAAAAUAUCGACCUUUUAGCCGCUGACAUCCCGCUCUGUGUCAUGAAAAACCCUCUUGACUUCCUUUUGCUCUGUGUGUGUGUAUAAGAGAGAGAGUGUGUGUGAGUGUGAGUGUGUCUGUGAGUGCGCUCGCUGGCAUGCCGUAGAUACGGUCAUUUCCUCCCUUGUUUAAAGAGCGCAGCUUGCGUUGGCAGCUCUCUGCAGCUCCUCCAAAUGGCUUGCAUCACGCUCCUCCGAGCAGCCUCCUCCUCUCCCCCCUCCCCGCCCCGACUGCAGAGCCCUGCGUGAGGAGGAAGCCGGCCAGAUCUAUCUCUCUUCCUCUAAAGACCGGGCGAUAAAGAAGGUUGGCGGGGAAGUGAAAAGAAGCACCCAGUGGUGGUGAUGGGGGGGGCUGCCAGACCUCCUGCAGCUUCCCUUGCCCCACCAGCAGCAGCUCUCUGGGGUUCAUAGAAUUGUAGAGUUGAAAGGGAUCCCCAAAGGUUCUCUUGCCCACCCCCUGCAAAGCAGGAAUCACAGCUGAAGAAUCGCUGGCAGGUGGCCACCCAACCUCCAUUUAAAGGCCUCCGAGGAAGGACCUGCAAGGGAGUCCUCUCCACUGCUCAGUGGCUCUUAACAUCAGAAAGUUAUUCCUGAUGUUCGGUCAGAAUCUCCUUCCUUGUCACUCAUCCUCGCCUCCGGAGCAGCAGAAUACAAGCUUGCUUGCAUCUUCCAUGUGACAGCCCUUCCAUAUCUGAAGCUGGCUCUCAUGUCACCUCUCCCUUUCCUCUUUUGUAGAACAUAAGACUGGCCUGCAGGAUCAGGCCAAAGGGCACCCAUCUCAUCCAGCGUCUUGUUCUCAUAUCGGCAAACCAGAUUCCCCAAUAGGAAACCCUCAAGCAGGACUUGAGCGCGAGAUCAGCCCCUCUCCCCUCUUGUGGUAUCCAGCACCUUUGUUGCUUGUUGUUUAGUCGUUUAGUCGUGUCCAACUCUUUGUGACCCCGUGGACCAGAGCAUGCCAGGCACUCCUGUCUUCCACUGCCUCCCGCAGUUUGGUCAAACUCCUGUUCAUAGCUUCGAGAACACUGUCCAACCAUCUCGUCCUCUGUCGUCCCCUUCUCCUUGGGCCCUCCAUCUUUCCCAACAUCAGGGUCUUUUCCAGGGAGUCUUCUCUUCUCAUGAGGUGGCCAAAGUAUUGGAGCCUCAGCUUCACGAUCUGUCCUUCCAGUGAGCACUCAGGGCUGAUUUCCUUCAGAAUGGAGAAGUUUGAUCUUCUUGCAGUCCAUGGGACUCUCAAGAGUCUCCUCCAACACCAGAAUUCAAAAGCAUCAAUUCUUUGGCAAUCAGCCUUCUUUAUGGUCCAGCUCUCACUUCCAUACAUCACUACUGGGAAAACCAGAGCUUUUACUAUACGGACCUUUGUUGGCAAGGUGAUGUCUCUACUUUUUAAGAUGCUGUCUAGGUUUGUCAUUGCUUUCCUCCCAAGAAGCAGGCGUCUCUUAAUUUCAUGGCUGCUGUCACCAUAGCUUUAACUAUACAGACCUUUGUCAGCAAGGUGAUGUCUCUGCUUUUUUUUUGGUGCAACUCUAGACCCUGCACAGCCCACCAACACUUGGCCUCAAAUCAAGGCCUCUGUUAGCACCCAUGUCUUAUGAAGAUGACACCUCCUGAGUUGGGGUUGGGAGCUCUCCUCUUUGGACCUUGGAUAGGAACAAAAGGAGAGCCUGCUGGAUCAAGCCCAUUGCCCAUCUGGCCCAGCACCCUCUUCUCACUCAUGAGAUGCCCUAAAGGCAAACCCUGAGACUGAGAAGCAUCACCGCCUGUGACCGCGGAAUCAGAGCAGAGCCAUUAGAGUGAAUAACCAUCAAUAGUUUUAUCCUCCUCCAUGGAUUUGUCCAGUCCUCUUAUAACGCCAUCCAAGCGAGUGGCCAUCUCUGCCUCCUGUGGAAGAGAGGUCCAUAGCUCAUGAAGAAGGACUUGCUUUCAUCUGACCUGAAUCUUCCAGCUCUCAACUUCAUCACAUGUCCCUGCCUUCUGACAAACUGGAACGUGUCCAGAGGAGGGCAACCAAAAUGGUCAAAGGCCUGGAAACGAUGCCUUAUGAGGAACGGCUAAGGGAGCUGGGCAUGUUUAGCCUGGAGAAGAGGAGGCUAAGGGGUGAUAUGAUAGCCAUGUUCAAAUAUAUAAAAGCAUGUCACAUAGAGGAGGGAGAAAGGUUGUUUUCUGCUGCUCCAGAGAAGCGGACACGGAGCAAUGGAUCCAAACUACAAGAAAGAAGAUUCCACCUAAACAUUAGGAAGAACUUCCUGACAGUAAGAGCUGUUCGACAGUGGAAUUUGCUGCCAAGGAGUGUGGUGGAGUCUCCUUCUUUGGAGGUCUUUAAGCAGAGGCUUGACAACCAUAUGUCAGGAGUGCUCUGAUGGUGUUUCCUGCUUGGCAGGGGGUUGGACUCGAUGGCCCUUGUGGUCUCUUCCAACUCUAUGAUUCUAUGAUUCUAUGUACGUUAAAAAAAAAAUGCUGCCCCCAAGAGCUUUACCCCUCGAAUCCUAGUCUUUGGUCAGGAGGCUAGGCCAGUGGCGGCUGCCCCAUUCGGGGCUGCAGACUUCUGGCUUUGGCUACUGAGAGUCCAGCUGGCAAGGUGCAGGGGAAGGGGAAGGGCUAAUGCCUUUUGCACACUGGAGCACAGGGGGUCUUGAAACCCGAACCGUCCCCUAAGCAUGUCACAUGUUAAUAGCAAAAAAAAAGGAAGAAGAAAGGAAAGAGAGGUUUUUAAAUACCCAUACUAAACAAGGCCAGGAGCCCCUCCCCCCCACCCCGAGGUCCCAGCAAAGGCCCCCAGCAGAAACCAGGUUGUGUUUUUCUCAUUUGCAGGACCAGCCAGAGAGGAGAGUUCCCCCCCCUCCCCCUCCCUAUAUCCUUGCAGCAGCCUGUUUCUCCUGCUGUAUCUGCUACGGGGGGCAAGGGGGGGGUCUCCUUUUCAUGCACCAGGCCCCUUUCAUUGUGCAGUCGCAAGCAAUGCGCCCAGGGAUGGGGUUGCCUCCUUCAGAUCCAGAGUGGAAGCAAGAGUUCCUCUCUCUCUGCUUUUAUUUUUUGGCCUGUGCAAUAUUAUAUCCUGAAUGGAUUAUGGAAUAUUACAUUUAUUUGAUAGGAAGUUGUUUAUUUUAAUGUUACAUUUUUUAAUUAUGACUUAGUUGGAUCAGACUGGUACACAACCUGUGUUGUGCGUUUUGUUGUUUCUGCGGCUUGUAAAGCGCCUCGCAUAUAGCCACAUGGUCCCUCUCUCCAGCAGCGGGUUGGACUAAAUGAACUCUGGGGUGCCCUUUCUGCCUCUGUGAUGCAGGUGUCCCUUACAGGGAAUGCUACAGCCUCUGAGUGCGCUGCCCCUGCUUUUGGCUUGGGGGAGGCAGGAUGACACCCCCGGCAAAUACUUCUUGUGCACUCAGCAAGGGGCGACUUGUGGCAAGUGGAACCUUAUAUUUUUUGUAAAGCUUUAAUUUAUUUAUAUAAUGUAUAUAAGACAGAGAACAGAUACAACAACGGGUAAAGAUGAAAAAAUGAAAAACAAAACUAUGAAACAGGCACUUUGAAUGAGUACAGUUGCACAUGGGUGAAAAUUGCACCGUCCCAAGUAAAGAAUAUCAGUUUUGUCUGAUGGUCUAGAUUUGCCAGGCUUGGACCAAGAGUUGUCCUGAAAGUGAUACUUCCCUUGUAUAUGUAACAAUGGAAUUUCAAACCAUAUUCAAAGCAUCUAAGAGGUUCUAGCCUUUCUCAAAAACUCAAAGUGUGCCUAAUUUUCUCCAUUCCAGCUUUGUUCCAGAGGGUACCAAAUAUAAGAUUUUGGGCUGUUUUCUGUUGAGUUGCAAUGACUGUUUCAGCUGCCGAGAUCAAUUCUUUUGACAGUGUUCAGCAAUAUUAAUUCUGGAUGACAAACAAUCGUUUGUUCUGUAAUAUUUAUCAUUUCCAUCAAAAUCAUGGAUGUUUUAGCUGAGAUUCCUGCAUUGCAGGCGGUGGUCCUGGAUGUCCCUUGAAAUGCUUUCCAACUCGACAAUUCUGUGAUUCUAUGAAAAUUAAAUUUUUAAAAUUUGAGGCCAGCCUUGCAUUGAGAUGAAGGAGAGGCGAGCCCUGGAGAAAACCCGCAGGAGCGUCUCUGACUUGGAGGGGAAAGAAGAGCUGGGAUUGGGGGGGGGGGGCAGACUGAACUGAGCCAUAAAUCUCGGGUGCGGAAUCCGAGGGAAAAGGCUCCCACCUGGAAGUCUCGGGCGGCUGCCGAAGGUUCCCUUUCUGGGGCGCCCCAGAUUUGCGGGAAGCAGAGGCUCUGUCGGCCCCUCGUAAUUGAUGUCCGCUGGAGCUGGGGCUCUGCCAGGCUUGCGUUGGCCGGGCGCCAGCGUUCUGUAAUUUCGGAGCCAGGUGUGAAGCGAUUUCUGUUCCGUCUUGUUCCCAAGCACCUACAGAAGCCUCUCGCGUCCCACUGAGGCGGGGGGGGUCUGCUCCAGCCUCCAGGAAGGAAACAGCUGUGCAGGUAGAAAGACGGGAAGACGACGGGGAGGGGGUGAGGAAACGGCCCAGCGGCAACGGAGUGCUUCUUGCACCCAGGUGCGAUGACACAAGGCUGGGUGCCUGCCAGGGGGCACCCAGCCAGGCAUGCGCCCACGAGGAAGAGCCCCCUUGCACUGUGAGGAAUUGUGGGGUGGAGAGGAGGGGCUGAGUCCCCCUCCAGUUUGCCCACCUUGCAGGCUGUGGGCUCCUCUUUCUAUCCCAGCCUUGCGGUGGCUCUACAGAGCCUCACCUGCUGACUUCUUAAGAACCAAAGAAGAGUCUAGCUUCUGGAUCAGGCCAAAGGGAGCCCAUCUAGGCCAGCGUUGUGUCCUGACAGUGGCCAACCAGAUGCCUCUUAUGGGAAAUUCUGUUGGCUUUGGUACCCCUGCAAGCCUUGGUCUGUCUGAGCCGGCUGACAUCCCCCCUCCCUCUUCACUUUGGCUGGUCCUGUCUUGGCCACGUAAGGGCAGGUUGCUAUUAGCAUAGUAGCAUACAGAGGGAACACUGUAGGGCUGGGGUGUUUGGUUGCUUAAUCUAAAACAAAAGCCCCAUAAUGCGCUUUUGAAAAGGCGCCCCUGGUUAAUCAGGCAACAAAUGCACAUUACUUCAUAGAAACCACCAGAGCAACCUUGCAGAUGUCAGUGAUAAGAUGGUCCCUCCGCUCAGGCUUGCAAUCUAAAAAGUCACAGCAUGAAAGGAAAAGCUGUUGGAAGGGAGGAGGGAAAAAGCAGGCACCAGGCACUGUGCCUUAAAGUUACAGAAUUUAUGUCGUGGCCAGCUGGAAUGGAAAGAUUUCAAGAAAACGAGGAGGCAAAGGGAAGAGGGCUCUGGUGCUCUGGUCCUGCUUUCCGCAAGGCAGGUGGAGAGGCUCUGCAGGUAUAUACAGAUUGAAACUUCAAACUCAAGUGUCUUUAAAUAGAAGCAGCUGGGGACAUAUGGGUGCCCAAGCUGGCAUUAAUCUGGCAGGAGGGAAUGUCAUUGAGGACGAGCACAGUGUGGCAUCCCACCCCACGAAAGCUCGCUCACCUUGCCAGCUUGGAUCUCAGCAAGCCUCUUGGCCAAGAAUGAUGCUGGAUUCAGCAGCUUUUCUGCCCUCUCCCUUCCAGGGGCUGCUGGUCCUCUGGAAAGAUCAUUAGGGGAUCCCAGAGUGCUUAAUGAAGUGGUGAAAGGGGAGGGCAGUGAGCACCAGGGAGGGGCAGGUGGAGAGGAGGAGGAUUAGGCGCUGCUCAGACACUCGCCCUCCUUGCAGGCCUCCCUAUGGCUGGGAGCAAAGGAGCCAAGGGAUCAACUUCCCUUCCAAAGGCCUUUAGGCAUCCCUCACAGAGGGCAGAUCCCCAGGCAAACUCAUGGAGGUGAGGAAGGCUCUCAGCGGCCCCAAGGGCUCUCUUCUCCCUCCAGCGCCAGAUGAUGUAAAUGCCUCUGGGACACCCAAGUGGGGACUGCUGUUGCGCUCAGGUCCUGCUUGCCUGCGGGCUUCCCAUGGGGGAAUCCCGUUGGCCAUGGCGAUGGUGGAUUAGAUGGGCCCUCUCUUGUGCUGUCUGCAUACUGUCUCCAGCACCAGAGGCCCCAUUCCUCUGAAUCCUUGUUGCUGGGGAAUCCCUAGCAGGAGAGCCCUGCUCUGAAGCUCUGGUCCUGGUGGCUCUCGGGCUGCCCAUUGGGUCGUCUGCUUGGCCCCUCACAGAAUCAAGGAAUCAUAGAGUUGGAAGGGAAUCUCAGCUGAAGCAUCCAAGACAGAGGGCCAUCCACCCGCUGCUUAAAAACCUCCAAGGAGAAGGUUCAGGAAAAAAGCAACUGAAACAAUCAAGGGAUGUAGUGGUUCCCCUAGGAGGAAGGGUCAACUUUUUAAUUUAGAGAAAAGGCAAGAGCUGACAUGACAGAAGUGCAUUGAAUUAUGCCCGGCAUGAGGAAAGUGGCAGGGGAAAGUUUUGCCCCACUUGCGAAAAUCCAAGGAGCGGAAAGUUGGAACAUUCAGGACAGAUAGAAGGAAGAGCUUCCUCAUGCAGCAGGGCUCGGUUAAUCUGUGGAACUCCCUCCCACCGGAGGCAGGGAUGGCCACCAACUGGGAUGGCUUUACGAGAGCAUUCGACAAAUUCAUGGAGGACAAGAGGGCUAUGGAUGGCCACUGGCCAUUGUGCCUAGGCUUUGCCAUCAUGGUUAGAAGCAGCCAUGCUUCAGAAAACCAGUCGCUGGAAAUCUCAGGAGGGAAGAGGGCUCUGGGGCUCUGGUCCUGCUCACAGAUUUCCAGGCAUCUAUCUGGCUGGCCCCUGUGAGGACAGGAGGCUGGGCUCGGUGGGCCACUGCCCUGAUCCAGCAGACUCUUUCUUACUCAGGCCCUGAGCCUUCCCAGCGCUCCUCCCACCCCCCAACCUCCUUUGGAUCGGAGCACCCAGCGGCCCCUCUCUUGUGUCAGCUGCAUCUUGGGAGGAGCUGGCGGCCGGCCAGGUGUCAUCACUUGCGGCAGUGCCCCUGCCGGUGGGGGGGGGAGGCGCGAGAUAAGAUCAGCCGCUUGAGGUGAUGGCACCGUUUCAAAUAAACCAGGCAUGACCCAGAGCUCCCACUUCAAAUGGGGGAAUGGAAUUGCUUCAUCCGCUUGACAGCUCGCUCCGCGGAACGAAAUUUAUCUCCCCUUAAUUGCCUCGGAUCCCCAGAGAGAGGCUGCGUACGGUAAUUCCGAGGAGAUAAUUAACAUCAAAUUUAAAAAAUAUGCGGCUCCGUGGCAAGGAUCCGAGGGCCGAGCUGGGAAGGCACAGCCAGAGGUGCCCCCACCCCCAGGAGAGCUGAUGGAGUGGCCACAAUUGUGGGGGGCAUGUGCUCAAGGUUGGGGAUGCAGCUUCUCCCCGGAAGUGAUGGAGCACCCCACCUAUGCUUUUGGAGGGGGCACAAGGAUCAGGACCACCCCCUCCCUGGUCCUUCCAGCAGGAAGCAGGUGGUUUUUGGGCUUGCAAGCCAUGCCUCUUUGGAGGCUCAAGGCAGGGCCAACUUCCUGCCCAGAGAGAGAGUGGCCUGGGCAACUUUGGACAGUGUGUGGGACGUCCCGGCUUCCCCUCUUCUGCCCAUCCUGACCACUGGCCUCUGCAUCCUCUCUCAGUCUUUGCUCAGGACCAGGAAAGAGCCUCCCUUUGUGCUGGCACUGCUGGACAGAAGACCUCUGGAGGUGCCUUGGAGUGGGGUGCACACUGCAUGACUGUGCUGUCAGCCUCCAGAGUGGGCCACCAGCCCUGGCAGGCAGCACGGCCAGUGGGCAGGGAUCGAGUUGGGAGUUGUAGUCCUGGAGGGUGCCCCGUUGGCUGCCCCUGCUCCAGAGUCCCUGCCUGCAGCCUCCAGGUUGCAGAGUCAUCUGAGGUGGCUUUUCAACAGCAGCACUUCACCAUCAUCCAAAUACAUUUGUUUGCUAAUAGGAUUUCUUACCAUAAGGUCCCGGGGCAGGUUUCAACCCUAUAAUUAUGCAAUUACCAAAACAUUUAUGAAGCCGUUACAAUUAGAGAACAAGCGAAAUAGAUUAGAGCAGCAUCUAAAUUGCACCCAUAGAGUUGAGUCCCUCAGAACGUCCAACCACCAAUGGUUAGGUAGAUCUCUGCAGAGAGGGACUUCCAGAAUUUAGGGGGUCCUGCAGAGAAAGCCCCUCUCCUAGGCUGGCGUUCCCCACAUCUCUGAGGGUGGCAGAACCGUUGUGUUUGAAAAAGAAUAAUUAACAAGUUGUUGCCGAGCUGCACAUCUGGGCUGAAGACAGUCCCUGGGUUUGCAGAGGGCGAGAGCCACUGCUCUUGAAGUGUCCUCUUGGAGGAGAGAUGUGUUGCUGGCUACACUCUGCCUCCACAGUCAGAGCCAGCAAUGCUUCUGAGUACCAGUUGCUGGAAACCACAGGAGCAGAGAGUUGCUCUUGUGCUCCAAUCCUGCUUGCAGGUUUCCCAUAACGAGCACCUGGUUGUCCACAGUGAAAACAGGACGCUGGACGAGAUGGGCCAUUGGCCUGACCCAGCAGGCUCCUCUUGGGCUGUUUUUAAGAGGCAAGUUCCUAGUCCUCAUAAUCCUCUGAGAACAGGAUGCCAGACUCAAUGGGCCUGAACCAGCAAGCUCUUCUUAUGGAAGCCACAGAAGGGGAGAAUGCUCUUGGGCUGGGGACAUGAAAUGUUACUGUUCAUUUAUAAUACGCCCCCUUACAGCAUUGACAAUAUAUCCAGGGGCAGCAAGCUCUGUUGUGCAGUGGGCAAGUUGCAGGAGGUCUGCAUAGGGUGGGCAAAGGUGCCCAACAUCCACCAUUCGGAUGACCCCUCCUGAGAGUUUGCACAGCCUUGUCUCAAAAGAUGUGCCUCCAGGCAAGCUUGGCUUCCUUUAGACUCCAGCAGCAUCUAUAAGCUGCUGGUGGUGCUGGUUUGGGGUUUGCUUUUUUUAAAAAAGUACUGAAAUUGGAGCAAAUUUGCAUUUGAAAGCUGGCGUGAGUCCCCCUCUGAUUCUCUUGAGGGAACCUGCACAGUCCCUUUGAUGUCCUGCCUCCCUUGGAUCUACAUCAAGGAGCCUCCCGAGGGGAGAAAAGCAGAGCCUCUGGCUUGGUGGGGAAAUAUUUGCACCUGGUUGCCGGGGUGUCAAGAGCAGGGUCACCAGGAGGCAACUGGGGGGAGAGAGAGGCAGCCCUCCAGGCAGAAGGUGUGAGCUUCCCUCUGCAGAGAGGGAAAAGCCUGCACCUCCAUGAGGGCUGGCCUCUUGCUGGGGGGAACAACCCUGUCAGCAUGGAGGAGGAGGAGGAGGAGGACAGGGCUUACUGCAGCCCCUGGGCCCAAACCGCCUCAGCUUUUCUCUGAGCAAAUUCCGGUCAGAUAAAGGACUGCUUCACGCGGCACAGGCAAACUGUGGAGCUCCCUCCCUCAAGAAACAGCCACCAGUCUGAAUGGCUUUAAAGAGGAUUGGAGAUAUUCAUGGAGGAGGAGAGGGCUGUUGAUAUUCACUCGCUGUGGUGGCUCUGCUCUGACUGCCCUGUCAGAGGCUUCUGAGUGCCAGUGGCCGGAAACCUCAGGAGGAGAGAGGGCGCCUCUUGUGCUCAGAUCCUGCUUGUGAGUUUCCCUUUGGGGCAUCUGGCUGGCUGCCAUCCAUGAGAAAAGGAUGCUGGACCAGGUGGGCCAUUGACCUGACCCCGCAGGCUCUGCACGAACACCUGACCUCCCUCCCUCUCCAGAAUAUUAUUAACAUGGGGUGUAGGAAGCGGGAACGCCCAACGCCAUUUGUGGCAGCACUCGUGAGCCCACCCAGAGAAUCCAGGACUGUGACCCGGUUUGUCCUCCAAAUUUCUCCCUUCCUAUGGGUGGCUUCUGGAAAAGGAAAUGUUUUCUGGUAACGCCUCUCCCCCACAAGAUUCAAGGUGAAAUGGGGUGUAGGGUGCAGGAAACUGCCGCAGAGUACUCCUGCUUGGCAUGCAGAAGGAGGUCCCAGGCUCAGUCCUCCAGUGGCAUCUGCAGGUUGGGCCUGGGGAGGGGUGGAGGCUCCCUCCUACAUCCAGGGGAACUGUCUCUCUCUCCCACGGGCAGAAGCAACCCAGAGCAGCCCCAACCCCUGCAAGCACCCCCUUCCAAUUCUGUGAAUCUUUAGCUGUGAUGGCAGGGGGCUGGACUAGAUGAGCCUUGGGGAUCCCUUCCAACUAUGAUUCUGUUACUUAUUUUCAGCACCCUUACAGCCCGCCCCCCCCUUUCUUCCCUGGGCUUCGUGCAGGGACUUGUUCUGUGGCACUGCUGCUGCUGCUGCUGCUGGUGGUGGUGGUUCUCCCUGGUGUAAUGAAUGAGCUGUCAAGCCAGGAGUGAGCGCCUCUUCUUCCUCCUGGCAAAGGCUCCCUUUCUCACACCCUUCUGCAUGGAGGUAGAGUCCCUCUCCGUUGGGGUGGGAGGAGAGGAGGGUGCCUUACCCCUGAGCUACAGUUCCCUCCUCAAAGGACGUCUGCUGGGGAUGCUUGGGGACACCUUUCAGGGGCAGGGUGGCACGCUUGGCUCCACAAUAGUCCCUCCUAGAUGGGGCUUGAGCCUGGUCGCUCUCUGGACCUUGCCAGUGGCCUACCUAGUCCAACAUCCUGCUCUCACAAUGGCCAACCAGAUGCCUGAAUGGAAAACCCACAGGCAGAGCCCUUUCCGCUCCUGUGGUUUACAGCAGUUGGCAUUCAGUAGCACUGCUGCCUCCCCACCCCUUCAUCUGGGGUGCCCUGUUGUGGGGUGACAUGGAGAAGAAGCAGUGUUGCAGAACAUUCCUCCCCUGUCCUCCUCCAUGGCAAGUAUCUCUCUUUCCAGGACGCCCCGUGCCUGGGGAAGAGACGCAGCUGGCAGCAGCGAGUGGGGAGAAAUGUGCAUCUUGGGGCGGAUAAGACAAUGGGCUGGAAAAUCUUUCCUGCUCUUUGCUGGCAGGAGGACCUGCCUGGGGAGGCAGCCGGUAGGAGAAGCCUCAUCUGGAGAGAGAGAGAGGUCUUGCCUGGCCCACGGGCAGCGGAACAAACUACGCCCAGGUUUGCAGCUGGCCAGCUGUGGCCCAUCCCCACCUCCCAUCUCCUGUCAGAGGCUCGGAAACGCUGAGCUAACUCCGAUCAAGGCUUGAGAUUUGUUGUUGAAGGUGCAGGGCGGGGGGAAGAGGACGUGGAGAGGUGCCUGCCCAGCUGGGCUCUCUGCAGAUUUGAGAUGGAUUGCGGAGUCGCAGCUCCCUGAAAUGUGGGAUGUCCCUCUCGAGCCAGCGAGAGAGCCCAUCAACCCUGCCUUGAACUCCCAGAGCUGAGCCUCUCCCCGUUUCUCUGGCCUGCUCCCCCCACCCUCCUGGUGCCCCCGCCUCCUCCUCUCUGGGUCCCUGCAGCAACUCCUUGGAACGCUCCUGCUCCUGCUCCACCAGCACGGGUAAUGUCUGGCCAGCGGUUCUGCCAAGAGCUAGAUCAUGUUGAGGGCGUGGAGGGGAGGGAGGGGAAGGACAGGGGCUUCCUCCCCUCCGACCCUCUCCUCCUCCGGAGGAACCAGGGAGGAGGAAGAACAUGGAUCCCGGCCCCUGGACAGGCCCCGGCCACCUUCGGAAGGCUUUCAGCCCUUGAAAAAGACACGUCCCAGCGCCUGUGAAUAGGAGGGAGGCAGAGCAAGUGCCCAGAUUAGGACGUGCCGCUCGCCCAAGGCUGGAGCAGCAGCGAGGCGCUUUUGUGGUGUCCGGACAGGAAGUGAAAGCUCCCUCGGUCUCUCGCUCUCUGCCCUUGUAAAGCCUCCCCAGGUCACCCUCGACUCUUCCUGUUCUGCCAAGGUUGUCCAUAGUUGCAAGAUUUGGGACAGAUAGAAGAAAGUCCUUCUUCACGCAGCGCCCAGUUAAACUCCCUCAGGAGGCAAAGAUGGCCACCAACUUGAAUGGCUUUCGAAGAGGAGUAGGCACAUUCCUGGAGGAGGCUACUAGCCCCCAGGGCUCAGCUCUGCACAGCCAGAGGCAGCCUGAAUGCCAGUUGCUGAAAACAGCAGGCAGGAGGGGAGAAGGCUCCUGUGUUCGAAUCCUGAUUGCAGGUUUCUUCCAGGCAUCUAGUCGGCCCCUGCAAGAAGAGGAUGCUGGACUAGAUGGGCCACUGGCCUGAUCCAGCAGGCUCUUUCUUCUUAGGUUCUCACAUUUUCAGGUGGGUGCUGCUCCAUGGCUGCCGCAAGCACUUCCUGCCACUGCAGGAUUCUGCAUCUGUUUCAGGUUUUGGCAGCAGCAGAAUUAGAAGCUUGGGUUUGUUUGAGUCUGCCAAGGAGGUUUGACAGCAUGUGGGCAGCAACCACCACAGUCGUGGAAAACAGCGAGGCUUUUGUGGCUGAGCUGGGGAGCCUGUGCUUGCCUGCAGUGGCUCUUUGGCCUUCCCCCACCAUUGCAUAUUGUGCAAGCGCUGCUUUGUUUGCGUGACUCGAAAACGGUUGCAGAGGAUUCAGCCUUUUUUUGCAGAACAGCAUUUUGAUGACUUGUUGGUAGCUCAGCGGAACGCUGCCCCCAAAUGCCACGCCUCCACCCCUUCUGCUGAGCCUGCACCUUCUGGUGCCCUCUCUGGCAGGGACUUGCCCUGGAAGUGGGCGAGCCAGAGCGCCAGUGGGGAUGAGGCCGCUGUCCUGCUUCCCAGAUCAUCCUGCCCACCUCUUUUGCCAGGCUUGCACCCACGUUCUCCUCCCCCAGGGACAGAGCAGCUGCCUGGUGCCUGCAGGUGGGAUUCAGCCCAGCCCUGCAGCUCAGGGUGGCCAGGUUGGCAGCCCCUGCGCCACUCCUGCCGCAGAGCCCCGAUGGCCUGCCAUGACCUCAGGGGCCAGACCUCCAGCCAGGAGUGGGCGGCACAUAGGCCCGUUGCUCAGUGGUUCCCAAACUUUUUCAGGCCCCCACCCCCUUGUUUCCACAAACUCCUCCCCAGGGACCCCUACCCUAUAAAAAGCAUUAUUCAGCAUAGUGGUCUUCCCGAACACAAUGAAAUUCAUAACAGGAACAAUUGGUUGCACAUUUAUUCAAAAUCCGGUUGGAACUAUUUAACUUAAUUCAACAAAACGGGUGAAAUUGAUGCAGUGAAACCAGCUUUCCCAGUCCGACAGUCCUUUGCACCUCCAGUGCCCCCCUGCUGCCCCCUUGCCAGGAAACUGCCCUGCCCCCAAGGGGUGACACCACCCACUUUGGGAACCACAGGGGCAGCUGCAUGGUCAGGGGAGCAAAGAGAUGGGGCUGCCUCCAGUUUCCCCUGGUGUGCAAAUGUGGCCAAGUGGAGCGCUUGGCUCAGGGUCUCUCCUGUCCUGAUGUUUUAAUCACCUGUUAAGUGCUCCGAGGAGCCUCUGCCAGCAAAGGAGGAAGGGAGGCUCUGGCAGCCACUUUCACCAGCUCCUUGCCAGGAGAGCUUUUGGGCCUUCUCCUGAGCCCCACCUCAUCUCCUGCCCCCACCGGGUCCUGGGCUGCAGCUGCUGCCAAGCUUUGCUGCCAAGGGGCUGGCGAGGUUGACCUUUCCCAGUCAAGGCUGGUGUCAACCCUGUGCCGGCUCUCUCGCUCCCAAGCGCUUCAGACAAACUGUGAAAGCCAGCCAAAAGGUGUCAGGAAUUAACAGAGGGGAGGCGAUCAGUAAAUCAAGCCUCCUUUCGAGGUGGUCCAGGGAACGUGGGCUGCAGGGGAAGUUUGUGCCUCUGGGGUUGUGGCACAGAGCCCCAAGUCUUGGCCGGAUCCUGCCACCUCUUUCCCCCCAUGCACAGAUUCUCCCAGCACCGCCUUCUCUCUGCAGCAACACCCCAGCGCUUCCCUGGACCCAGAGAAACCCCUUGAACGGAGGUUAUUCCCACAAGAGGCACCUGGGCAGUCACUCUGGGAAGGGGGCCCCCACUGGCCUGAUCCAGCAGCCUCUUCUCAUGUUCUUACGUCCCACAAACCCGGUCACGGGAUUUAUGACGCACCUGGUGCCAAAGAGUGCAUUAUCGUCCUUCGCACCCUCACGGCCGCGCCACAAGGUAGGCCAGGGCGAGCCACGCUGUCUUGCCAGGGGCUCAGACCUGCCAGCAUCCAGUCAGCACUCUGUCCCCCAUCCAGACCCGUCUCCUGUCAGGUCCACUGGGUGGGGCAGGGGAAACAUUUCCAAUCGCAGGAUCGAAACUUGAGGAGCUGGGCUUCGGCUCGCAAGGGCGGAGGGGGAGAAGCCAGGAGCCACAAAGGGCCAGCACCAGAAUUGGCGGGCCGCGGUCCCUGCCCAAAACCCAGAGUGAUCCAGAAGGGGAGUGAACUCUCAGGGGACCUUGGCAGCACCAGUUCCAUCCUGAGCACCCCACACGGUUCCCUCUUAGUUCUGUUUCUAGGCUCCCUUUCACAGGACGGCUUUUCAGACAGGAGUGGUUUUUUUCCCUGCCGACAGAUGCCGUUGGGGAUUGAACCUGGCAUCUCCUUCAUGCAAGGCCUGUGCCCAGACUUGGAUACUCAGAGGGUGCUCCCAUACCCCAACCCUUUAAGGCGGGCCAGGUGGGGUGCUGGCCAGUUGUGGCACGUCCGAGGCCUCCCCGCCUCAGCUGCAUCCCAUGGACACCCCCUCUUGCUCGCUCUCUGCCCACACCGGCAGACCCACGCUUGUUGGGGAAGGGGAGCAGCUCCUCCCCCCCCCCAUUGCAGCCUGUUCCCUGCUUCCUGCCGGGUGGGGGGCAAUGUCAGGCCAGGGAGGUCACGGCGGGGUGAGGCAGCUGAUGGCCCAUGCGCCAGGGGACUCCGAUUACCCUGCGGCAGAGAGGAAGCUGGCAGCUCGAGGGGGCAGGGGAAGUGCAAGCACUUCCUCUCUCCCGGGCAGAGCAGAGCUGCCUUUCCCCACCAGCCCAGGCAGCUCUGAGUCAGCCUCCACAGGGAGCCACCUGGGCUAGGCCAGCGCCCCUCACCCCCUCCCUCUUGGCCCAGAGAGUGCUGGGGGCCUCCCUGCUGGUGCUGCUUGUGGGGCACGCUUCUUCCCCCUUGAUCCUUCUCCUGGCCAGCAGGCAUCCCCUCUCGCAGGCCAGGCCUCCAGUGCUCACGGUCAAGGGCAGCUGUGCCCAAAGGGCUCCCCGUCUUCUCUGCAGGCAGGGGAGGGCCGUACAGCGUCUGUCUUGCAGGCAGCAGGUUCCUGGUUCAACCCCCAAAGGCAUCUCCAGGUCAUAAUAAUAAUAGCUUUAUUGUUUAUAUGCCACCCAUCUCACUAGGUUGUCCCAGCCACUCUGGGCAGCUCCCAACAAAAUAUUAAAAACACAAUAAAACAUCAAACAUUUAAAACCUCCCUGUACAGGACUGCCUUCACGCGUCUUCUAAAAGUCAAAUAGUUGUUUUAUUUCCUAGACUGGGAGAGACUCCUGCCUGAAACUCUGGAGAGCUGCUGCCAGUCAGUGUAGACACUAUUGUGUUAAAUGAACCAUUGGUUUGACUGGGUAUAAGGCCACUUUCUAGGUUCCUGUUUCAGCCUUUUAUUGAGAGCCAUGAGGACUAGAAUCUUCCUUUAGUUUCACGGAAAGGUCUGUAGCUCAGUGAAGGAUGCAGCGCAGAAUGGGACAAGACGGGAGGAGCUGAGGACACAGAGGGAACAGCUGUCCGGCAGCCGUCUUCCAUCCUGCGGCUUCCCAUCUCGUUUUUUUCUCAGACUCUUGGGGCUUCUGUGACUCCUACAUGGCAGGGGGUUGGACUGGAUGACCUUUGGGGGUACUUUCCAGUUUUACAGUUCUGUGACUCCUUUGUCUGGCUGGCAUUGCAGUCAGCCAGUAUGGGCACUUGCCAUGUGGGGUGGAUGGGUCUACAUUUUCACCUUGAAAUCCCUUCUGGGGGGACCUGGCCACAGCAGAAGCACCAAUUCCCUGAAGUGAAGGAGGGCAGCUUUUUUGUGCCUUUGAAAUGGGCAUGGAGGAGCAGGAGUCUGCACCAGCAAUGCUGGGAUGCCUGCCCUCCCUUCUCUCCCUCCCCAGCCCAGGUUCCCUCCUCACACUUCCCUCAGCAGUGAGGGAUGUUGGCUCGACCACCCUACAGGCUCUCUCUCGGAAGCUUGCCAGCAGCCCUGUCCAUCAGAGCCGAGCCUGUCAAGGAUCGCAGCCCUCCCAGGCUGGCGAGAGAAGGAAGGAUUUAUUCACCCGGGUGCGUCACUGACUUGGAACAUGGGGCAGUGAUGGCUGCUGGCGUAAGAGGCUUUGGAGAGGAUUGGACAUAUCCGAGGAGGAGGAGGAGAGGGCUGGUAGGGGCUGCUGAUCUUGAUGGGCACAUGGAGCUUCCACAUCCAGGCACAGUCUACCCCAGGGGUAGGCAGCCUAAGGCCCGUGGGCCGGAUGUGGCCCAAUCGCCUUCUCAAUCCGGCCUGUGGACAGUCCUGGAAUCAGCGUGUUUUUACAUGAGUAGAAUGUGUCCUUUUAUUUCAAAUGCAUCUCUGGGUUAUAUGUGGGGCACAGGAAUUCGUUCAUUUCCCCCCCCCUCCAAAAAAAAUUAAUAAUAAUCUGGCCCUCCACAUGGUCUGAGGGACAGUGGAGCGGCCCACGGCUGAAAAAGGUUGCUGGCACCCGGUCUACCCUCUUGAGCACCGUUCACUGGGCAGCUGCAGCAGGAAAGGGGCGUCCCUUUCAAACCCUGCUUUGGGUGUCUUCUUGGCCACUGUGGAAAGCAGGGUGCUGGUCUGGUCCAAGAGCCUGCUGGAUCAGGUCAGUGGCCCAUCUGGCCCCUCAUCCUUUCCUCACAGUGGCCACCUAGAUGCCCAAAGGGAAACCCGCAAGGAGGAAAAGGGUGGCACAGUUUUGGCCAGCCUUGGCCAUCCUGGUGCCCAUCAGAGGCUCUCCUGUGGGUUGCAGGAGUGGGGCACCUUGGCAGCUUGCCCUGCCAAACCUGGAAAGCCUCUUUCCUGGGUGGAUCCAACAUGUGGCCCUCAUGCUGGAGCACCCUAAAACGCUCCCCUUUUCUGUAUCUACAGUCCCACCUGUUAUUGUAUUGAACUCUUUUAUUGUUUCAACUGCUUCAAAGGUUUGCCAGGUUUAGAGAUUGAUAUAGAUAUGAUGGUUCAAAAAUAGAAAUUGAUAAAGAGAGAUACGAUGGUUUAAAUAUAGAUGCAUAAACUGGAAGGUCCCAGAGCUGAGUCCAGCUCGGAAGCCCAUUUGCUGUCGUGAGCAGUCGCAGCGGGCAGAGAAGUCUCAUAAUGCCACAAGAGACGCCCCCUCCAUCGGAGGUUUGGCAUCUCCACCUUAAAGCUCUGAGGAUCUGGAGAACAGGAUAUCCCGCUGUUCCUCCAAGGAGCCCACAAUGGUGUGCGCCUUCUCCCUCUCUGCCUUCAAUCUCCACAACAACCCUGUAGAGUGUGAGCCUGAGAGACAAGUGACCAGGGCAAAGUCGGCUGGUGAGCUUCCUGGCUGAGCGGGGAUUUGAUCCCAGGCCUUCGCUCAGCACACUAACCACUACGCCCCACUGCUUCUCUCCUUAGCCACAGAUGCCCUCCCCUCUCCUGGCCAACGGCCCAGCAGCCUGUUUAGUGUCGGAGAGGUUGGUUGCUCCCGUAUUGCCAGCAGGACUCAAACCCGGGUCUCCCUCUGGCUCUGCUACGUGCCUGCGCCCUGUCCCGUCCCCCCUGCCCAGACAAUGCCCUCUGACCUCUGUAUCUUGUUGUGUGUCCCCACCCCCUCCAUCUCUCUCAUCCUGGCUCCUCCGUAGGUCAUUGCGGCGGACUGCAAGCGGGUCACUGUGCUGAAGUAUUUCCUGGAAGCCCUCUGUGGCCAAGAAGAGCCAUUGCUGGCAUUCAAGGGUGGAAAGUAUGUGUCAGUGGCCCCCGUCCCAGACGCCAUGGGAAAGGAAGCAGCCAGCCAAGAGGGAAAACAACUGGAAGAUCAGGUACCGGAGGGCGGGGGGGGGGAGAGAGAUCAGCGCAGGCAGCAGCAGGAGCAAUUGCCCCAGCGGGGCCUGGGCUGGCCGCGCUCCCCGCUAUUUAUAGCUGGCCAGGAGGAGGAAGACCAGCCUUUUUGGGGGGGGGGGGUCCUGCUGCUGCCGCCGCUGCACUCAUAUGUGCCCCUUCCUGCCAGCAGCCUUUAUUUCUCUGUCUCUCUCUCUUUCUCUCUGGCAACGGCGAUGAGUUCCAGAUGCGCUUUCCAAAUAACGAUUCCUUUCGGGGUGGGGGGCACAGCUUUAAUAACGUGCAGCUCAGGCCCAGCAGGAAAGGGUUGGGGGGGUGGGAGGCAGAGCAGGGUGAGGGUUCAGGCUCAGGAUCGAGUUUAUUGGGGCGGUGGAGGGGGGGUGAGAAGCAGCGCCGAACAGCAGCCCACGUACAGGAAGAGAGGGGCUUGGUGCUGGCUCUUCUCUCCCCCCCCCCCGCCUCCUCUUCCCUGCCCUCCCUUUGCCUCUCGAGCUCUCUCUUUCACACACACACAUCCUGAUGUGAUUAAGGAAUUUCUCCUCUUGUUUUUCUGCCCCGGCUUGUUCCUGUAGCCCGGGGUUCUCUGCAGGCCGUCCGUGUGUGAGAGUGUGUGAGCGCUUGGUGUUCGUUCAGCAUCCCUGCCAGCUGCUCUGCAAGGCUGCGCUUGCCUUGAGGAGGAUCUCGCAGGAGGUCAGAGAACGGGAAGGGGGGCAGAAGAAAGCCCUCCUUCGUUCUCCACAGAGUUAGAACUGCGGAACUCGCUCCCACAGGAAGCAGCCACCAGCCUAGAUGGCUUUAAAAGAGGAUGGGACAGAUUUGUUUAUUUACACCCCUCCUUUUUCCCUGACCGGGACACAAGGCGGCUUCCAGAUAAAAUCCGCAGAGGAGGACCGUUCUGGCCGCCUCACCUGAAAGAGGAUAUUGUAGAGCAAGGAGAAAGAUCAGAAAAGGGCAGCCCAAAUAAUUGAGGGAAUUGAGAGACUCCCCCGUGAAGAAAGGUUGCAGCUUUUAGGAUUACUUUAGAGAAAAGGCGAGUGAGAGGCAACACAAUAGACGUUUAUAAAAGUCAUGCAUGGCAUAGAGAAAGCAGAUAAAGAAAAGUCACUCAUAACGUGAGAACUCAAGGAUAUGUGUUGAAGCUGAACGUUGGGAAAUUGAGGAUGGAUAAAAGAGACUCCUUCACGCAGUACUGAGUUGAACUAUGGAACUCCCUCCCACUGGAGGCAGGGAUGGCCGCCAACAUGGAUAGGUUUAAAAAGAGGCUCAGACAGAUUCAAAGAGGAGGAGAGGGCUGUCAGUGGCUACUAGCCCAGGGGCUUGGCUCUGCCUCCACGGUCAGAGGCAGCAAUACUUCUGAAUCCCAGUUGCUGGAAACUGCAGGAGGGGAGAAGGCUCUUGUGCUCAGAUCCUGCUUGUGGGUUUCCCAUAAUGGGCAUCUGGUUGGCCCCUGUGGGGACAGCAGGCUGGACUGGAGGGGCCCCUGGCCUGAUGCAGCUGGCUCUUCUGAGCUUCUUGUGCAGGAUAGAGGAGGAGAGACUUCGGAUUCUGAGGCUGGGGAGACCCUUUUGCCCAGCCUUGGCCAAGGAGCCAAGGACCUCCAAUCAGCUGCUGCUGCUGCUUCCUUUCCCCUUUUUCAAAAGGGGUUUGGAGCAGAAUAUCUUGUGCGUCCCUGUGAAACAUGUGGUGCGUGUGCAGGAGCCCAGGGGCUGGGAGGUGGUGGAGUCUGUCAGGAAUCCUUCCGCUGCGAUUGCUAGAUGACCCUCAGGGUCCCUUCCAACUCUGCAGUUCUGUGAUGGGGAACGUCUCCCCGCCCUUGGUCCUCUCCACCCCUUUCCCAGCAGUAGCAGCAGGAGGAGUUUCUUGCAGUGAGGAGGCGAAGGGGUGAGCCACGGUGCAGCGCCUGUUCCCAAGGAUCCCUGGGAAUUGUAGUUCCCUAAAGGGGCUCCCAUCCUCCUGCAGCGAGAUCAACCGUGCGAUUCCCAGUGUUCAUGGUGGGAAGACGGAACAGGGAGGGGGGACCAAAAGCGCUGCAUAUAGCUUGCUAGCUAUCCUUUGUUGCAAUUGUCCUUCCCAACCACCCUUUCUUUUCUUCUUCCUCUCCUCCUCCUGGAUGGUGACAAGGAGGACGAUGUCCGGAUCGAGGCUUUUGAGGACGACUCGGAGGCCGACGGCAGCGGCGGAGAGCUGGACAUCAGGGAGCUGCGGGCCAAGAAGCAAGCGCUGACCAGGAAGGUGGCCGAACAGCAGCGCCGGCAAGACAAGAUCCAGGUUUGCAUUGGGGCGUGUGGUCGAAUUGUAAAGCUGGAAGGGGUCCCCAGAGUCAUCUAGUCCAGCCCCUGCAGCACAGGAAUCUCAGCUGGUAUGCAUGUAUCCAUUUACUUAUAGCAGAGGUAGGAAGCUUCAAGCCCCAAAUAUGGCCCUUCAAGCCUCAGCGCCCGGCCCUUGGAAAUCUCCCAAGCCCCUUUCUAGCUCUGCUUAAUACUUCACGUGGUUUUGGGAGGUGUCUGAGUGUCUGCAGAAGCUAGCCUAGUGUAGAAAGCUAAAUUAAAUGUGCAUAAUUUGCCCUUGCCUCUGGCCCUGCACAUGGGGCCCCUGGAAGGGAAUGUGGCCCUAAGGCCUGAACAAAAGGUUCCCUGCCCCUGGCUUUAAAUAUUUCCUAACAGCCUUUCAUUGAAAAUGUUCCAAGGUGGCGUAUCACACAUUUCACGCAACAUAUAAGUGGAAUUCUUUUUUUAAAAAAACCCAACAGAUGUGUUUAACAAACGUACAGCAAAAAUAAGCUGUGAACAAAAAACAUAAAAUACACGAGGUGCAGCUAGAAAUAAGCUUUCCUUCCUUUCUCCUAACACUGCAUCUCGUGAGCAUCCAGAGAAGCUGAAUGUUGAGAGAUUCAGGACUCGGGGGGGGGGGGACUUCUCCUUCACACAGCGCAAAGUUAAAUUGUGGAACUCCCUCCCACAGGAGACAGCGAUGGCCACCAACCUGGAGGGCUUUAAAAGAGAAUUAGACAAAUGGGUAGAUUAGCCUCAGUGGUGAUGCCAACCGCACAUCUCUGAGAAGCUUUUGGGAGCGCAAUCCCAAGAACCAUCAGGGUGGCACACCCUCCCCCCUUGCUGGGCCAGGCGGAUCAUUGGGCGAGUCGGGGGCAGCAGCCUCCAGGACCAAGGUGCCAAUCCUAAAGUCCCUAACCGCCUCUGCAUCGUAAAUCUCACGCAGGACAGGAGCUGAACUGGAUGGCUUUGCUGCGCCUGAGUCCCACAUCCCCCAAACCGCAGCAGAGCUCACCACGACAUCCCCCCCAUUCGUAGUCCUGUUGAUUCUGCUGUAAGCUGACCUCUAAAUUUGGUGGGGAAAUUUAAUUCAUUCAUUAAUUAAUAGAAUGAAAUAGACAGCAGCUCGAAGCACCACUGUGCCAACUGCAGGGGAGUGUGUGUGUGUGUGUGUGUGUGUGUGUGUGUGUGCCUGUGCCCUAGGGCGUUGGCUGGCUUGCCUCUCGAGCCUGCAGGCUGGCUGGCUGGCUGGCUCCCUACAGCCAAGGGAAAUUCCUCCUCCCUCCUUCUCUCUCUCUCUCUCUCUCUCUCUCUCUCUCUCCUCUCUCUCCCCCCGCCCCAAAUUCUCUCUCCUUGCAGUGCCCAGGGCCCUCUUCACUUCCAUAACUCUUCAUUUCCCAGCCUUGAACGCCAGCCAAACACAUCUGUCUAGCCAUAUGCGUGAACUCUGGAGUCUGUGCCGAGGUGGUUGUAAAACAGGGCCGCUGAAGGCCCUACUGGGAGAGCAGCGCACAUGUGUACCCGCCGGCUGUUGGCUGCGGGCCCAGAACCACCAGCGCUCUCUCUUGUGCUCUCUCUUUCUCUGCUCUCCAGGCCCACCGUGGCCCAAUGGCUGAGGCUGCAGCCAGCCAGCCGCUCUGCCUGCCUGCCUGCCUGCCAGGAGGAAAGGAGAGGAGAGGAAGAAAGGGCCCUGCGUUCUGGCAAGCCAGAGCGACCCAGCACAUGAGGCACAGGGGAGAGAGAGCGUGAAGCUCACUUGGCUGGAGCCGAGGCAGCAAGGAGAGCCGGCAGGGAGCCGUGCGUCCUCUGGGUGGGUGGCUCUGCCCUCCUGGGCCACUCCAAAAGCAGCAAGAGAUUUCUAAAAAUCCCCCUUGGGUGGGCAGCAGGACCUGGCACAGGCAAGCCAAGGAGGGCACCCAAGGUGGCAAGCCACGCAGUGCCUAGUUAAAAUUGUGGAACUCCUUCCUGCAGGAUGGCCCCCAACCUGGAUGGCUUUAAAAGAGGGCUGGACGGAUUUGUGCCGGAGGAGAGGGCUGCCGAUGGCUCCUAACCGCAGUGGCUCCGCUUCGUCUCCACAGUAGGAAGCAGGAGAAAGCAGAAAUGCCACGGAGGUUUCUCCUCAAUACCCAAAUGAGAGUGGCACAGCAAGCGGGCGGGGGGAGCAUUCUCUACGUAAAGACCACUGCCAGGUCAGCGAAGGCCACGGAAGGAGAGGCAGCAGCAGCAGCAGCAGCAGGGCUGGUGGCCAGGCCAAAAGGGCCAGAGUUUGGCCCCAAAUCCAGGCAACUGUUGGAAGCAGUAAAUGCUUUCGGAUAGUAGUUUUUGGGAUUCGUAAAUGAGGAGAGCAUUUGGGACACGGGUGGCGCUGUGGGUUAAACCACAGAGCCUAGGGCUUGCCGAUCAGAAGGUUGGCAGUUCGAAUCCCCGUGAUGGGGUGAGCUCCCAUUGCUCGGUCCCUGCUCCUGCCAACCUAGCAGUUCGAAAGCACCUCAAAGUGCAAGUAGACAAAUAGGUACCACUCUGGUGGAAGGUAAACGGUGUUUCCGUUCGCUGCUCUGGUUCACCAGAAGCGGCUUAGUCAUGCUGGCCACAUGACCUGGAAGCUGUACGUCGGCUCCCUCAGCCAAUAAAGCAAGAUGAGCGCUGGAACCCCAGAGUCGGUCACGACUGGACCUAAUGGUCAGGGGUCCCUUUACCUUUACCUUUAAAUGGGGAGAGAAGCUGAUCUUGCACUCAGGUCCUGCUUGCUUAUGGGCUUCACUUUGGUGCAUCUGCUCGGCUACUCAGAGAACAGGAUUUUGGACUAGUAUGCCCCGCCCCCUCCCCCCCCCCCCGCUCUAAUCCAGGCUGUUUUGAUAUUCUUGUGCCGUGGGAGGACACUCAGCUCCCCAUAAGCUCAGAAGCACCGUGUGAGUCUCUCCCAUGCGUUCUGAGGCAGAAUCUUGGCCAUCCAAACCUGUCUCAGACUGGGUGGGGGGGGUGUCAUUUAGCCAACAGAAGGAGCGCUUUGCACUCUUUCUGCCCCCCACCCCUCUGCCCGGUCCUUUGUCUGCCUGGAGUGGAGGCAUUUCCUGCCCAGCUGAAACAUUCCCACCUGAACCAUAACAAGCUCUUCCUCUGGGCACUGCGGAGCAGGGCAGCCGCUCUCCCCAGGGGGGCUGCCCGGAAUAGCCGCGCUCCCGCCCCCCUCGCCAGGUCCAGCUGCAGGCGGGCGGGGCGGGUGGGCUGCGGGGAGACGCUCUGCCUAUAUUUAGCCCUCCACCGAGUCGUCCAGCACGUGCGCACACGGACGGACAGCCAGGCACCUGCCAGCGGCGGAAGGGCAACCCCCACCCAGGCGGCUCCAGGGCGGGCGCAGUGACGACAAGCAAGCGCCACGGGGCGUCCGGCAGGGCGGCGGAACCUGCCGCUCACCAGUUGCCAAGCCUCUCCCGUGGCAUGGAAGUUUUGGCCGCCUCUGCGCCCGUUCGCUCUCUUCCCCAGCGACGCCUGCAACUUUGCACGCGCUCAGGGACAGUCUUCCCCAGGAAACUGUUUUCCCUCUUCCCCAACCUGCAGCAGGAAGGGCAGAGCAGCUUUGCACGCCCUCAGUUGCCAUUCUUCUCAAGGAAGCCUUUUGGGGACGGGUUCUAGCAGAGGGGGCACCUGGGUGCCCCUGCAGCCACCUGCCCGCUUUUCCACAGCCUUUUCCACCCCUGUUGCAGACGCCCCUCUCUCUGGCCCAGCCGGAUGUCGCCGCUCCCCCCCCCCCCCGUACCCCCUUGGCCAGCCCCUGUCAAACACAAACAAACCUCCUCCUGGCCUCUGAACCCUGCUGAGGCGAGUUCCCCUCCGGCUCCUUGAACGCAGGGGAGGGGGGACUUGGCACCCUCCCCAGCACCACCACCAUGCGCAUCCUGUCGUCCUCUCCCUGGCCAGCCCAGGGGGGCAGGAUGGGACGUGACAGCCGGCACAGGCCUCGCUCAGCCUUGCCAGGAGCCCGGGAGUCUGGGCCAAGGAGCCUGGGGAGGGAGGGCGGCACCUCCUGGGCACCGGAUGCGCAUGUCAGGGGCACUGCAGGAGCAGCUCCUCCCACCGGGAACAUGCGUGACGUCGUGGCAGUAUUUUUACAUUCCUCGCAGCGCCGUUCCUGCAAAGCUAAAUGCGGACAGGGCUGAAGGAGCAGUUCAGGGUGGGUGGGUUCGCAAGUGCCGCCUCCUCGGCUCCCGGGACAUAAAAAUAAAAAGCAGAAGAAUCUGAGCAGGGCCUGCUGCAUCAGGCCAGCGGCCCAUCUAGUCUGGCCUCCUGGUCCUGCAGUGGCCAGUCAGAUGCCCCAGCAAGCAAGACCUGAGCACAGCUCUCCCCUCCUGCGAUUUCCAGCAACUGGGAUUCAGGCUCGACUGUGGCGAGAGAGCACAGCCCUUGUGGCUAGCCGCCCUCCGUAGCCCUCUCCUCCUCCUCCUCCUCCUCUGUGAAUUUGUCAAAUGCUCUUCUAAAGCCAUCCCAGUUGGCGGCCAUUGCUCCCUCCUGCAUGAAAAGGACUUACUUGUAUCUGCCCUGAAUCUCCCGACACUCAGCUUCAAGGGACGUCCAGCAGUUCUAGUGUUAGGAGAGAGGGAGGGAAACUUUCCUUUAUCCGCUUUCUCCAGGCCAGGCAUCAUUUCGUAAACUUCAGUCAGGUCACCUCUUAGAAGUGCAUCACAGAAGCUUGAGACUCUUUUAUAUUAUUUUAUUUAUUUAUACCUCACCCAUCUGGCUGGGUUUCUCCAGCCACUCUGGGCAGCUUCCAACAAAAAUAUUAGAAAUACAAUAAAACAUCAGACAUUAAAAACUUCCCUAAACAGGGCUGCCUUCAGAUGCCUUCUAAAAGUCAGAUAGUUCUUUAUUUCCUUGACAUCUGGUGGGAGGGCGUUCCACAGGGCAGGCGCCACCACCAAGAAGGCCCUCUGCCUGAUUCCCUGUAACUUUGCUUCUCGCAGUGAGGGAACCACCACAAGGCCCUUGGAGCUGGACCUCGGUGUCCGGGCAGAACGAUGGAGGUGGAGACUAAUAGACUAAUGACUAAUACACGGAAUAAACCAUAAUAAUCAACAAAACUGAAAAGAGCCCCCUCAAGCAGAGAAGCCAGUAUGAAAAACCUGUCAAAACAUAAAUGUUUUUAACCAGUGGCAUCCCGCACGCACAUACAAAUGUCUCUUCUGGGAGGGGACUCCACUGAAAGGGCCCCUCACUCACCGGAGAGCUUGAGGCGAUGGCCCUGGGGCGAGCUUAGUUGUGAUUCCUGCACUGCAGGGGGGUUGGACUAGAUGACCCCUGGGGUCCCUUCCAAUUCUACUUUGACAUCUCUGAGGAUGAUCUGAAAGGCCUAGGCAGGUCUGCACGGGAGAGAAAGGAUUCAGCACCAAGCUGCUUGGUUUCCAUCACGCUUCAGGCUGUGCAGAAUUUGGGGAGGGGGGGACCCCCUGAUGCAUGCUGGGAGAAUCCCCCUCGGCUCAAAGGUGGGAAUUUUUUUGUGCUAGGCGGUGCUGAAGGACCAGGCCCAAGUGCGGCAGAUGGAGCUGGAGAUCCGCCCCGUCUUCCUGGUGCCGGACACCAACGGCUUCAUUGACCAUCUGGGCAGCCUGGUCAAGCUCCUGGACUGCCGGCAGUUCAUCCUUGUGGUGCCCCUGAUUGGUGAGUGUGUGCUUGCGUGUGUGCGCUCACGGACGCAGAGAUGGACCCGAUGCGCUGUCGCCAAACGGGGAGCAGCCACGUCCCUCCCCCACCUUACAAAUAAAGGCUGCAAACAUCACCUGGCCCACAAAAAGGGCUUGCUAGCCCUGCCUGUUCUCUGCAUCCUUUGGGACCCAAAGGAAACCUUUGGGUAUAUUGAUUUGAUUUAUAUCCCCUCCGUCCAACUAAGGCAGUGGGUUUGGGGGCCUCCUGUGCAUGUUCCCUCAGAGGCAUACAGCCUCUUCUUCAGGCAGUGUGUCAUUGACCACUAGAACUCCUUGCCAGAAGAGCCUGCCACUCAUCCAUUCCAGGAGAGGCUCUCUCCUCUCCUCCCCUCCCAAUGGACUGCCCUGUUUUGAGCUGCCACCUCCCAGGGCUCCAGGCAAAGCAGCAGGCAUCAGUGGAGCCUCCACACUCAGGGGCAGUCUACCUCCGAGGCACAGGGAGGCAGAAGCAGGCAGGGGGAUGAGGUCCCAUGGCCCUGGCAUCCUGCAUCGGGCCUUCACAGAGGCCUUCUGGGGUGAGGGAGGGGGGGUCUGACCCGUGAGGGCAGCCAGCACUUCUGUACUGGGGGGGGGCGAGGUCUUGAGCCAGGGCGCUUGUCCCAGCUGCCGGGCUCUGGCUCUCCCUUUUCUCCUUAUAAAGCUGCAGUCCGGCGACUCAGCAAAGCUGGUUCCUGUUAUUGGUAAACACUCGGCCCUGGCAGAUAACAGGCGGCUGCUGCUGCUGCUGGGUGGUCUGGCCGGGCCGGCAGGAGGGUGGAGGCGCUGGGCACUCACGUCCCCCUCCCUCACAGAAGGACCGAAGCAGCUUGGGGGGGGGGGGAGGGCAUCCUGCUUGCAGGCAGAAGGUCCCGGGUCCCAUCCCCUGUGGUGUCUGCAGGGGCGGCGGGGAGAGACUGAAAUCCCCAAAUGCCACUGCUGCCAGUCAGUGUAGCAUCGCCCUCCCACCCCUCUCUCAACACCUUGUGCUCCUGGGGGUAAAGCGAGGUGUGCUGCUCCAGCUCAGACGGCAGCCCAGCUCCCCUGGGAACACCACCUGAGCUUCUUCCACUGAGGGUAUUCCUCACUGAGGAUCGCAGGGCAGUUUACGGUGUAAAAACACAAAAAUACAUGACAUAACAACAAGCAAUAACACCACCCAAACGCCCAGUUUUAAAGGCCAUAUAGGCUGUUCAAUCAGCCAGAGACCUGGGAGGAGGAGAAGAGCGUUUACUUCCUGCAUUUAUAUCCCACCUUUUCCUCCAAGGAGCUCACUGUGGUGUGUGAAUGGUUCUCCUCCUCCUGUAAAUCCCCACCACAACCCUGCGAGGUAGGUUAGGCUGAGAGAAGAGAGUUUGGUGGCCGAGUGGGGGAUUUGAACCCAGGCCCUGGCCUGAUGCUCUAACCAAGUCCCAGACUGAAGCCCCAGACUUGCCCUCACGGCUCCUCCUGAGUUGCUCCCUGCAAUAACCAGCAGGCACUUGUUAUGGAGCAGGGAAGGGGUUAAAGCUCCCCCUCUUGCGCCCGGCUCCUUGAACCCGACCCGCGUGGGGAGAAGCAGCCAGGCAGCUUGGGCAGGAGCGCAAACAAGCUUCCUCUUUGAAGGCUGUUUUGCUUGGAAGCGGCUGCGAGCGGCGGAUUUCGGCCCGGAGUACCAGCCGCUCUCCUCCUGUUUGAUGUUCCCUGCGCUGGGCUCUUCUCUCCCCCUCCCAGGCCAUCCUCCCCAGAGCAAAGCAAUGGCAGUGGGGAGAGGCGGGAGAGGCCUUGGCCCAGAUGGGGACUGUACCAGGCCGGAUGUCCCAGGAAGGGCCAGAAGUGCCACCAGCGCUGGAAAAGCCAGGGGGCCUCAUAGCGACGGGGAGAGGCCUCACCCCACAUUCCCCCUCUGUCUCUCUCUCUCUGCACAUCCAACCCCCCAGCCUCUCUGAGGAAUGCAUACUUCCCACUUGAUCUCAGCUCUUGGCGAGGAAAGCCAAAAAGAGCAGCCAGAUUAGCCGUCUCAGGGAGCCGGUGGGGCUGGGUGCCUGGGAAGAGGUGCCCGCCAACUCGGGAAGGGCCGUAGCCCCAUAGAAUCCUAGAACUGGAGAGGGGAAGGGACCCUCAAGGCUCAUCUAGCCUAGCCCCCCUCCAGGGCAGGAAUUGCAGUAGAUUAGGGCACCGCAGGAGGCCUCAGGCUCAGUCCCCCAGUGCCAUCCAUCUGCCAAGGGAGCUGGGAAAAGCCCCUCUUUCAAAACCCCGGAGAGCUGCUGCCAGCCAGUGCAGGCAGCACAAAGCCAGGUGGGCCCAAAGUCUGGCUCCUAUGCUCCUGAUUAAAAUCAGCCCCUUUAUUCAGAACUGUAAGAGCUGGACUCUUGCUUCGAUUUUAGCGGAAGGGGGUUCAUGCAGAAGGUCCCAGUGGCAUCUCCAGGUAGGGUGGGUAGAGGCGCUGCUGGAAAUGCUAGAACGCUGCUGCCAGUCAGUGCAGACAGCAUGGAGCUACUUCACUCUAGGUUCCUAGGUUCCACAUUGGCUCCGGGACUUCCCUUGUGCUCGUGGCCUCGCAUAUGUCUGCUGGGGGUGCCAUCAGGCCUCCUCGGGCUCUCCUGGGGCUCCCAGACAUAUUUGUCACCCAGCCCGCUGCAAAGAAAGAAAAAGCCGUUCCCAGGGACCUCUGGCAGCUUCUGCCUGGCUCCCUCUGAGACAGGGAGAGGAGCUGCGUUGGCUGCUUCUAGCCAGGCAAGACGGACCAGCGCUGCCCCUCCCUCCUCUGGUUCCUCUCUCUCCGCUCAUAGCCAGAGUCAGAACCUGCUGCCCCCAAGCCCAGAGGAAACAGCCAGCCCCAGGCACAGGGGUCUCCCAAGGCCUGGGGUGGGGGCAGAAACGUCCCACCCAGGAAUCAUCCCGCCAAUGCCAGCUUGGAAGGCUUUAACAGAGGGUGGGUCAAAUACGUGGAGCAGGAGCAGGCAGCCAAUGGCUACUAGCCAGGGUGGCCGUACUCUGCCCCCACAGUCAGGCAGCAGUGGCGGAUGCUGGGAAGGGCAGGAGGGGAGGGUGGCGCUGUUGCGUUUGGGUCCUGCUUGAAGGUUUCCCAUAAUGGGCACCUGCUCGCCCCCUGUGAGAUCAGGAGGCUGGACUUGGUUGGCCAAGGAGACUCUGCUUCUUAUGGAGCCCCCAGGCCCAGAGGCAGUCUAUCCUGAUUCCUGGACUCAAAGCGCCACUGGCACAAUCCCCCAGGCUCCUCUCACAUUCUUCUCUCUCCUUCCUCCCUGCCAGUCAUCAACGAGCUGGACGGGCUAGCCAAGGGCCCCGAGUCGGAGCACCGCGGGGGCGGCUACGCGCGGCUGCUGCAGGAGCGGGCCCGCAAGGCGGUGGAGUUCCUGGAGGCGCGCUUUGAGAAGCGGGACAGCUACAUGCGAGCCCUCACCAGCCGCGGCAACGAGCUGGAGUCCAUCUCCUUCCGCAGCGAGGACAUCUCCAGGCAACAGGUGCCAGGGAGGGGGCUCCCACUUUCCGGUGGGGCGACAGGGAGGUCCUGGGUUCAAGCUUUACAGCCUUUGAGGGGCUUAGCAGGACUGCUGCUUGGUGUGCAGAAGGUUCUGGGUUGAGACCCCAGAGGACAUCAGCCCCAUCUCUGCCUGGGAAGGCGCUGAGUAUCCUUCGCUUUUCCAAAGGGUUUGGGGGUCCUUAUCAUCUGCCUUGAGCCGCAAUGGCUCGAUGGGAUCCUCCACUUCGAAGGGCAGUCUACCUGCGGCAUGCCUACAUGCCAGGGGUGGGCAUCGCCUUCAUAUUCCUGGCUUGGGGUUUCCCCGAGGGGUCUCUGCCUGGUGACAGCGGCUUCUGUGACCUCUACAUUUCCUCUGACAGAGAGCUCUUUAGCGUAUCCAACAUUUGGCCUGCUCACUGUAGACCCACUGAAAUGAAAGAACAUACCUAACUUGGAUCCACUAAUUUCAAUGGCUGUGCACUGAGUAGAACCUAAUUGGAUGCAACAUUAUUAUUAUUAUAAUUAUUAUUAUUAUUAUUAUUAUUUUCUUAAUUCCCAAUAUUUAGACUUGCCGGGCUCAUAUUUGGCUCAUUAGCCAAAGAUCUCCAAGCAACGUCUUAGAACACAGAUAGAAACAUGAACGUGAAUACCUUAUGCCAUCCAUCAGAUUCAUCCCAUAGAAUUGUAGAGUUGCAAGGGACCCCCACAGGUUGUCUAAUCUAACCCCCUGCAGUGCAGGAAUAUAGGCACACACACAAAACACCCACCUGCACCCAUAACAGCAAGAGGAUGCAAAUAGGCAGCCUGUAUUUCCAAAAGACCCCCUGGGGCUGAGAGAGGGCAAGCUGAGCGCUGUUCCUUUUCCCGGACUCACUCCUCUCCCGCUGCUGCUCCUUCCUCCUCAGGGAAACAACGACGACCUGAUCCUCUCCUGCUGCCUCCACUACUGCAACGACAAGGCCAAGGACUUCAUGCCGGCCAACAAAGGUAUGUUUCAGGGGGGGCACUAAGAUGCCCCUCCUGGGCGGGCAGGGGAGUCUGCCGUGCCAGGGAGGAGACCCUCCUUGCAGUCGUCCCCAACACUCUCCAUGUUUACUCUGCAGUAAGGCCUCCUGUAUUACUCCCUAGUAAACAUCCUUAGGAUUGUAGGACCGUUUCAUUCCCAAGCAAGAACGGGCAAAUAUUCACUCCGUCGCCCGACGCAAAGAAAGCAAAAAACGGCCAUCUCACCUGGAGUACCUUUGAGAGUAUGAAAGCCAUGGCAGGGAACACGCAGGCACACCCCUUCCUCCGGCCCUCCGGAAAGUGCCAGGCCGCCUCCUGCAUCGCCUGGGGGCCUCUCCUCCUCCUCCACCUCCCCAACCAGCUCUCCUGGCAGGGAGGCGCACAGGCCAUCUCCCCCACCCCACCCACCACCAAGGCCCCGGUUUCCAUCUUCCUUGGGCCAAAUCCUCCUCAGCUUAACUUGUCAUCUUGACAGAGGGAGGCGUUCCCGGAGUGUUUAUGCCUCGCCUGGGGUGCAGUCCAGGCGAUCAGGGGAUUAUGGCGGAUGAGGCCUGACAAACGUGACAGCCUCUGGUUUGUAACAGUCGCCUGGCCCUGAGUGCAGCAAGGGGAUGGUUAUUGUUACGGACGCAGGCACCCGCCCUCUUCUGAGCCGCUCUUGACUCCCGCCUCCUCUCGCCCCCCCUGCAGAUGACCCGAUCCGGCUGCUGCGCGAGGUGGUGCUGCUGACGGACGACCGCAACCUGCGGGUGAAGGCGCUGACCCGCAACGUCCCCGUCCGGGACAUCCCCACCUUCCUGCGAUGGGCGCAGGAGGGCUGAGCCAGGCAGCCUGCAGGGGGACGCCGUCCCCAGGAAGCUGUGCCGCUCUGUGCCACCUGCAGGGGGCAGCCUUGAGGCGGAGGGGGGCCCUUGCGCCAAGCCACUGCCGCCCCCACCACCGUUCCCGGCUGACACCCACCAAUGAACAAUAAACGUGUCUCCAACCCGCCCGGAAUGGCCGUGCUGUGGGUGUGAGAGAGAGGGAAGUGUUGUGUCCGCACAGGCCACUGGGGGGGCGGAAUAGGUGCGUGUCGUGUUCCCCCGCCGAGGGGGGAGGAUAGGACAGCCAGAGAGGUCUCAGGCGGGCACCCCCAUAUUCCUUUUACUUGGCCAGGCAGGGCGAGGGGGGGAUCCUUUGUGUGGAAGUGUGUGAGCCCCGAUCCACUCCCUGCUGCCCCCCCACAUUGACAUCCUCUCUCUUCCAGCCCCCUCCUGGACCCUCGUCCUUCCCUUUUGCCACCCUGACACCUGCGUCACAGAUUUCUUGAGCUUGCACCCAUCCAUUUUCAUCAUCCCCAGACACACACACUCUCCUGGUCCAGUGGUGUGGGUUGCAGAGGGAGGCCUGGGCAUUGGGAUCAGACCUUUAAGCUGCAGGGUUUGGGGAGUGCGGUGUCAGGGCUGGGGGGUGGAGAGAACAGGCAAGCAGGUUCCCCCGUGAAGGAGCUCUGAGGGCAGUUGGAGCUCACACAGAGAACGGCUGCCGUGAAAAAGAAGAAUUGUCCCCUUGGGAGCUUGUAUUUAAAUGGGGGGGGGGGAGCCUUAACUGGCCCCGGUCAGUUGCAUCGUUGGCCAUCCCCAGGCCCUUUGGGUCAGUGGCAGGCGGGGGGGGGGGCAGGAUUGGGAACAAAAACAGAAAACCAAAAGAGCCAGCCAUGGAAAUGGACUUGUCCUGCAUUCGAAGGAUGCUUUUUAGAUAAAACCCUUUGCUUCUGGAGGGGGUCACGCCAGAUGGUUUGGGGGCACAAUCCUGCCUUUCUUGGUCUGGAGGAGGGGAAUCACCUCUCCCGCCUCCACCUUUGGGGUCUUCUGCACUCAAGAUCAUCAGCCCCACCUGCUCGCCAAACAGGCGUGGACCCAGCCCCAUGGAUAUGGGGAGGGGCGGCCCUCCUACAGGCAGGUGUGUCUCUUCCCCCACCCCUUUUGUUCUGCUUUUUGGCCUGCCUGGGUUUGAUGGGGGGCUUGUGACAGACAAAGUAAAAAAAAAAUGUUCCUUUGUUUUCUUAAUAAAAAUUUUAGUAGGGAAA